UUCCCAGCCUCGCCUCGGGUGGAGGGAUUGCACGGAGGCAACGCAAAACUACACUGUCAGUGUACUGUGUAGUUUUGUUCCAUCAGAAGGGGGGGGAUUUGGAGGCUCGACUGUUCUCACCUUGGAUUUUUCUGGGCGAAUCUUUCUGGAUAAGGAGACUGUUUCCUGUCUGAGUCCCUGGGCUACGUCCCAUCACUUUCAGGCACUCUUGUGGAUACAAGGUGCCGACCAACAUGUCCACACAGGCGCCGACGUUCACGCAGCCGCUGCAGAGCGUCGUGGCACUAGAGGGUAGUGCCGCGACGUUCCAGGCUCAAGUUAGUGGUUCCCCAGUUCCCGAGGUGAGCUGGUUCCGUGAUGGCCAGGUUCUCUCUGCCGCCGCCUUGCCCGGCGUGCAGAUCUCGUUCAGCGAUGGCCGCGCUGUUCUGACGAUCCCCGCGGUGACCGCCGCACACAGCGGGAGAUUCUCAGUCAGAGCGACCAACGGAGCCGGGCAGGCCACCAGCACCGCAGAACUCCUCGUCACAGCGGAGACGGCGCCCCCGAGCUUCUCCCAGCGGCUGCAGAGCGCCGCCGUGCGCCAGGGCAGCCAGGUGAAGCUGGACGUCAGGGUGUCGGGGAUCCCGGCGCCAACCGUGAAGUUCUUCCGAGAGGGAGCCGAGAUCCAGAGCUCCGCAGACUUCAGGAUCCUGCAGGACGGAGAGCUGCACAGCCUGCUGAUCGCCGAGGCUUUCCCAGAGGAUUCUGGGAAUUAUUCUGUCACCGCCAGCAACAGCAGCGGACGCGCCACCUCCACCUGCGAACUGCUCGUUCAAGGUGAAGAAGCCGUUCCGGCAAAGAAAACCAAAACGGUGAUUUCUACUUCUCAGAUUUCACAGAGCCGUCAGACCAGAGUGGAAAAGAGGAUGGAGGCCAGUUUCCAGGCCACCACCAUGAUGGAGAUGCAGGUGGAGGGCGGCGCCGAGAUGACUCAGCUGCUCGCUCACAAGACUCCGCCCAGAGUUCCUCCCAAACCCAUGUCCAAGUCCCCUCAGCCAUCGCUGGCCGCCAGGGUGGCCGGAGGACGGCAACAGUCGCCGUCACCGGUCAGACACGUGAAGGCACCCACGCCCACGCCUGGCAGGCCGGUGAAGUCCGACGCCGAUGUCCCGCCGCCUUGGAAGCGGGGAGACUUCGGGGCAGAGGCCAGCUACACCAGCAUGGCCAGCAUGGCCAGUAUGUCCAGUAUGACCAGUAUGACCAGUAUGACCAGUAUGAGCAGCAGCUCUGUCACCCAGCUGGGCCAGGAGCAGCGCUGGGAGCAGCAGGUCACUGGUGUCAAAGAGCCUCAAACUCUUGAAAUAGAGUCAGAAUCAUCUGGAGCGCCAGAUGAGACCAGUUUUACUCAGAACGACGAGGGAUGGGAUGACGCUACGAGCCACAAAGAAAUGACAUCCGACCAUAACUCAUACGUUGACUACUUCGACACAAGUUGCGAAACUUUUGACGGUCGAGACAGGAUGACCUUGUUCAAAGAAGAGCAAGAGUCCCGAAACACUUUUCAAAGUUGUGUGGAGACGCCAACGGACAACGUAAGCAAUGAAGACACAAUAGACAAGAUGGGUUUUAGUCCGUCAUACAUCUGUAAAGAUCUCUUUAACCACAAAGACUCAAACGGAGAGCUGCUCCACCUUGACUCAACCGCCUUGCCCGGAUUGUCCGAUAAAGAGCGGUGUUGCUGGGAUAAUCAAGAUGUCCGCCCGGCCUUCCAGCAGCCAGAGGAGCAGGCUGAGGGAGGGAAAAGAGCUGGGGCAGUGGCCACAGUGGUGGCCGCCGUUGACCUUGCUCGUGUCCGUCAGCCUGUGCAUGUCGAGGACAGUCGAGCUGAAGAAGAGGCUGGGGCUGUAGAGUUAAGGCAGCAGGCCGCCGCGGCCGCCACGGCUGCCGGUCAACAGUAUCAAGCCGGCUGGACAACAACAAGAGCGCCCGCUGGUCAAAUGCUCACUACUGCUCAGGAGUUCACUUCUGAACCAACCCUGCCGCUGCCUCAGAUUCAGAGAGCGACAGAAAUCUCCUCCCAUGUGGACACUGGUCUCGCCCCGUCUCCAGUUCCACAUUUCACAGUUUCUAAAGUUUCUGUCCCAAAACACGAGUCUAGCUCUGAGGUUUCCAUCGCCGGCUCGGCUAUUGCCACUCUGCAGAAAGAGUUAUCUUCCUCCUCUGCCACCGCAAGAAAGAUCAUCAAGCCUGUCAAGUCUCCCAGUCCGUCUCGUACAAUGGCGGAGACCAGAGAGACACUGGAGCCUGUCCCUCCACCAUUCAAAGACUUCACUGAGAAAUAUCAGAGUCAUUAUGGCACCGAGUUACAGACGGGGGUGGUGUUCUCGGGGGGCAUGGAGAGAAAAUAUGAGGACUGGGGAGCCCAGGUGUUGGAGGCAGCAGCCGUACCUUCUGCAGGCGGCGCCGUGAUCCCAGCCACGCUGGUGUCGGGUUUGAAGAACACAAAUGUGACGGAGGGCGAGUCGGUGACCCUGGAGUGCCAGAUCAGCGGUCACCCCACCCCCGUCAUCAUGUGGUUCAGAGAGGACUACAAGAUUGAGAGCUCCAUAGAUUUCCAGAUCAUCUACGAGAACGGAUUCGCCCAGCUAGUGAUCCGCGAGGCGUUUGCUGAAGACAGCGGACGGUUCACCUGCACCGCCACAAACGAGGCGGGAACCGUCAGCACUUCCUGCUACCUGCUCGUCCAGGUGUCCGAGGACAUCGAGAGCAGAGAGGAGAUCGCUGUCGUCACCGAACAUGUUGAAACUGCUGAGAAACUAGUAACCGAAGAAGGCAAAGAGGAGACCAUGUCUCAGGUGAGCGCGGCCGAGUCAGAUACUGCGGCCGCCGCUCCCUUCUUCAUCACAAAGCCAACCGUCCAGAAGCUGGUGGAAGGAGGAAGUGUCUUGUUUGAAUGCCAGGUCGGGGGAAGCCCCAAACCACACAUCAUCUGGAAGAAGGGCGGCGUACCGCUCACUACCGGAUACAGAUACAAAGUUGCCUACAAGAAGGAGACUGGAGAAUGCAAGUUAGAGAUCUCCAUGACCUUCGCUGAUGACGCUGGAGAAUACUCCGUGUUUGCGAAGAACAAGCUGGGAGAAGCCUCAGCCUCCGCCAAUCUGCUGGAGGAAGAGGAAUACGAAGUCUACAUGAAGAAACAGGAAGAAACCUUUAAGACUGAAGUGACAACUAUGGUGCAGGAGCCCAAAGUGGGAGACCUCCCCCCCGUUGUCGUUACAACAAUGGAGCAGAUGACCACCACCACCAUUAUCUCGGGACAGGAAUUCCAUCUUUCUGCCAUCGAGCUGAGGACCAUCCAGGAGUUUGAACUCACCAUUAUGAAGAUUACCUACAGAGAUAUUGUGUCUGAGGACGGAGAGCUGAUGGUGACUGCGACCCCCACCGAGGCUAUGCAGCCAACCUUUGACACUCCCGUCAAAAACUACAGGAUCAGGGAAGGGAUGAGCGUUACUUUCCACUGCAAGGUGGCUGGAAUGCCACUCCCCAAGAUCGCCUGGUUCAAAGACGGCCAGCGUAUCAGGGCUGGUGACCGUUACCAGAUGGAAGUUCUUCAGGAUGGACGAGCCAGUCUUCGUCUGCCUGUGGUUCUCCCAGAGGACGAGGGCGUGUACACCGCCUUCGCCUCCAACAUGAAAGGAAAUGUUGUCAGCUCUGGGAAGCUCUACAUUGAGUCGUCCGGAGCUGUAACACCUCAGAGAUACACACCACAGCCAGCCAUGCAGAGGAUCAGAUCCACAUCUCCUCGCUCUCUGAGCCGUUCUCCUGGCCGUUCUUCCAGCCGUUCUCCCGGCCGUUCUCCAGCCCGCCGGCUUGACGAGACAGACGAGGCUCAGCUGGAAAGACUCUACAAGCCUGUGUUUGUCAUGAAACCUUCCUCGUGUAAAUGCUCCGAGGGGCAAACUGCCAGAUUCGACUUAAAGGUUGUCGGCAGACCGAUGCCCGACACAUACUGGUUCCACAAUGGACAACAAGUAGUAAGCGACUACACCCACAAGAUAGUGGUUAAAGAGGAUGGUACCCAGUCCCUGAUCAUUGUCCCGGCCAUGCCACACGACUCCGGAGAGUGGACGGUCAUUGCCCAGAACAGAGCUGGACGGUCGUCCAUCUCUGUCACUCUCACCGUUGAUGCUAAAGAAACCCUGACACGCCCCCAGUUCACUGAGAAGCUGAAGAACAUCAGCGUAAAGCAGGGCACUCUGGUUGAACUGGCUGUCAAAGCCAUUGGUAACCCCCUGCCUGAUAUCGUCUGGCUGAAAAACAGUGACAUUAUCACCCCACACAAGCAUCCAAACAUCAGGAUUGAAGGAACCAGAGGAGAGGCCAAAUUCCAGAUUCCCUCAUCAGCUGGCACAGACAGCGCCUGGUACACUGCUACAGCUAUCAACAAGGCUGGCAGAGACACCACACGCUGCAGAGUCAAUGUUGAGGUAGACUAUGUUGAACCUGAACCAGAGAGGAAGCUUGUUAUUCCCAAAGGAACCUACAAGGCCAAGGAGAUCGCCCCGCCAGAGUUGGAGCCCCUUCAUCUGCGCUAUGGCCAAGAGCAGUGGGAGGAGGGCGACCUUUACGACAAAGAGAAGCAGCAGAAACCACAGUUCAAGAAGAAGCUGACCUCUAUCAGAAUGAAGCGCUUUGGUCCAGCUCAUUUUGAGUGCAGACUGACUCCAAUUGGCGACCCCACCAUGGCGGUGGAGUGGCUGCACGACGGCAAACCCCUGGAAGCUGCGAACAGGUUGCGCAUGGUCAACGAAUUUGGUUACUGCAGCCUUGACUAUGAAGCUGCCUACGCUAGAGACAGCGGCGUCAUCACUUGCAGAGCUACCAACAAGUUUGGAGCUGAUCAGACCUCAGCCACCCUGGUCGUCAAGGACGAGAAGGGUCUUGUUGAGGAAACACAACUUCCUGAAGGCAAGAAGGGAGCGCAUAGAAUGGACGAGAUUGAGCGCAUGGCUCAUGAGGGAGGACCCUAUGGAGUCACUGCUGAUGAAGACUCUGAGAAAAUGAAACCAGAGAUUGUUCUUCUUCCUGAACCAACAACAGUGAUGGAAGGCGAAACUGCACGAUUCCGCUGCAGAGUGACCGGUUAUCCCUCACCCAAGGUUAACUGGUACCUCAACGGACAACUUAUCCGCAAAAGCAAGAGAUACAGACUUCGGUAUGAUGGUAUUUACUACUUGGAGAUCACUGAAGUCAAAUCCUAUGACUCAGGAGAGGUGAGAUUGGUGGCCGAAAACAACAUUGGCUCAGUUGAGCACACCGUGAAGCUGGAGAUUCAACAGAAAGAGGACUUCAGAACUCAUCUGCGCCGUGCCCCAGAGGGUAAGGCAGCCGAGGCCGCACCCGAACCAGGAAAAACUUCUUUUGAGGUGGUGAAGACAGAGAUACCUGGAGACGACUCUCAGCUGAAAGAGGUGGUGAAGCUGAAGAAGGCCCAGAGAGUUGUCCAUGAGAAAUCCACAGAAGAGUCGGAGGAACUGAGGGGCAAGUUCAAACGCAGAACAGAGGAAGGCUAUUACGAGUCCAUCACUGCGGUGGAGCUCAAGUCACGCAAGAAGGACGAGUCCUACGAGGAUCUGCUGAAGAAAACAAAGGAGGAGCUGCUUCACCGGAAGCAGGAGAAGGAGGCGGCUGAAAAGAAGAAAGAGGAGGACCGCCGCAAACUUACAGCUACACCUCUACAACCACAAAGGGUCAAGCUCUCAGCCAGCAUGGAAGCUCCUAAGAUUGUGGAGCGUAUCACCAGCCAGACAGUCGCAGAGGGCGAUGAAGUCAAGUUCAGAGUUAGAGUCAUCGGCAGACCAGAACCUCAGUGUCAGUGGUUCAAGAAUGGCGUUCAGCUGCAGAAGACUGACCGUAUUAACUGGUACUGGCCUGAGGAUCAUGUGUGUGAACUGACUAUCAGAGACGUCAGAGCUGCGGAUUCGGCAAGUGUCAUGGUUAAAGCUACAAACACUGCUGGAGAGACUUCAGGACAUGCUUUCCUGCUGGUGCAAGCAAAGCAAGUCAUCACCUUUACACAGAAGCUGGAGGAAGUCAACGCAAAAGAGAAAGACACCAUGGCCACCUUUGAGUGUGAAACCAAUGAGCCUUUUGUCAAGGUCAAAUGGCUGAAGAAUAACGUGGAGAUCUUCUCCGGAGACAAAUACAGGAUGCACUCUGACAGAAAGGUCCACUUCCUGUCUGUGCUGAUGAUCGACAUGAGGGAUAACGCAGAAUUUACCUGCAAGGUUAUCGACGAAGAUGUCAGUACAACUGCCAAGCUCAAUGUUGAAGGAGAACCGCUGCAGAUCCUGAAGCAGCUGGAGAGCACCGAGGUUCCCGAGACGUACUCCGGAGAGUUUGAGUGUGUCUUGUCCCGUGAGGAUGCUGAAGGCAGCUGGUUCUUUGGAGAAAAGCUGCUCUCUCCCAGCAGUAAAUAUGUCAUUUCCUCCCGCCGUGGAAGACAUACCCUGUCUGUCAAAGAAGUUGAGAAGAAGGACCAGGGAAAAUAUACCUUCAAAGUGGCCGAGUUCAAGACAAGUGCCUCAUUGAAGAUGAAAUUGCGUCCAGUGACCCUGAUUCAGCCUCUGACGGAUUUGACCGUCUGCGAGGGCGAUAUCGCUCAGCUGGAGGUCAAGUUCUCCCAGGAACAUGUUGAAGGAAUCUGGAUGAAGAAUGGACAGCCAAUCACGGCUUCAGACCGUGUGCACAUUGUUAUCGACAAACAGAUCCACAAACUUCUGAUUGAAGACACCAACAAGGAUGAUCAUGCAAAGUACUCCUUUGAGGUUCCCGAUCAGGGGAUCUCAACCUCUGCAAAGCUGGUCAUUCAGACAAUUGGCAUCUUAAUCCCACUGAAGGACAUGAGUGCCAUUGAGGGCACCAAGGCCGUCCUGGAGACCAAGAUUUCCGCUCAGGACAUCACCUCAAUCAAAUGGUACCACAACGACAAACUGCUGGCGCCCAGUGACAGAGUUCAGAUGGUUUCAAAGGGAGCCAAGCAGCGUCUGGUCUUCAACCGCACCUACGCCUCUGAUGAAGGACACUACAAACUGGUGGUUGGCCGAGCUGACACCAGCUGCAAAUUUUCUGUUCAAACUGUCCAGAUCGUGAAACCGAUAAAGGACAAGCAGUGCUCCGAGUCUGAGAACGUCACAUUUGAAGUGGAGGUUUCUCACCCGGGCAUUGACGCCUUCUGGACCUUCAAGAGGCAGCUGCUCAAAGCCAGCGCCAAAUACAAGAUGGAGUCCAAGAACAAGCGCCACACCCUGACUGUCAUGAAUGCAAUGAAGGAUGAAGAGGGCGAGUACAUGUUCGCCGCUGGUGAGAAGAUGUGCGCUGCUACAUUAACUGUAUCAGGUGGCGCUAUCAAGAAACCCCUGCAUGAUUUGGUGGUGGCCGACUCCCAGACCGCCAUACUGGAGUGUGAAGUCGCCAACCCCACCGCCGAGGGCAAGUGGCUGAAAGACGGCCAACCUGUGGACUUCAAUGAGAACACGCUAAGCGAGGUGAAGGGUGUCGUCAGACGCCUCAUCAUCACGAUCACCAAAGCCACCGACGUCGGAGAGUACACCUACCAGGUCGCCACGUCCAAGACCUCAGCCAUGCUGAGAGUCGAGGCUGUGAAGAUCAAGAAGACCCUCAAGAACCUGAAUGUGGUCCAGACUCAGGAUGCCUUGUUUAGCCUGGAGCUGACCCACGAGGACGUGCGAGGAGCACAGUGGAUCAAGAACGGUGUUGAGAUCCAGCCCAGUAAUAAAUACGAGAUCACUAUUGAAGGCACAGUCCACAACCUGAAAAUCAAGAACUGCAGCACACAGGACGAGUCUGUUUACUCUUUCAAACUAGGAAAACUGUCUGCAAGCGGCAGGCUGAACGUUGAAACCAUCAAGAUCCUGAAGAAGCCAAAGGAUGUGACAUCACUGUUGGGUGCAACUGCCGUAUUUGAGCUGGGCAUCUCCGAGGAUGACAUCCCCGUGAAAUGGAUGUUCAACAACGUGGAGCUGAAGCCAGACGCCAACUACAGGAUGCUCUCUGAGAAGAAGACCCACAAACUGACUGUACAGGACGUGGACAGCAGCAAAGAGGGACAGUACACCGCUGUGGUGGGCCACCUCCAGUGCAGCGCUCGCCUCACGGUCGAGUCCCUGCGAGUCACCAAACCGCUGAAGAGCGUGAACGUCCCAGAGACCCAGGCGGCCACAUUUGAGUGUGAAGUGUCCCACUUCAAUGUACCGUCCACCUGGCUGAAGGACGGCGUGGAGAUCGAGAUGAGCGAGAAGUUCAGGAUCGUGGUUCAGGGGAAACUCCACCAGCUGAAGAUCAUGAACACCAGCAAGGACGACUCGGCCGAGUACACCUUCAUCUGCGGGAACGACCGAGUCUCUGCAACGCUUACCGUUAACCCCAUCGUCAUCACGACGAUGUUGCAGAACCUGGACGCUCAGGCGAAAGACACGGUCACAUUUGAGGUGAACAUCAACUAUGAGGGAAUUACGUACAAAUGGCUGAAGAACGGUGUGGAGAUCCGGUCCACGGACAGAUGCCAGACUCGCUGCAAACAGCUGACUCACACUCUGAGCAUCAGGAACGUUCACUUUGGAGACAGUGCAGAGUACACCUUCAUGGCCGGCUCUGCAGUCACUACAGCUAAACUCUACGUCGAGGCCCGCGUGGUUGAAUUCACUAAACACCUGAAGGAUAUGAAGAUCACGGAGAAGAAGAGAGCGACUUUCGAAUGUGAAGUUUCUGAACCGAACAUCCAGGUGAUGUGGAUGAAGGACGGCCAGGAACUGGAGAUGUCCGACAGAUAUAAAAUGUCGGCAGAUAAGUUCGUGCACCAUCUGACCGUGCCGUCGGUGCGCCUGUCGGACGCCGGAGAGUACACGGCAGUAGCCGGGUCCAGCAUGUCCAAGGCCCAGCUGGUCGUUCUGGGGCGGGACGUCAAGAUCUCCGAGCCCGCUAGCAGGGACAUCUCAGUCGUUGAGAAGCAGAGAGCGACCUUUGAGUUCGAGGUGAACGAGGACGACGUGGAAGGUCGCUGGCUGAGGAACGGCGUGGAGAUCCAGCUCUCAGCGGAGGAGAGGUUCUCCUACGUCUGCAUCCGCAAGCUGCACCGCCUCACCGUGUCGGAGACGUACCGUAGCGACGCCGGCGAGUACACCUUCCUCGCCGGCAAGAACAGGAGCACCAUGAACCUUCAAGUCAGACUGCCGGAGCCUCCGCAGAUCGUGCGCCACAUGCAGCCCCAGACGGCGAUGUCCGGCAGAUCGGUUCGCUUCUCGGUGCAGGUGAGCGGCCUCCCGGAGCCCCAGGUGUCCUGGUACAAAGACUCCCAGGCUCUGUCAACCAGCUACAAGUGCAAGUUCCUCCACGACGGAGACGAGCACACGCUGCUGCUGCUGGAAGUCUUCCCCGAGGACGCCGCUGUCUACAGCUGCGAGGCCAAGAACGACUACGGAGAGGCGACGAGCUCCGCUGCUCUCACUGUGGAAGUUCCAGAGGUGGCUGAAACCAUGGCUCGGGUCUCUGCUCCGGUCCUCAUCACUCCCAUGCGGGACAUCCUGGUCCCCGAGGGAAACCCGGCCCAGUUCCAGUGCUCCGUCUCUGGGGAAGAUUUGCAGAUUUCCUGGUUCUGUGGUGACAGAGAGAUCAGACAGUCAGACAUCUUCAGGAUGUCUCAUUAUGGUCAAACCUGCCAGUUGGAGAUCUCCAGAGCUCUCCCGAACCACGAAGGAGAGUACUCAUGUGCUGCCUCUAACUCGGCAGGAAUGGUGACGUGUUCUGCGACUCUGAACAUCGACGUAACUGCAGCGGAGCACGAACCUAAGACUCAGACAAAGGAGGAAGUGAAAGCCUUCACUAGCUCAACCGUCACAGUGGAAGAGGAAACCCAGGAGUCGUACUACACUGGCCUAAAGUUAGCAGAUAAAACCAGAACACUUGAACUUAAGCCAGAUUCCAAACGCUACUCCAGCACUUUGGCAAAGAAAAAAGAAAAGCCAGUUUUCCUCAGCGAACUUUCUCCGGCAGCUGUGACUGUUGGAGAAACUGCAAUGUUGACCGUCACGGUUUCUGGUUUCCCAAAGCCUGCUGUUCAGUGGUUCCACAACGGGCAAACUAUAACAAGUUCGUCCGUGUACACAUUUGUUCAGGAGCGAGACGAGUAUAGCUUGGUCAUUACAAAAGUUCGAAGGGAGUUUGAAGGAGAGUACUCGUGUACUGUCAGCAAUAGAUUUGGCCAGUCGACUUGCACUUCUUAUUUGCAUGUUCAGGUGAAGGAGCCAGAAAAGGAGGAACAAGUUGACAGGAGAACAUUUGUACCAACUGGCAAACCGCCAGAAUUCACUAAAAUUAUAGAGUCUCUUCAGUUGUCUGAGGGAGGUCAGGCUUUCUUCAGGUACAUUGUGACCGGAGAUCCUCUCCCUGAGGUUCAGUGGCUCAAAGGUAGCGUACACAUUCAGCCGAGUGGGUUCUGCAUCAUUGUGAACAACCCAGAUGGAUCAGGCUUUAUUAAUAUUAAGAGUGUCAAACAAGAGCACAGCGGCGUCUACACCUGCAAGGCCUCCAACCAACAUGGGGAAGCCUCUUGCACCGCAGAGCUGCUGGUGCUCCGUGAAAAAGUUCAGGAAAAGAAACUAAAAGGUUUGCAAAUAUCCAUGACUGAACAAACCACAGAAUCCCGAUUAUAUCAGGAAAGAACUCUGUCUGAUCAGAUGAUUUAUACUAUUAGCACUGAAGACCGGCAGAUUAUUCCCAGCGAGGAAGUGGGAACCCUCAGAGAGCUCAAUAUCUCUGCUGCCACCCUUCACCGAGAGCAGCUUACCCACCAGGCCGCUGUACUGCAGUCUCAUGAAAUACAAGAGCGGGUUUCUUUGGCUCCCACUCUUCCACCUCAGGUCUCUGCUGUUCCUGUGAAACAGCUUCACAUGGCGACUUUCUUGUCUUCCGUCCAGGAGAGACAAAAGAUCACUGAGCAGCACUCCGAACGGAUUCUCAGCCCUGAGAUCAUAGAACUCGAAUUAGCCAAAGAGCAGCCGUCAAAACUAAUGUCUGCCACAUCUGAAGAGUUCCUCCCACUUACUACGGUGAGAGCCGAGGCCUUGACGGACCUGGCCACAGAGCAUGUGAAGACUUUAAAGGAACCGAGGCAGCUUGUUACUAGUCACCAAGUAGAGCCCAAUCUGCCCAUCCUUGAUGAAACUUUAGGCGUCACCCACAGGCCAGAGGAAGAGAGGAGUUUCAGAGUCACAGAGGGGGUUAAGAUUUUAUACACGGCUCAGUCUACAGGGCAACUGCCACUCACAGAAAGACACUCUGAGCCUUUGCCAGAUUUAGAUGCAGCCACUAAACUAUUGGUUGAGAAAGAGCAAUCAAAGCCAGUGGUAGCACCAGUGAGCGAAUCUAGACUGGCGUUAUCCAAGGAGCAGACAUUUGAAAUGCACAGACCAGAGCAGGAGAGCAUCACUCCACACAAAGACGUGGUCUACAAGUCAGGUAUAGUUGCUGAAGAAAAGUUUGAACUCCAAGGUGAACAGACAGGACAGUUACCAGGGAUAGCUUCUUCUGUGUGUCUGCAACCUCAGAAAGAAGGAGAAAGACUUCUGAAUCUGCAGGUUAUCAGUGAUCAAGAUGUCUUGCAAUCUGAGGGUAGGUUCAGCAGCGAAAAGCCAUCUACAGAGCAGGCGGCAGCAAGGAAGAGUCCAACUUUGUUGUAUUCAGUGACUCAAGAAGAGCAAAGAACUGCAGUUUGCGAGGCAACCUUAGAGUUCUCAGCAAAGACAGAUGCCACAUCUGUUCAGCCGAAGAAAGAGUUACCGCCAAAAAAAUACCUCCAGUCGAUUCAUUCUUUUUCUGUGUUACCAAAAGAAGGAAUACUUACGAUCACCAAACCCGACGGGCAGAUGGCAACACAGAAACAGGAAAAGGCUAGAAGGCAUGCAGCUACCUCAGAGGAGAGAAGGGAGAUCACAGCAGAGUAUCACAAAGAUCUUGAUGUGUCGGUGACCGGGUUUCAGUCACAGCUUCGAACUGAGCCCAGGCCUUCGAGCAUCCUCACAGUCUCCUCCCAGCCAAUGCAGCUGCCGAAGGAGACGCCUUUUGUAAGCGAAGUCAAGCAGCAGCGAGCGCUAGUCCAGAAAGAGGACAACUGGAAUAUCAUGCAUUCUUUGAACGUCACAGAAACUCACAGUCUAGAGGAAGGUCACACUAUUAGCCUUAAAACUAAUGAGAAAUUCAAGCCUGAGAUGAAAAUAGAGCCUAAGAUACCUAAAAAAACUAUUUUUAUAGAGGAGAAGGCAGUUGCCACAGAAAGCUGUACUGUCUUAGAAGCCGCUGAGCAGGACUUUGCAGUCCAGAUCCAGGAGGGCCAGUCGGUGCGACAGUCAGUGUUGCUUGAAGAAAAGCAGGUCAUUAUGGGAGAGAAGUCAAGUGAGAUACAUAAAUCUGAGGGCUCGACCGUCAGCAUCCUGACGCAGCCUAAAGGAGUUCUGUUUGUUCACGAGUCUCUUGACACUCUGACUCUACCUAAAGAACUUAACUUUGUCAUUCAAAUUCCCAAACCUUCAAGCUUGAAUGUACGAUGUCAGCUCAGAGACGCUCUUCAGUCGGCUGUGGCCAGUGAUCAACCGGUGUUACUAGCCGAUAUUGUAGGACGGUUAGAGGCAGUGGAGGUACAGGAAGUGAAGGUUCAGAGAGAGCCCAAACUAGCCACAUCUACAUACCUGAUUACUACUCCAGGCGCCCCCAUGGAGAUCACGUUGUCUUUUGAAGGGGAAUACCCUCAGACAGCUGACCUAAGGUCUGAACUCCAGGUAGCUUUGCAUGCAAUGGUUUUCCAGGAGCAGCAAAGUCUUACAGCAGAGCAACCAGACACCAUGCAGACUGACAAGCCUCAAAAAGCGCUCGUUCUCUCAGCACCCUCCAAAGAGGUGUUGUCAUCUGUGGUAGACACCAUGAUGGUUGCAGAGAGUGCAGUUGGAUUUCCUCCUGCUUCAUCUCAGUCUGCAGCUGUCAAAACUGAAGCCAGGGCUUCAUUUCAAAGUGCAACUGUUAUGAGUCGGUCUGAGAUUCAUGAGUCUAGGCAGGUGGGUCAAGUUCCUGUUGAACAACAUGUGGACAUUUUUGUCCACAAAGAAACCAGAGAGGAGUUUCUAUCAGAGGCAAUCAUGAUCAGCGAGUCCUCUGACAGUAUGGUAGAUUAUCCUGUUGUCAUUGAAAAUCUGGAAGACAUUUGUGCUGAGGAAAACAGCAAGGCCAAAUUUACAGCCACCAUAAAGUACGUCACCAAAGUCAACUGGUUUUUCAAUGGCCAAUUGGUGGAAUCUGGCAAAGAGUUCAAGUGUUCCAAAGACCACGACACAUACACACUAGUUAUCAACAAAGUUGUCAAGGAGAAGCAUCAAGGAGAGUAUGUCUGUGAGGCUGAGAAUGAAGCCGGCAGGACUACAACAUCUUCAAGACUCACUGUGGUCUCGAAAGUGAAACCUGUGUUCAGGCACAGAAUUGUCCCUGUGGAGAUCAACAUUGGCAACCCUGCCAAGUUUGAAUGUGAAACUGAGGAUGCUCCGAAUGUGAGCUUCAAGUGGUUCAAAGAUGGACACCAAAUCAAAGAGAGUGACAAAUACAGGAUUAUCAGUCGCUUCAGUACUUCCUCUCUGGAACUUCUGAACCCAAACAAGGACGAUAGCGGUGAAUACACCUGCAAGGCGUCCAAUCAGCAUGGUGGUGACGAAUGUUCUGCCUCUCUCGUUGUGACAGAGCAUUGCCCCCCUGCCUUUAUAACUAAACCUGAGCCUCAGACUGUGUAUGUUGGAAAGAGGGCAAUGAUACAGUGUGUAAUAACAGGAUCUGCCCCACUGAAUGUUGUCUGGCUCAAAGACAACCAGGCCUUGCCCAAAGUGUCGACACACUACCAAACAUCGUGUGAAAAGAAUAAGCACACUCUUGAGAUAACCAAACUUUUGCCAGGUGAUAUGGGGCUUUAUGUGUGCAAGGUGUCCAAUAAUGUUGGGACAACCGAGUGCAGCACGGAGCUGCGUGUUAUUGAUAAACCCAACUUUGUAAAGCCCCUGGGUCCGAUCGCGGCUGUGGUCGGCGCUCCUCUGCACCUGGAGUGUCAGGUGGAUGAGGACACUGGAGUAAGUGUCACCUGGACCAGAGAUGGUAGAAAAGUCCAUCAGUCUCCAGACUGUAAACUGUCUUUUGAGGAUAAGACAGUUACUCUUGAUAUCCUAAAGACCACACUGAAAGAUUGUGGAAAUUAUGUGUGUACGGUGACAAAUGAAGCUGGAAGUGAAAGCUGCUCCACCUCGGUCAAGGUCCAAGAACCGCCAGUCUUUGUAAAGAGGCUGGAAGCCACCUCCGUUUGGAAGCAAGGCAGCACUGCACGUCUGCAGUGUGUCAUCAAAGGAUCCCCUGAACUUCACACGUCCUGGUUCUUUAAUAACAUCGAGUUGCAUGCUGGUGGCAGAUAUGAUAUCAGUCUGAAGGACGGUGUCACAACUCUUGAGAUAAAGGAUGUCAUGUUGAGUGACAGUGGGAACUUUACCUGUGAGGUUCUCAAUGAGUCUGGGUGUGAAAGCUGCAGCACUAAAGUAGCAGUGAAAGAACCGCCAUCUUUCAGAAAGGAGUUACUCUCCUUAGAGGCAGUCAGAGGAUCUGUAGCUGUAUUGGAGUGUGAGAUUUCAGGCUCUACGCCAUUCGAGGUGACCUGGAAAAAGAAUAAGAAAAGCCUGUCAGCAGAUAAGAAGUACAGAAUAGUGUCGCAGGGGUCCCUGACCUCACUGGAGAUCCACUCAUUUGAGAGCGCUGAUGCUGGUGAAUAUGAAUGUGUCGUAUCAAACGAGGUUGGGUCAGUAACCUCAAAGUCAUUGGCUAAACAGAGAGAGCCACCAAUGUUCUCAAAGAGGAUUGAAAGUGCGACAGCAGUGUUGGGAAAUACAGUGAAGCUACAGGGAACCCUUAAAGGAUCAGCUCCCAUCACUAUCAAAUGGAUGAAAGAUUCUGAGCUGCUAAGAGAUGAUGAUCCAAAUGUCAAAAUGGCUUUUGAGAACAACAUUGCUAGCAUUUCCUUCUCAUCUGUUGAGAUAAAGCACGGCGGCAAGUAUGCUUGCCUUGCCGAAAAUGAGGCGGGACAGCAGAAAUGUGAAGCUGUCUUAACAAUUCAAGAACCAGCUAGAAUCUUAGAGAAAGCAGCAUCCAUCAGUGUGACUGCAGGAGAUUCUGCCACAUUGGAGUGCACAAUUUCUGGAAGCCCAGACCUCAAAGUGAAAUGGUUUAAAGACGGCAAAGAGAUGAUCAGUGGCCGUAAAUAUAAGAUGACUCUGAAGGACAAUGUUGCCUCCAUGAAGAUUCUUACGGCAGAUAAAGGAGACACUUCAGAGUACAAGAUGGAGGUGUCAAAUAAAGUCGGAAAAGACGAGUGCACCUGCUCAGUCACUGUUAUAGAUCGUGCAGUUCCACCAUCCUUCACCAAAACUCUAAAGAAAGUGGACGGGAGUAUUGGUAGUAAUGUUACGUUGGAAUGCAGAGUUGCUGGAUCUCAGCCGAUGGUUGUUUCUUGGUACAAAGACAAUAAAGAAAUCCGCAGCAAUGACAAAUAUAAGCUUGAUUUCAGUGAGAUUAAAGCCUCUCUGACGAUAACCGGCCUGGAGCAAAGCGAUGGUGGAGUUUAUAAAUGCCGGGCCUCUAAUGAUGCCGGAGAAAAAGAGACCAGUGGUUCUUUGUCCGUCAAAGAACCGCCAGUCUUCACAGUGAAACCUGAGUCCCAGGACACUUCACCAGGAUCAAAUGUUGUCAUAAAAUCAGCCUUUACAGGCUCAGCUCCUCUGGUUGUUAAAUGGUUCAAAGAGGAGAAAGAGAUUUUCACUGGGGGGAGAUGUGUUAUAAAGAAAGAUGCCUCUUCAAGCUCUUUGGAGCUUCACUCUGUGAAACCCAGUGACUCGGCUAAAUACACAUGCCAAGUAUCCAAUGAUGCUGGGAAGAUGGAUUGCACCGCAGCCCUCUUUGUGAAAGAAGCCCCAACAUUUACAAUGAAACUUGAGCCUUCACAGCUGCUGAAAACUGGACAGACUCUGAAGUUGUCCUGCAAAGUGCAGGGCACCCCUGUUAUUAGCAUCACAUGGUUUAAAAAUGGCUCAGAAAUCGCUUCUGACAGCAGACACACGAUGUCCUUCGACAGCUCUUUAGCAACUCUGGAGGUAGAGAACUGCUCUGUAGACGAUAGUGGAGAUUAUGUCUGUACGGCGUCCAGCGAGGCCGGCAGAGAGCAGUGCAGCAGCUCAAUCACAGUGAAAGAACCUCCUGUGUUUGUGAGGCCUUUCGAAUCAUCUGAGCUUGUAAAGGGAUCCGACACUAUCUUGAGAGGAACCGUUUCAGGUUCCCCUCCAUUUGAAAUAUGUUGCUACCUCAAUGAUAAGCUGAUCAGAAACGACAAAAGACAUAAGAUCAGUGUUGAAAACGACACAGUGACUCUUCAAAUCUCAAACUGUGAGACUGGAGACGCUGGGACGUACCAGUGCACUGUUGCAAAUGAUGUUGGGGAGACAUCUUGUUCUUGCCAGAUUUCACUAAAAGAAUCACCAUCAUUUGUUGAGAAACUAGAGGAUAUAACCUGCAUGGUGGGCUCUGAUAUCUCAAUGAAGUGUGUGUUGUCUGGAUCACUUCCCAUGACUCUCUCCUGGAUCAAGGAUGAUCAGGAGCUCACAGAAGACGAGCAUGUUAAGAUGUCCUAUGAUUCCAAAAGUGCCAUGUUGUAUUUGAAAAAUGCUCGGUUAUCACACGGCGGGAAAUAUGUCUGUCAGGCACAGAACAAAGCCGGGACUCAGAGAUGUGCCGCUGUGCUCAUAGUGACAGAACCACCGUACAUUCUUGAAAAGCCUGAAUCCAUGAACGUUUUGCCUGGCUCAAAGGUUACGUUUAAUGUUCGUGUCUCUGGCACGCAACCGCUGACCAUCAGAUGGUUUAAAAACCAGACAGAGAUUUUAUCCAGUGCUGACUGCUCCGUUAUCAAAGACAAAGACUACACAUCAUGCUCACUGGAGAUUUUCUUUGCCAAAGCUUCUGAUUCUGGGGAAUAUGUCUGUGAAAUGCAGAAUGAUGUGGGCUCAACUUCCUGCCAGGCAAUGCUCUUUGUUAAAGAACCUCCUUUUUUCAUGGAAAAACCUGAAGGUGUAUCAGUAGUAAGAGUGGGAGACAGUAAUGUGUUUGAGUGCAAGGUUGCUGGUUCUCCAGCGAUCUCUGUGCGUUGGUUCAGAGAUGGAGCUGAGAUUCACCAAAGUGUCAAACACAAGAUGUCGUUUCGUAACGCUGUAGCCACAUUAGAGAUUUGUCAAGUUAGUGAAAAUGACAACGGGAAAUACUUCUGUGAAGCCUGCAACGAAGCAGGCACAGAGAGUUGCACUGUUGAGCUAGAAGUGAAAGUCCCUCCAAUGUUUGUUAAGAAGAUAGAAAAUAUCUCCACUAUUCUGGGAGAUGUAGCGGUCUUUCGCUGCACCGUGGACGGCUCUCUGCCUCUCUGUGUACAAUGGCAAAAAGACGAGAACUGUAUCGCAGAGGAUCCAACGAUUGAGAGAUGGUUUGAGAACAAAGAGGCCACUCUGAGGAUUCCUGCCUGUGAGGCGACUCACAGUGGGAAAUACACCUGCCUGGUUGUAAAUGACGCGGGGCAGGACAGAUGCUUUGCCACGCUUAAAGUGCAAGAACCACCUAUCAUCCAUGAAAAGCCAGAUGUAAUCAAAGUGACUCGUGGAGAUCCGGUUAGUCUUGAGUGUAGAGUAGCUGGAAGUCCUCAGAUCAGGGUAAGAUGGACUAAAGAAGGCAAAGAGCUCCAGUCAAGCAGGAAACAUCAUCUCUACUUUGAUAACAACCUCAGCAGUCUUAACAUACAGUCGUCUCAGCUAGAAGACAGCGGAGAGUAUCUGUUCGAAGCCACAAACUCUUUUGGGAUUUGCAGAUUGCCACCAAGUUUCGUAGCUGAGCCUGAAUCUCAGGCGGUUGUUCCAAAGUCGACUGUCCUCUUCAGAAGUGUCUUUGAAGGAACACCUCCAUUUACCGUGAAAUGGUUCAAGGAUGACAUCGAACUCAUCUCAGGGCCAUCGUGUACAAUUAGACUGGAGAAAUAUUCUUCCUCUGCAGAGCUCUACUCGGUCGAGACUCUGCAGUGUGGGAUUUAUUCCUGCCAAGUUAGCAACGCAGCGGGCGCAGUGCAAAGUGCGGCAGAGUUGUUGGUGAAAGAACCCCCUCAGUUUGUCCUGAAACUUCCUCCCACUACCUUUGUGAAGCAGUGUGAGGGACAUCGUUUCGAAUGCAAGGUCACCAGCUCACGCUCUCUGAAGAUGUGCUGGUACAAAAAUGACCAAAAGAUAACCGAUGGAGGCAAUUAUAAAGUAAUGUUUGUUGACUCGACUGCGUACCUCCAGCUGAACACCACAAGGUUUGCGGAUAACGGAGUCUACUCCUUCGAGGCUCAUAACGAUGCUGGCAGUGUGAGCUGCAGCACCAUUCUCACAGUCCAAGAGUCCCCAUCCUUUAUCAAAUCGCCAAGUCCAGUAGAGGGCGUUAUAGGGAAAGACGCCAGCCUACACUGUGAGAUGUAUGGCACUCCACCUUUCCAGGUUAACUGGUACAAAGACAAAAGGCCACUGAAGGACAGCAGGAAAUAUAAGAUUGUCAGUGUGGCCAGCUCUGCCACACUUCACAUUAUGAAACUGGGGCAAGACGAUGCUGGUCUUUACGAGUGCAGAGUGUCAAACAAUGUAGAUAGUGCAACCUGUCGCACUACCAUUAGCCUGAAAGAACAACCAGCAUUUGUCAAGAAACUGGCCGACCAGUCUGUGACAGUCGGUCAGCAGCUGACGCUCACAACUACAGUGAAAGGCUCCGAGCCUUUGACUGUGUCCUGGGUUCAAGACAAGGAUCACAUUCUCAGAGACGGUGAUAACAGGAAGAUCACCUUUGAGAAUAACGUGGUCACACUUGUAGUUCCCAAAGCUGACUCGACCACGGCUGGAAAAUACACAUGCCAGCUGAGGAAUGACUCUGGAGUUGUGGAGUCGGUCUCCCAAGUCACAGUUCUAGAACCCGCUGUUAUUGUGGAUAGCCCAGAAUCCUUGAGCGUGAAGUCAGGAGAGAAUACAGCUCUUGAAGUCAAAGUAUCUGGCUCACCAGAACUGAAAACUAAGUGGUUCAAGGAUAACAAAGAGCUCUCCGCCGGUGCCAAGUAUCAGAUAUCCUUCACAAAGAAGAUUGCUGCCUUGAAGAUUCGCUCUGCUGAUAAAGCAGAUGCUGGAGAAUACAAGCUAGAGGUUAAAAACCAUGUCGGUACAUCCUCUUGCAAAAUUAAGCUCUCCGAUCCUGCUCCUUUAACAACUUCCUGGUUCCACGACGGCCAAGAAAUCAAGAGUGGGCCGAACUAUGAUAUUAGCUGCACUGACAAUAACUGCAAGCUGAUAGUUCCAACAAUCAAGAUGUCAGAUUCUGGUAAAUACACAUGUAAAGCUGUAAACGCUGCAGGAGCCAGCGAGACAAGUGCUUCGAUGAACGUGAAAGAACCUCCAUCUUUUGUGGAAAAACCUGAGGCGACGGAAACAUUGCCCGGCAAAAACGUGUCUUUCUCAUGCAAAGUGAAAGGCAGUGCCCCCCUGAAAGUCAAAUGGUUCAGGGGAGCCAAGGAAAUGCAGCAUGGAAGAGGCUGCGAGAUCACAUUGAAAAACGAUGUUGUCACUUUGGUGCUUCACAAAGUCGAAAAGUCACAUGCAGGAGAGUACACCUGCCAGAUCAUUAACGAUGGAGGGAAGGAUAGCUGCCAAGUUAACCUGUUUGUGAAAGAACCAGUCCACUUUGUGAAGAAGCUGAAGGACGUUUCCUCUGAAAAGGGGAAACCUCUGAGGCUUGAGGUCACAUUCGCUGGAACCCCCAGGGUAAAUGUGACCUGGAAGAAGGAUGGUAACCUCAUCUGGGCUUCGUAUCAGUACAAUGUGAUCACCACGGACACCUCCUGCAUCCUGGAGGUUCUUAACUCUGACAGGAUGGAGGCAGCCGGUAGAUACUCUUGUGAGGUAGACAACGGAGUCGGAAGUGACAAGUGUGAUGCACAAGUCUCAAUUCUAGAACGACCAUACUUUGUUGAAAAGAUGGAGCCAGUGGAGGUAACUGUGGGCGAUGCCGUUACCCUGAAAUGCCGUAUUUCAGGAACUCCUGACAUCUCCGUAGCUUGGUUUAAAGCUGACGGGAAGCUGCGCAAGUCCAACACUUGCUCAAUGGACUUCGCAAACGGUGUUGCCACUUUGAAACUGACCAAAACAACUAAGUUUGAUCACGGCGAAUACGUCUGCAUGGCAGAGAACCGGGUUGGUUCAGCUUCUGCCAGCUGUAAUGUGACGGUGAAAGAACCUGUGUGCUUUAUCAAGAAGCUGGAGGACACUACUUUCAUUGUGGGUCAGCCACUGAAACUAGUCUGCUCGUACACUGGAAGCCAGAGGGUCCACGUCACGUGGAAAAAGGAUGGCAAGCUGAUUUGGGCUUCUUAUCAGUAUAAUGUUAGAACUACUGAUGCGACCUGCGUUCUGGACGUCCUCAACAGCGACAGGCCUGAAGCAGCUGGAACGUACACUUGCGAAAUUGACAACGGAGUUGGAAGGGAUGUCUGCCACGCUCGUGUCAGCCUAGAACCGGCCCGUUUCGUGAAAAAGCUGGAAGACACGUAUUUCAGACUCGGUGAACCCUUGACCAUCAAGAGCAUGUACGCUGGAAGCCAGAAAAUGUCCGUGACCUGGAAGAAGGACGGAAAACUAAUCUGGGCAUCAUACAAGUACAACGUCAAGACCACCAAUGACACCUGCAUCCUGGAAGUCCUCAACAGCGACCGAGAAGAGGCCAUCGGAAAAUACACAUGUGAAAUUUCUAAUGCUGGAGGAAGCGAUAUCUGUCACGCUAAUGUCAAACUAGAACCCGUACGCUUUGUCAAGAAACUGGAGGACGUCUGCCACGAGCUGGGCAAACCUCUGCGGCUGGAGUGUACAUACGCUGGCAGCCAGAGGGUUAACGUGACGUGGAAGAAGGAUGACAAACUCAUCUGGGCUUCCUACCAGUACAACGUGAAAACCAGCAACUCCUCCUGCGUUCUGGAGGUCCUCAACAGCGACAGAGCCGCAGCCGCCGGAAAAUACACGUGCGAAAUUUCCAAUGCCGAAGGAACUGACACCUGUCAUGCUCAUGUUAAAAUAGAGCGUAAAGUCCCUCCAACUUUCACCAAGAAGCCGUCUGAGUCCAUGAUGGAUUCUGUGGGUAAGACGGUGAAGAUGGAGGGCCGGGUGUCUGGCUCGCAGCCGCUGACCGUCACCUGGUUCAAGGACAACAGCGAGAUCCAAGGCUCGGACAAAUACGACGUCAGCUUCACUAACAACGUCGCCGUGUUGUGUGUCAGAGACUCCAGCAGCUCGGACAGCGGCGUUUACGAAUGCACGGCUUCCAACGAGGCCGGAAAAGCCUCAUGUCGGGUGUCUCUCACCAUCACAGAAAAGGGCCAGGCUCCGAAAUUCAGCGUUCCUUUGGAGCCGGCGACAGUGAGCGAGGGCGAGAAGCUGAGCCUCAAGUGCCACGUGAUUGGCUCUCCUCCGCUGAGCAUCCAGUGGAUGAAGGACCGGAGGGAGCUGAAGUCCAGCGGGAACACCAAGAUCACGUUUGUUGGCGGGGCAGCCUGUCUGGAGAUCAGCCCGGUCUCAAAGAGCGACGCUGGGGAUUACCUCUGCAAGGCCAGCAACGCCAGCGGCAGCGACUUCUGCAAGGCCAGGGUCACUGUCAAAGAUAAAGGAGUGAAGGCCGCCCCCAGCGAGGCCGCCGCCCAACCUGCAGCUGCUCCAGCCAAAAGGCUCGACAACCUUUUCUUCAUCGAGGAACUCAAAAACAUUUCUGUCACAGAGAGUAAGACUCCCUCGAAGCAGAAGAGUCCGAAGAAAGAAGGAGAUUUGGACAUCGUGGAGUUGCUCAGAGGCCACGACCCCAAAGAGUACGAGAAGAUCCUGACGGAGCACGGUAUCCACGACUACCGCGCCAUCCUGCAGGCCAUCGAGUUCCUGAAGAGGGAGAAGGAGAUGGAGAGCGGGAAAGUGGAAGUGGAGCGUGGCGGUCGUGUGGAAGAGGAAGACAUUGCUCGACUGAUGCAGCAGCUGGAGGGACGCGUCGGCACAGAGCCCGUCUCUGUGCUGGAGCCCAUCAGCGACCAGAAGACGCCGGAGAACCAGACCGCCACCUUCGAGUGUAAGAUCCGCAUCAACUACCCAGAGAUCACCCUGACCUGGUACAAAGGAACGCAGAAACUGGAGAGCAGCGACAAGUACGACAUCGGCCGUGCCGGCGACCGCCACUACCUGUCCAUCAGGAACUGCCAGGAGAAAGACCAGGGCAACUACCGCGUGGUCUGCGGCCCACACAUCGCCAACGCCAAGCUCACCGUCACAGGAGCUGUUUCCGAGUCAGCCGAACAAAUUCAGUUCACUAAACGCAUCCGAAGCAUCGAGGUGAGCGAGCGCCACUGCGCCACCUUCGAGUGCGAGCUCUCCUUCGACAACGCCACCGUGGCGUGGUACAAAGACUCGUGGGAGCUCCGAGAGAGCGACAAAUAUAACUUCAGGACCGAUGGCCGCCGCCACUUUAUGACCAUCCGCAACGUCACGGCCCAGGACGAAGGCGUUUAUUCGGUGAUUGCCCGUCUGGAGCCGAUGGGAGAAGCUCGAAGCACCGCUGAGCUUUACCUGUCGGGGAAAGAGGUUGGGUUAGGAAAGGUUCCUCAGGACGUCCUCGACGCGUCAGUUCAUGUCCCAGAAGCGGCGUCCAUGUUUGUUCGUGAUUCCUCCGAAUUCUAUCACUACGAAGAACAAACAGCAGUGAAAGCUUUCAAAAGUCUGACCGUUGAAGAAGAGACAGUUUCUGUUCGCUUCUCCUCCGUCACAGAAGAGAGAGAAGCCGUUGAAGAAAUAGUAGAGAGGACUCAGAAAGUGGAGAUGAGACAACAAGUCCCUGAAGUACCGGAAGCAAGGAAGACGCAGCCUGAGGUAACUGUCACAGCUCCGGCUCGGCGAGAGGAACCUCCGGCGCCAGAAGAAACUUCAGUUUACACCAAACCAGAACCUGAACAACAGGAAGUGACCAAAAAGGUCACUCCUGAACCUUUUCAACCAAAGCCUUCACCCGAGCCCAAAGUGGCACCUCAGAAACCGGCGGCGCCUGAGCCAAAAACGCCCAAAAUGAAGCCUGAAGCAGCGAAGAAAAAACCAGAAGCCCCUGAAGCGAGAGUGCCAGCUGUAGCCAAACCAGAGGAAGUCGUAGCUCAGCCAAUCGCUGCCAAAAUGACUCCCCCAAAGACUGAAGAUAGUUUACCAAAAGCAGCAGAACGACCAAAGCCUGAAGAACUUGUUCAUCAAGCCAAGGUUACUCCCUCAACACCCGAAUUUCUUCCAGCUAAAGUGCAAGAUGUUCCCAGACCAGAGAGACCUGUAGUUCAACCGUUGACGCCACAGCUUACUCCAACAAAAGCUGAAGCUGUUCCAACUAAAGUAUCUCCCCCAGAGGAGAAGAAACCAUCUGCACCUGCACCAAAGCCUUCACCUCCUCCUGCAGAGAAAGUUCCUCCUCUUGCAGUGUCUCGUCCAGAGGAGAAGAAACCAUCUGCACCAGCAGCAAAGCCUUCAGCUCCUGUUGCUCCUGCAGCCAAAGUCGCUCUUCCUGAAGUGUCUCCUCGAGAGGAAAAGAAACCGUCUCCACCAACACCAAAGCCUCCAGCUGAAAAAGUGGUACCUCCUACAGCUCAAGUUGCAACGGUGGAGAAGAAACCAUCUCCUGUAUCAGAGACAAUCUCUCCGCCUGAAGACAAGGAACCAGUUUCAGCACCUGGACCAACUAAAGUUCCACCUCUUAAGCAAAAGGGUAAGAUCCCAGUUCAGGAGGCAAAAACCCCUGAAUCGCCAAAGCUGAAGAGUAAGUUCCCAAGAGUUCCCAAAGAGAAGGAACCAGAAGCAGAGGUUGUUAAGCUGAAGAAGGUUCCAGUGAAACCUCCCGAGCCUGACAAACAAGUCGUAACUCAUAAAGCAGAAGUGACGAGGCAUCAAGAUCAAGAACUAACGGUUCAUGGACUUCAUGACAGAGAAGAUCGAGAGGUGAUAACGCUCGGAAGAACUGAACGAAUCUUCACUGCAGAGGAGGAAACGGCUCAGUUGGGCUAUUUUGAGGAAGCUGAAAAGAUUGCAGUUGUACAGAAAACAGAGAAAGAAGGAUGGACAAGAACACCAAAACCACAGAAAGAGGAAGAACCUGAUGUGCCAAAUGUAGAUAAAAAGAAAAAAACGAAAUUGCCUAAGGCAGAUGAGCAGAAAGACUCAGUUAAACUAAAACCGUUUGAAAAAUCAGGCAAACCAGAGGAAGAAUCGCAAAAGAUCCAACUAAAAAAGGUGCCAACUAAGCCUAAAGAACCUGAGAAAGAAAUCAUAACUCAUAAAGUUGAAGUGACGAGGCAUUACGAUACAGAAGCGAUGGUUGAAAAGCUUCGCGAUAGAGAGGAUCGAGAGGUACUACCACACGGAAGAACUGAACGAGUCUUUGCUGCAGCUGAAAAGGCAACUGAACUCGGUCAAAUGGAGGAACCUGAAAAGUUGGAGGCAGAAGAUGAGAAAUCAAGAUGGAUAAGAACCCCUAAGGCGCCAAAAGAUGAAGAACCUGAGCCAGAUUUAACUAAAAAGAAAAUAAAGAAAUUGCCAAAGAAAGACGAAGAGCAAGAGCAGGUCAUGUUGAAGCCUUUCAACAAAGUAGCCAAGCCUGAAGAAAAGCCAGAUAAAGCAUCCGAGGAAGAGAAACCAAAGCCUGUGGACACAAAGGUACCCAGUCGAACUCCAAGAGUUGAAACUCCAAGAGAGCCAACGGAACAGCAGCUUAGGAAAGUUGAAAAGACUGCAACACCUAAAAAAGAAGAUGAGAAACCUCAGAAGAAAGAGGAACCAGCUCAACUGAAGAAGGUUGAGCUAAAGAAGACGCCUUCACCAAAAGUUGAUAAGCAGAAACCGAAAGAACUGGAGCAUAUCCCUGUUGAGAAGAAGCCAAGUGCUGAACAGAUUCCCAAAACUGUUUCACCAAAAGACUCUAUUGAAGCUGUUACACUGAAAAAGGUCCCCAAGAAGCCAGCGUCACCAGAUGAGGCUUCCCAACUUGCGAAGCCUGAUGGGAAACCAACAGAGGAGGCACCAAAAGGCAGAGGCAGAGGACUUGGGGCGAGACAAACGCCAUCUCCUGGUGACGCUGGCAAAGGCCGCGGCCUGAGACCCGGUGGAAAAGGCCCGUCACCACCAGAGGAACCCUUCGGAGGAUUUAAGCUCAAAGCCGUGCCUCUGAAAUUCGUCAAAAAGAUUCAGGACAUUGUGCUGAAGGAAGCUGAGUCUAUUGGCUCAUCUGCUGUGUUUGAGUGUGAGAUUUCACCUUCCACCGCCAUCACGACGUGGAUGAAAGAUGGUAGUAACCUCCGCGAGGGGCCCAAACACAAAUUCACAGCUGAUGGCAAAGAUCGCAAGUUGAACAUUAUUGAUGUCCAGCUGUCUGACACCGGUGAAUACACCUGUGUGGGCAAGAACGCUGGCAAGGAAAUAACAUGCACAGCCAAGCUUGUUGUUGAAGAGCUGCCGGUGAAAUGGUUGAAGGAGUUGGAACCAGAGACGUCCUGUAUUAAGACUCAGCCCAUGUACCUAACUUGUGAGUUGAACAAAGAGAGAGAUGUGGUCUGGAAGCGUAACGGUGCCCUCCUGAAGAAAAAGGCAGGAAAAGUGGCCAUUAAUAUCAUUGGUCUGCAGCACGCUGUGACCAUCCAGAACGCCACUGAGGAAGACGCCGGCGCCUACACGUGUGAGGUGGCUGGGCAGGAGGACGUCAAGACGACAACCAACGUCAAAGUGAUUGAAAUCAUCAAAGACUGGCUGACGAAGCCUCUGAGGGACCAGCAUGUGAAACCGAAGGCUAAAGCCACGUUUAAAUGUGAGCUGUUCAAAGACACUCCCAACUGGAAGUGGUUCAAAGGAGACAACGAGCUCGCUCCUUCUGACAAAGUGGAGAUCAACAAAGAUGGAAAGGACGUGACACUCACUAUCAAAAACUGCCAGCCGGACGACGUCUCAGACUAUACCAUCGAGGUGGAGGACCGCAGAUACACGGCCAAACUCACACUCGGAGAGCGCGAGGCAGAGAUCCUGAAGCCUCUCUCCAGCGUGGAGGUGGUCGAGAAGGAGGAAGCUAACUUCAACACUGAGAUUUCAGAGGAGGAUGUAGUCGGGGAAUGGAAACUGAGAGGCCAGGUGUUGAUGAGGUCUCCGACCUGCGACAUUAAAUCUGAAGGCGGGAAGCGUUUCCUGACGCUGAAACACGUGCAGCUGGAUCAGGCUGGCGAGGUGUCAUAUCAGGCGCUGAACGCCAUCACCAGCGCCAUGCUCAGCGUCAAAGAGAUCGAAAUGGGCUUUGUUGAGCCACUGCGGGAUGUUUCUGUGCCUGAAAAGAAACAGGCUAAGUUUGAAUGCACCAUCACCAAAGAGGUGUCAAAGGUCAUGUGGUUCAGGGGGGUGGAGAUUGUCACCCCGAGCCCUAAAUAUGAAAUAAUGGAUGAUGGAAAGAAACACAUGCUGAUCAUAAACAGCUGUGAAUUUGAUGACGAGGCUCAGUACACAAUCGAAGUGUUGGGCCAGAGAUCUAGUGCUCAGCUGGCCGUGGAAGGCAUGAGGCUGAAGUUUGUGCAGCAGCUUCAGGACCAAACUGUGAAAGAAGGUAAAACGGUUCGAUUUGAACUCGAGCUGUCGCACGAUAACGUGCCAGUGGUUUGGUACCGAAACGAAAUGAAGCUCCACGUAAGCCGAACCGUGCUCACACAUGUGGAAGGAAAGAAACACAUUCUAGAAAUGAGGACGUUGACUCUAGAUGAUACGUGCCUGGUAAAGGCCGAGGCCAAAGGGAUUUACUCCAUGGCAAAACUGACGGUCAUAGAGGGCGACGCUGUCUUCGUGACGAAGCUGCAGGAUUACACUGCCACGGAGAAAGACGAGGUGUCUCUGGACUGUGAACUGAGCAAAGACGUCCCCGUGGUUUGGUAUUACGGCGAGAAGGAAGUCAUCGCCUCCAAGACGGUGGUGAUGCGGUCAGAGGCAAUGCGCCGGUCUCUGGUCCUGAAGAAAGUGACGCAGAGCGACAAAGGGAAAUAUACCUGCGACUGUGGGACGGACAAAACCUCCGCCAGCCUCAACAUCGAAGCUCGGGACAUCAAGGUUGUGCGUCCGAUUUAUGGCGUGGAACUGUUUGACGGAGAGACGGCUCGCUUCGAGGUGGAGAUCUCCGAGGACGAUGUGCACGGCCAGUGGAAACUCAACGGAGAAGUCCUCAGUCCUUCUUCUGAUGUGGACAUCAUCGAGGAGGGCGGCAAACACACUCUGAUCCUGUACAACUGUAAAGUCUCAAUGACCGGUGAGGUGGCGUAUGCCGCCGCCAACGCCAAGUGUUCUGCCAACCUGAAGGUCAAAGAACUUCCUCUGAACUUCUUGACGCCGCUGAACGAUGUUCAGGUGUACGAGAAGGACGAGGCGAGGUUCGAGGUCGAGCUGUCGAGAGUUCCCAAGAGUUUCCGCUGGCUGAAAGGCUCCCAGGAACUGCAGAAAGACGACAAGUACGAGAUGAUCCAGGAUGGAAACAUGUUUGUUCUGGUGAUCCGUUUGGCCGCCUAUGACGACGAGGCAAAGUACAUGUUUGAGGCCGAGGACAAGAGGACAGCUGGAAAACUGGUUAUACAAGGUAUUCGGCUGGAGUUUGCCAAACCGAUUAAGGACGUGACAGUGAAGGAGCGUGAAACGGCCGAGUUCAGCGUUGAACUCUCCCACGACAAGAUCUCUGUGGUCUGGUACAAAAACGAUGUGCGCCUGCAUCCUAGCAAGGUUGUGCACAUGGCGGACCACGGGAAGGUGCACACGCUGGCCUUUAAAGAAGUAACCAUCGACGACACCUCCAUGAUCAAAGUGGAGGCCAUGGACAAGACCAUGACCGCCAUGCUCACUGUCAUCGAGGGCGACCUGUACUUCACCACCAAGCUGCAGAACUACACGGCCGUGGAGCGCGACGAGGUGAAGCUGGUCUGUGAACUCAGCAAAUCGGUCGCAGACGUCAAAUGGUUUAAGGACGGGAAGGAGAUCACUCCGUCCAAGAACAUCGCCAUCAGCACAGACGGAAAGAAGCGCAUCCUGAUGGUCAGGAAGGCAGAGAAGGCCAACAUUGGAGAGUACACCUGCGACUGCGGCUCGGACAAAACCACCGCCAGACUCAACAUAGAAGAGCGGGACAUUAAGGUUGUCCGUCCGCUGUACAGCGUGGAGGUGACGGAGACAGAAACAGCCAAGUUUGAGACAGAGAUUUCAGAAGAGGACGUCCACGGAAACUGGAAGCUGAAGGGAGAAGCUCUGCUGCCGUGUCCCGAUGUUGAGAUUAAGGAGGAAGGAACCAAACACCUGCUGAUUCUCUACAACGUGCGCAUGGACAUGGCCGGCAGCGUCGACUUUUCCGCAGCCAACGCCAAAUCCAACGCUCAGCUCCGGGUCAAAGCCCGGUCCAUCGGGCUGAUGCGUCCUCUGAAGGACGUGACGGUGACGGCCGGAGAAACGGCCACCUUUGAGUGCGAGCUGUCGUACGAAGGCAUCGCCGUGGACUGGUUCCUGGGGGGAAAGAAGAUGGAGGCCAGCGAGCGGGUGAAGACCCGUGUGGUGGGGCGAGUUCACACUCUGACCAUCAGAGACGUGAAGUUGUCGGAGGCCGGCGAAGUCAAACUGAGCACCAAAGACUUCCAGACGCAGGCGCAACUCAUCAUCAGACAGCCGCCGGUGGAGUUCACGAAGCCGCUGGAGGACCAGACGGUGGAGGAAGAGGCGAGUGCGACGUUGGAGUGUGAGGUUUCCCGAGAGAACGCCGAGGUUCGCUGGUUCAGAGAGGGACAGGAAGUCAGGAAGACCAAGAAGUACGACCUGAUCGUAGACGGAGUCAAGAGGAAGCUGGUCAUCCACGGCUGCUUGCCGGACGACGCCAAGAUGUACACGUGUGACGCCUCGGAGUUCAAGACUUCCUGUUUCCUGGAGGUCACACCUCCUCACGUGGAGUUCAGUAAGCCUCUGCAGGACGUCGAGGUCAAAGAGAAAGAAUCUGCUAAGUUUGAAUGUGAAGUUUCCCGCGAAUCUGCCAAGGUUCGCUGGUUUAAGGACGGCAACGAGAUCAGGAAAGGGAAGAAGUACGAGAUUGUUGCUAAGGGCAAACAGAGGAUCCUCAUCGUGCACAAGUCUGUGUUCGACGACGAGGCCGAGUACGAAUGUGACGCCCGCACCGCCAAGAGCUCGGGCAUGCUCACCGUCAUCGAGGAGGCAGCGCGCUUCACCAAGAACCUGUCCAACGUGGAGGGGAUGGAGACGGACAGCGUGAAGAUGAUCUGCGAGGUGUCAAAGCCCGUUGCCGAGGUGACGUGGUACCGCGGAGACGAGGAGCUGCCGGAGGGCGGCCGCUACGAGCAGAUCAGUGACGGGCGCCGGAGGAUCCUGAUCAUCCAGGACCUGAGAAUGGAGGACGCUGGAGAGUACAACUGCAGGCUGAGUCCCACCGUGAAGACAUCCGCCACGCUCCGGCUACACGAGCUGGCGGCCGAGUUCAUUGCCCGGCCCCAGAACCAGGAAGCAGUGGAGGGCGAGAAGGCCGAGUUCGCCUGCUCCGUCUCCAAGGAAACGUACGAGGUGAAGUGGUUCAGAGGCGAGACGGAAGUGCACCCGGGGGAGAAGUACAGCGUGGUCAGCGAGGGCAAGAGGAGGGCUCUUAUUGUGAAAAGCUGCGAGCUGAAGGACGAGGGCGGCUACGUGGCGCAGAUCGGCAGCGUUAAGGCCUCCGCCGAGCUCUACGUCAUCGAGAAACUGAGGGUCAUCACGCCGAUUAAAGACGCGGCGGUGAAGGAGGGAAGUGAGAUCGUGUUUAACUGCGAGACGAACACGGAGGGAGCCAAGGCCAAGUGGCUGAAGAACGAGGAGACGAUAUUCGAGAGCAGCAAGUACAUGAUGGCCCAGCGGGACAACGUCUUCUCUCUGAGGAUCAGGGACGCCCAGAAGGCCGACGAGGCCGUCUACACCAUCAGCCUGACCAAUCAGAGAGCAGAGCACGCCAAGAGCACCGCCAGCGCUAAAGUGGCAGAGGAGAAGCUGAGGUUCCUGAGGCCCAUCGAGGACAUCGAGACCCAGGAGAAGAAGACCAUCGGCUUCGUGUGCGAGGUGAACCGUCCCGAGGCGACCGUCCGCUGGCUGAAGGCGGGACAGGAAGUGACGCUCAGCAAGCGCCUGGUGUACCGCGCCGACGGCCUGCGCCACACGCUGACCAUCAAGGACUGCGUGAUGGACGACGAGGGAGAGUACACGGCCGCCGUCGGGGACGACAAGUGCGCGGCCGAGCUGAUCAUCAGCGAGGCGCCCACCGACUUCACCGCGGCGCUCAAAGACACGACCAUCACUGAGUUUGAAGACGCCGAGUUCGUCUGCAAGCUGAGCAAAGAGAAGGCUUUGGCCGUGAAGUGGUACAGGAACGGACGGGAGAUCAGAGAAGGACCCAGAUACCACAUGGAGAAAGAAGGGAAGACGUGCAGACUGGUGAUCAAAGUGUGUAGACCAGAUGAUGAAUGUGAAUAUGCCUGUGGAGUGGAGGAGAGGAGGACCAGAGCCAGGCUCUUCGUCGAAGAGACGCCGGUGGAGAUCGUGCGUCCCCCCCAGGACGCCUUCGAGCCCCCAGGCUCUGACGUGGUGUUCGAGGCGGAGCUGAACAAGGACCGCGUGGAGGUGAGGUGGAUGAGGAACAACAUGAUCAUCGUGCAGGGAGACAAGUACCAGAUGAUCAGCGAGGGCAAGACCCACAGGCUGCAGGUCUGUGAGAUCAGACCCCGGGACCAGGGAGAGUACCGCAUCGUGGCCAAGGACAAGGACGCCAGGGCCAAGCUGGAGCUCGCAGCCGUUCCAAAGAUCAAAACCACGGACCAGAACCUGGUGACGGACGCCGGGAAGCCGUUUGUGAUGAGCGUGCCGUACGACGCGUACCCCCGCGCCGACGCCGAGUGGAUGUACGAGGGCGCCGCCCUGCCGGUCCAGAACAUCGACACCUCGGCCGAUAAGACGGAGUACCGGCUGAAGAGCCCCCGGAAGGAGGACCAGGGCCGGUACCGUGUGGUGGUCCGCAACAAGCACGGCCAGGGGGAGGCCUUCAUCAACCUGGACGUCAUCGAUGUCCCGGGCCCGGUGAAGAACCUGCGUGUGGUGGACACGGCCGACGGCGAGGUCAGCCUGGCGUGGGAGGAGCCCGAGACCGACGGCGGCAGCAAGAUCGUGUCCUACGUGGUGGAGCGCCGCGACGUCAAGCGUAAGACCUGGACGCUGGCGACCAACCGCGCCGACGCGCCCGAGUACUGCGUCAGCGGCCUGCAGAAGGAGAACAAGUACCUGUUCAGGGUCUGCGCCCAGAACCGGGUCGGCAGCGGCCCCACCGUCGCCACCGACGACGCCGUCCAGGCCAAGAACAAGUUCGACGUUCCCGACGCUCCGGAGAAUGUGGCGGUCGGCGUGGUGAACCGGUUCGGCGCCACCGUGAGCUGGGAGCCUCCGAAGCACGACGGGGGCUCGGAGAUCACCGCCUACGUGAUCGAGCUGCGCGACAGAACGGCGGUGAAAUGGGAGGCGGCCAUGGUCUGCGGCGCCAGGGACCGCACGGCCACGCUGAGUGACGUGGUGGAGAACAAGGAGUACAUCUUCAGAGUCCGAGCCGAGAACAAGGCCGGCAUCGGACGGCCCAGCGCCGCCACCAAGCCCGUCAAGAUCAUGGAUCCCAUCGAGCGGCCGAGCCCGCCUCUGAACCUGAACUUCAGCGACCAGAUCAACACGGCGGUGACGCUGACCUGGGAGACGCCCGCCAGCAACGGCGGCAGCAUGAUCACCGGCUACAUCAUCCAGAAAUGUGACGACGGCACCGACAAGUGGCUCCGCUGCAACGCCAGGCUGUGUCCCGAUCUUUCCUACCGGGUGUCCGGUCUGAAGCCCGGUCAGAAGUACCUCUACAGAGUCUGUGCCGAGAACGCCGCCGGCGUCUCCGAUCCAACGGAGCAACUCGGCCCUCUGCUCGCAGACGACCCUCACGUGGGUCCGACCUUUGACCUGAGCGGCUUCAGGAACGGUCUGGAAGUAAUCGUCCCGCAGCCUCUCAUCAUCAGAGUCCCGAUCACCGGGUACCCGACACCCGUCGCCAAGUGGAGCUUCGGAGAAAAGGCGCUGAGCACCGCCGAUGAGCGCGUCUCCAUGGUGACCAAGCCCACGUACACAGAGCUGACAGUGGCGCCGAGCGUGCGCCCGGACAAAGGCACCUACACUCUGCAGCUGGAGAACGACGUGUCGUCCAUCUCUGGAGACAUCGAAGUCAACGUCAUCGCAUGCCCCAGUGCUCCCAAAGACUUUAAGGUGGCCGAGGUGACCCGACACCACGUCCACCUGAUGUGGGAGGCGCCAGAGCACGACGGAGGAAGUCCAGUCACACACUUCCAGAUCGAGAAGAGAGAAGUGUCCCGCAAGACCUGGGCCAAGGUGGCUACCGGCGUCCUGGACCUGGAGCACACUGUCACAGACGUGCUUGAAGGAAAGGAGUAUCUGUUCAGCGUCACUGCCUGCAACAAGUGCGGACCCGGAGAGCCGGCAUACAUCGAUGAGCCCGUCAACGUCUCCUCUCCCGCCACUGUACCUGAUCCUCCCGAGAACCUGAAGUGGCGUGAUAAGAGCGGCAAGACCAUCUUCCUGUUCUGGGAGCCCCCGAAGUACGACGGCGGUGCCCCGAUCAAAGGCUACGUGGUGGAUAAGUGUCAGCGCGGCACCGACAAGUGGGAGCCCUGCGGAGACCCCAUCCCUGAGCUGAAGUUCCAGGUGAAGGGCCUGGUCGAGGGCCAGUGGUACGCCUACAGAAUCAGAGCUUUCAACAAGCUUGGAGCCAGCCGACCGUGCAGAGCCACCGAUGAGAUCCAGGCCGUUGACGCCAGAGAGGCUCCAGAGAUCCAGCUGGAUGUGAAGCUGCUGGCCGGUCUGACGGCCCGGGCUGGCACAAAGAUCGAGCUUCCAGCCGACGUCAAAGGGAAGCCCGACCCCCGCGUAAAGUGGACCAAGGCUGACCAUGUGCUACGGGCCGACGACCGCGUCACCAUCGACACUCAGCCGGGACACUCCAAGCUGUCCAUCGACAAGACGACCAGAGGCGACACGGCCACCUACAUCAUCGAGGCGGUUAACGCCUGUGGACGCGCCACCGCCACUAUCGACGUCAACAUUCUCGAUAAACCCGGCCCUCCGGCCGCUUUCGACAUCUCUGAGAUCACCAACGAGUCGUGCUUCAUGGCGUGGAACCCUCCGAGGGACGACGGCGGCUCGCCCAUCACCAACUACAUCGUGGAGAGCCGGCUGCUGGACAAAGAGGAGUGGGUGAAGCUGUCGGCCACCGUCAAACACACCACGUUCAAAGCUUGCAAGCUCGUCGCUCUGAAGGAGUACGUGUUCAGGAUCAGCGCUGAGAACCAGUACGGCAUCGGCGAGCCCGCAGAACACGUGCCCAUCAUCGCCAAGUAUUCCUUUGAUCCUCCCGGCGCUCCGACCAGAGUCACGCCCUCCGACAUCGCCAAGGACGCCGUAACUCUGACGUGGUUCGAGCCGGACGAGGACGGCGGCAGUCCCAUCACCGGGUACUGGAUUGAGAAGUUCGACCGGGAAGCUGACAAGUGGAUCAGAUGCAAUAAACUGCCCAUCAAAGAUACAACAUUCAGGGUGAAGGGACUCACCACCAAGAUGAAGUACAGCUUCCGUGUUCUGGCGGAGAAUCUGGCCGGACCUGGUAAACCCAGCGUGGAGACGGAUCCCGUCCUCAUCAAAGAUCCCAUCGAUCCUCCAUGGGCUCCCGGUAAACCCGUCAUCAGGGACGUCGGUAAGACGACUGUUCAGCUGGCGUGGACGCGGCCGGAGCACGACGGCGGCGCCAAGAUCGAAGGUUACAUCGUGGAGUUCCAGAAGACGGGCAGCGAGGAAUGGAUCCGCAUCGCCGAGGACAUCACGCAGACGGAGACGCCGCUGACCGGCCUGAUCGAGAAGCAGGAGUACUCGUUCAGGGUCAAAGCCGUCAACAAGGCGGGCCAGAGCGAGCCCAGCGAUCCCAGCCAGCCAAUCGUCUGCAAGGAGAGGCUCUAUCCCCCCUCUGCGCCCCAGUGGCUGGAGGUUUCCAACAUCACCAAGAUCGACGCGGCGCUGAAGUGGCAGGAGCCGAGCAGCGACGGCGGCUCGCCCAUCACCAACUACGUGGUGGAGAAGCGCGACGUGCGGCGGAAGGCGUGGCAGAGCGUGGACACCACGGUGAAGGACCUGAAGUACACCGUGACGCCGCUCAACGAGGGAUCGCUCUACGUGUUCCGCGUCGCCGCCGAGAACGCCGCCGGGACGGGAGAGUUCUGCGAGCUGGAGGACGCCGUGCUCGCCAAAGACACUUUUACGACCCCCGGGCCCCCGUACGCCCUGACCGUGGUGGAGGUCACCAAGAGACACGUGGAGCUGAAGUGGGAAGCUCCCAAGAGCAACGGAGGAAGACCCAUCACCAAGUACGUGAUAGAGAAGAAGGAGAAGCUGGGAACUCGCUGGCUGAAGUGCUGCAAGACUCCGGACAGACAGACCCAGUUCACGGUGACGGACGUGGACGAAGGCUCCGAGGUGCAGUUCCAGGUCCGAGCCGAGAACGAAGCCGGAGUCGGAGAUCCCAGCGAACCCACCGAGAUCCUCACCGUCGAGGACGCAACCAGUGCUCCCUCUCCCCCUCUGGAGGUUUCGGUCCCGGACGCCAGCCGGCAGCACAUCAACGUCUGCUGGAAGCCUCCGGUUAAAGACGGCGGCUCGCCGAUCACCGGCUACCACGUGGAGGUGGCCGAGGCGCGGCCGGAGCUCAAGUGGCUGCGCGUCAACAACAGACCCAUCAAAGAGCUCAAGUUCAGGAUCGACGACGGCAUCAAACCGGAGAAGAAGUACGUCAUCAGGGUCCGGGCCAUCAACGCUAUCGGCGUCAGCGACCCGUCCGAGAUCUCCGACAAAGUCUUCACCAAGGACCCCGACUGCGCUCCCACCAUGGAUCUGGAGGCGCAGGACGUGGUGGUGGUUGAAGGCGAGAAGCUGCACCUGAACAUCCCCUACCGGGCCAUCCCGACGCCCAAGAUGGUUUGGCAGAAGGACACCGUGGAGUGCAAGGCCGACGAGCGCAUGUCGCUGACGGUGGAGAUGAACAGCGCUCAUCUGGAGCUGCUCAAGUGCAAACGCGGCGACGCGGGCGCCUACGCCAUCACGCUGGAGAACAGCCUGGGGAAAGCCACCGGCACCGUCAACGUCAAAGUCAUCGAGAAACCGGACCCGCCCAUCCAGGUGGAGGCUCUGGACCCGACGUCCAAGUCGAUCCGGGUCAGCUGGAAGGCUCCGGACUCGGACGGCGGCUGCCCCAUCCAGGGCUACAUCGUGGAGAAGAUGGAGAAGGACGGCGAGCGCUACGAGCGCGUCACGCCCAGCCUGGUGCCCGGGUUGUUCUUCGUGGUCACCGGGCUGACGGAGGACACGGAGUACCAGUUCAGGGUCCGGGCGGAGAACGCCGCCGGAGUCAGCGAGCCGUCCCGCAGCACGCCGCUCGUCAAGGCUGCAGACCCCGUCGAUAAACCGAAGGUGACGCUCUACGCCCGCGUGCAGUCCGGUUUGUGCGUGAAGAAGGGCGAGGAGAUCCGAAUUGACGCCUACGUCUCCGGUUCCCCGUAUCCCAAAAUCAGCUGGCUGAGGAACCACGAGGACGUCACCAAGGAGCCGAGCAAGAAGAUAGUUCCUAUCGUCAAGAAGAAGAAGAAGACCAAGACCACGGUCCCGGAGCCGGAGGAGGAGUUUGUGACCCCGCUGCGGGAGCGUCUGGGUCUGGACCAGACCCAUCGGGGUCAGUGUGCGCUGAUGAUCCGCGAGGCGGUCCGCGCCGACCACGGAGACUUCACCGUCCAGGUGCAGAACGCUCACGGAGUCGCCACCGCCAGCUGCGUCGUCAACGUCCUCGACAAGCCUGGCGCUCCGCUGAACUUCAGCUUCGAGGAGAUCCGCAGCACGUCGGUGGUGUGUAACUGGGAGCCGCCGCAGGACGACGGCGGCAGCGAGAUCCUCAACUACAUCCUGGAGAAGAAGGACAACCGCAACGACGCGGUGGGCUGGAUCACGGUCACGGCCACGCUGAAGGGAACCAGCUGCCCCAUCACCAAGCUCAUCGAGGGCAAGGAGUACAUCUUCAGAGUCACGGCCGAGAACAAGUUCGGCUGCGGGCCGCCCUGCGUGUCCGAGCCCGUGGUCGCCAAGAACAUGUUCGAUCCUCCGGAUGCUCCCAACACACCCCGAGUCCACGAGGUGACGGCGAGCACCGCCAGGAUCUCGUGGCACGAGCCCAAAGACAACGGCAGCCCGAUCCUGGGCUACUGGAUCGAGAGGAAGGAGGUGAACAGCAAACACUGGACGCGGGUCAACCGCGCGCUGCUCAACUCUCUGGAAGUCAAGGUGCUCGGCCUGAUGGAGGGACUCACCUACAUCUUCAGGGUCUGCGCCGAAAACCUGGCCGGGCCCGGGCCCUUCAGCGAGCCCAGCGACCGCACCGUCGCCAUGGACGCCAUCCUGCCCCCCGGCCCCCCCACUCCGUGGAUCGUGGACACAGGGAAGGAUUCAGUCAUUGUGGCGUGGAAGCCGCCGCUGUACAAUGGUGGAGGGGAUAUCCUGGGAUACCACCUGGAGAAGGUUCUGGUCGGAGAGAAGCAGUGGACUCGCAGCACCGAGUUCAGAUGUAAAGAGCUGACGUACACGAUGACCGGUCUGACCGAGGGAGCCGAUUAUUACAUCCGCGUCAUCGCCAUCAACGACGCCGGGCCCGGAGCUCCCGGCGUGACCGAACCCGUCACCGUCACAGAGCCGCAAGUAACUCCGGCGGUGAGCCUCGAUGCCUCGGUGAGGAACGGCGUCAUCAUCAGGGCCGGCGAGCUGCUGCGUCUCCCCGCCGUGGUGACGGGCCGCCCGCCGCCAACCAUCACAUGGACCAAAAACGAGAAGGAAACGGAGAAGGAGCGGAUGAUCGUGGAGACGGAGGGAAAGAACACGGUCCUGAUCAUCAAGAAGGCGCUGAGGGCCGACCACGGAAACUACCAGGUCACCGGCACCAACAGCAGCGGCACCAAGACCGCCGAGACCCGAGUGGACGUCAUGGACGUCCCAGGGCCGGUGGUGGACCUGAAGACGGUGGCGGUGACCAAGAAGAACAUCACGCUGUCGUGGUCCGACCCGCUGGACAACGGCGGCAGCGACAUCAUCGGCUACGAGGUCCUGAGGAAGGACGCCAAGAUGAAGCUGUUCCGCCAGCCCAUCGAGACGGCGUCCUGCAAGUGUGACGUCCAGGGCCUGCUGUCCGGGGAGGAGUACGACUUCAGGGUCAUCGCACGCAACAAGUUCGGAGAUGGAGCGCCCACAGACAUCGGACCCAUCCUGGCAGAGGAUCCCAAAGGAACCCCGUCUGCUCCGGAGAAGCUGCACUACACCGACAGAAGCCCGACCACCGUCACGCUGGCGUGGCAACCGCCUCGCACUGACGGCGGAAGCCCCAUCGUCGGCUACUACGUGGAGAAGAUGCGCUCCGACGGCACCGAGUUCGAGGUGGCCAACCGCAAGAUGUUCACCGACUGCUGCGGAACCAUCGAGAACCUGUCGGAGAACAACGAGUACCAGUUCAGAGUGAAAGCCGUGACCGAGGUGGGAGACGGGGAGCCCUCCAAGCCAAUCGACGUCACGAUCCAAGACGACCAAAUCGCUCCAGUUAUCACCAUCCUGAAGUUCUUCAAGAACAACGCCAUCAACGUGAAGAAAGGCGCGGCCAUCGACAUCCCAGCAGAGGUGAAGGGACUCCCUCUGCCGACGCUGCGCUGGAUGAAGGACGACGUAGAAAUCCAGCUGCCCGAAGACGAGACGAUGACCAUGGAGACGCAGGAGGUGAACCGUACAACGCUGACGACUAAGAUCGCCAUCCCACAAACCAUCCGGAAGGACAAAGGAAACUACAAGCUGGUGGCCGAAAACUGCUUCGGCAAAGCUGAGCACGUCAUCCCGGUGGAAAUCCUCGACCGCCCUCUUCCUCCGAGGAACAUCGUGGUGUCGGACAUCAAGGCCGACUCGUGCUACCUGACGUGGGACGCCCCGGAGGACAACGGCGGCAGCGAGCUCACCAACUACGUCAUGGAGCGCCGCGACGCCAGCAAGAAGAAGUCCGACUACGAGCUUCUGACCGUCAACCUGAUCGACCGACGAUACGGGGUCUACAAGCUGGACGUGAACGGGCUCUACCAGUUCAGGAUCAAAGCCGAGAACAAAUACGGCGUGAGCGACGGCUGCGACUCAGAGAAGGUGCAGCUGCGGGAUCCGUUCGGCCUCCCGGGACCGCCACGCAACCCCAAAAUCAUCGCCGCCACGGCGACCACCAUGACGCUGACGUGGGACCCCCCGCUGGACAACGGCGGCUCCACCAUCCAGGGCUACUGGCUGGAGAAGCGAGAGCGCGGUGCCGUGUACUGGGGCCGCGUCAACCGCGCGCCCGUCACCAAGCCCUCGGUGAAGGGGCUGCAGUACACCGUGCUCAAGCUCAUCGAAGGCUCCGAGUACAAGUUCAGGAUCGCCGCCUGCAACGCCGCGGGAACCGGACCGCCCUGCGAGGCCACCGAGUGCCGCUUCGCCCUCGACCCCUGCAAGCCCCCCAGCCCCCCCUGCAGCCCCGAGGUCAAAGACAAGACCAAGAGCAGCAUCACGCUGGGCUGGAGCCCGCCAGACCGUGACGGGGGCAGCCCCAUCAGCGGUUACAUCAUCGAGGUGCAUGAGGAGGGCUCUCCUGAUUGGAGGAGGGUGAACCCUGCCGACAAGCUGCACCCGUCCACCGAGAUCACCGUCCCAGACCUGAAGGAGGGCAAGAAGUGCAGGUUCAGGAUCUACGCCGUCAACUCAGCCGGGAACUCUGAGCCCGCCAAGACCGGAGACAUCCUGGUGCAGGACAUCCUGAUCGAGCCGACGGUGAGUCUGGACGUGGGGGCCCAGGAUCUGCUGAACUGCAGAGCGGGAACCACCAUCAAGAUCACCGCCACCAUCACGGGACGUCCCGCUCCCAAAGUCACCUGGACCUUCGACGGCACCGCCGAGAGCGAGAAGAAGAACGAGCUGCACACGCUGCCCGUGGACUCGGAGAUUGUCACCACGGCCACGACGUCGACCAUCGUCAUCCCCGAGUGUAAAAUGAACCACAGCGGCCGCUACAUCCUCAACGUGGAGAACGCCGCCGGACACAAAGUGGUCAAAGUCAGAGUCACCGUGCUCGACCUGCCCGGGCCGCCCAGAAACUUUACAGUGAGCGACGUGACGAGAGGAACCUGCCGACUCACCUGGAAAGCUCCAGAGAGCGACGGAGGAGAGAGAGUCAAGAGCUACUUCAUCGAGGAGAAGACGGUGACCGGCAAAGCCUGGACCAAGGUGAGCCCGGCCUGCAUCGCCCAGUCUCUGGUGGUUUCAGACCUGAUCAACGGUCAGGAGUACAUUUUCCGCAUCCGGGCUGAGAACCGCUUCGGCUUCGGCCCGUACGUCGAGACCGCCGAGGGAACCAAGGCCAGGGAUCCAGUCCGUCCUCCCGACCCCCCCACGCGGCUGAAGAUCAAGAGCGUGAGGAAGGGCGCCGUGAAACUGACCUGGAAGGCUCCGAAGAACGACGGCGGCGCGCCCGUCACACACUACAGCGUGGACCUGCUCUGCUGGGAGGCCGGCAGCGCCCAGAAGGAGUCCUGGAGGAGGUGUAACCGGAGAGACGUGGACACCACCAGCUACCGGGUGGAGGACCUGACGGAGGGAGACGAGUACGAGUUCAGAGUGAUGGCACACAACUCGGUCGGACCCAGCCGACCCUCGACUACCGUCGGACCCGUCGUCGCCCAGAACCAGACCUGCGCUCCGUCCAUCAAGCUGGGGGAGUUCCUGGAGGUGGAGCAGGGCACCGACAUCAGCAUCGUGGCGAAGAUCCGCGGCUGUCCGUUCCCCACGCUCACCUGGUACAAGGCUCCGCCCCUAAAGUCGGACACCCAAGUGGAGGUGCAGUACGACGAGCACAUCAACAAGCUGGUGUCGGACGACAGCUGCACGCUGCUGAUCCAGCAGGGCAAGCGGCCCGACACGGGCAUCUACACGCUGGUCGCCUCCAACAUGUUUGGCAAGGCCUCCAAGGAGAUGAGGCUCAACGUGCUCGGCCGCCCCGGUGCUCCCUCGGGUCCCAUUAAGUUUGAAGAGAUCAGCGCCGAGCGGAUCACGCUGUCCUGGCUGCCGCCGACAGACGACGGCGGCUCCAGCAUCACCAACUAUGUGAUCUGGAAGUGCGUGGCGAGCAGGAAGACGUGGGUGCCCGUCACCACGGAGCCCAAAGAGCGGCUGUGGACAGUGGAGAACCUGAUGCCGGGACACGAGUAUGUCUUCCGCAUCAUGGCGCAGAACAAAUACGGCGUCGGGGACCCGCUGGACAGCGAGCCCGAGGUCGCCAGGAACCUUUACACGAUCCCGGGUCAGUGUGAGAAGCCGACGGUCAGCGCCGUCACGCUGGACUCCAUGACGGUCAGCUGGGAGGAGCCAGAGGACGACGGCGGCACGCCGAUCACCGGCUACUGGCUGGAGAGGAAGGAGACGACGGGCAAACGCUGGGCGCGCGUCAGCCGCGAUCCACUGCGCCCCUCGGGCAUGGGCGAGCAGUUCGUAGUCAGCGGACUCAUUGAGGGGUCGCAGUACCUGUUCAGAGUCACCGCCAUCAACGCUGCCGGACCCGGGCCCGUCAGCAAACCCACAGAUCCCAUCUUCGCCAGGGACCCCAUCUCCCCGCCCUCUCCUCCCACCCCGAAGGUUUCUGAUUGGACGAAGACCUCGGUGGACCUGGUGUGGAUCCCUCCUCUGAAGGAUGGCGGCUCAAAGAUUAUAGGCUACUGGGUGGAGUACAAGGAAGAGGGCACCGAGGCCUGGGUCAAGGCCAAGGAGACGGAAAUCCGCGGCACCCGCUUAGUGAUUGCCGGCCUGAAGACGGGCGGCAAAUACAAGUUCAGGGUGACGGCGUUCAACGCCGCUGGCAACGGCGAGCCAGGAGAAGUCCCCGAGGUGCUGGAGGUCAACGACAGAAGCAUUGCCCCGGGGCUGGACCUGGACGCCUCGGUGAAGGAGCGGAUGGUGGUGCACGCCGGCGGAGUGAUCCGAAUCAUCGCCUACGUGUCGGGCCAGCCGGCGCCGGAGGUCACGUGGAGCCGAGACGGCGCGGCACUGCCUCUCGAGGCUAAAGUGGAGACGACGGCCAUCAGCUCGUCCAUGGUCAUCAAACCGUGCGCCAGGAAGCACCUCGGCGUCUACACGCUGACCGCCAAGAACGCCGGCGGCGAGGUGACCAAGAACAUCACCGUGGAAGUUCUGGACGUGCCCGGGCCCGUGGGCAUCCCCUUGACGGCGGAGAACCUGACCAUCGACUCCUGCAAGCUGAACUGGUUCUUCCCGGAGAACGACGGCGGCUCGCCCAUCAGUAACUACGUGAUUGAGAAGCGCGAGGCGGAGCGUAAAGCCUGGACCUCGCUGUCCUUCACCGCCAGCAGGCAGAACGCCGUGGCGCACGGCCUCACCACCGGGAAGGCCUACUUCUUCAGAGUGGCGGCGGAGAACGCCAUCGGCGUCGGACCCUUCAUAGCGACCGCAGCUGAGAUUAUCAUCAAGGAACCAAUGAGUGUGCCGGACCGCCCUGAGGAACUUGAGGUUACCAAGGUAACCAAAGAUCUGAUCGGCGUCACCUGGAAGGCGCCCAAGUUCGACGGCGGCUCGGAGAUCACCAUGUACAUCCUGGAGACGCGUAUGAUCGGCAAAGACAAGUUCAACCGCGUGACGAAGGAGAAGCUGAUGGAGAGGAAGUACACGGUGGACGGCCUGAGGGAGGGAGACACCUACGAGUUCAGAGUCAUCGCCGUCAACGAGGUCGGACCCAGCAAGCCGUCCUUCUGCACCAAACCAAUCACCUGCAAGGACGAACUGGAGCCACCGACCAUCGAGCUGGACUUCCGCGAUAAGAUCAUCAUCCGCGUGGGUGAGAGCUGCCUGCUGCAGGGCCGCUACACCGGCAAACCCUCUCCGUCCAUCAUGUGGUACCAGGACGACGAGGAGCUGAAGGCCAACGGAAACCGUCCCACUCCUCCGGUCGGCCCCGUGGUGUUUGAGGAGGUGCACCGGGAGUUCAUGGUGAUCUCGUGGAAACCUCCGCUGGACAGCGGCGGCAUCCCCGUCUCCAACUACAUCAUCGAGAAGAGAGACACCAACAGAGACACCUGGACCAUGGUCACGUCCGCCACCACCAAGACCGUCUGCAAGAUCCCGAAGCUAACGGAGGGCAAGGAGUACAUCAUGAGGAUCUGUGCUGAGAACAUGUACGGCAUCAGCGACCCGCUGGAGUCAGAGGAGAUGAAAGCCAAAGACAUCUUCAGAGUCCCCGAGGCCCCCGAGAUGCCAACGGUGCGGGAGGUGUACGCCACCAACGCUCUGGUUCUGUGGAACCGGCCGCGCGACGGCGGGAAGCCCAUCACCAACUACAUCCUGGAGAAGAAGGAGCCCAAGGCCAAACGGUGGUCCCGGGCCACCAGAGACCCGCUGUACCCAGCCACGCAGUACCGCAUCCAGGACCUGGUGGAGGGCUGCGAGUACCAGUUCAGGGUGAUGGCCGAGAACGAGCUGGGAACCGGAGACCCCAGCGAACCCUCCACACCCAUCCUCGCCAAGGAUCCCAUCGUGCCUCCGAGCCCCCCAGUGACCCCCGAGGCCUACGAUAAGACCAAAGACACCGUCAGCCUGAAGUGGAAGCUGCCCCGCCACGACGGGAAGGGCCGUAUCUUCGGCUACCUGGUGGAGUACCAGAAGCCCGGCGCCGUGGAGUGGACGCAGGCCAACGAGACGCCGGAGCAGUGCCCCGACCUGCACUACGUGGUCACGGGCUUGGCCGAUGGACAGGAAUACAACUUCAGGAUCUUCACCGUCAACGCCGCUGGCAAAUCUGACCCUUCAUACGUCAAAAAGACUAUCAAAGUCCACGACAGACUGGAGGAGCCCGAGUUGCUGCUGGACGCCAACAUGGCCCGUGACCACCUGGCCAUGCUGGGCACCGACAUCACGCUGAGCGCCACCAUCAAGGGUGUACCGACGCCCACCGUCAGCUGGAAGAAGAAUGACGGCGACGUUCCUUCUCACAUCACUGUCGCUGUCACCGCCAGCGGCAGCAAAGUCUUCAUCCCCAAGAGCGCCCGGACAGACUCCGGCAACUACACCAUCACUGUGGAGAACGCCGCGGGAAAGAAAUCAGCAACUGUUGCCGUGCUCGUGCUGAACAAGCCUUCUCCUCCCAGAGACCUGGUGAUCUCGGAGGUGACCAGCGAGUCGGCCUACCUGACGUGGAAGGUUCCCGAGGACAACGGCGGCGCCGUCAUCUCCCACUACGUCGUGGAGAAGAAAGACGUGGCCGCCGACCACUGGGUGCCCGUCUCUGCAGCCAAUAAGAAGCCGAGUCUGAUGGCCAUGUACCUGAUGGAAGGAAUCCAGUACAUGUUCAGGGUGGCAGCUGAAAACCAGUUUGGCAGGAGCGACUACGUGGGGACGAAGCAACCAAUCAAGGCUCUCGAUCCUCUCUAUCCUCCUGGCCCGCCCAAAAACCUGCACCACACUGACGCAGAGAAGACAGAGGUGUGGUUGGCGUGGGACUGGCCCGACCGCACCGGCGGUAGUGAAAUUACCGGCUUCAUCGUGGAGCACCAGGAAGAGGGUCAGACCGACUGGGUCACCUUCAAGACCGUCAGCAACGAGCACGCCCACGUCACUGGUCUGGUAGAGGGCAAGACCUACCGCUUCAGGGUCAAAUCUCAGAACGCCAUCGGUGUGAGCAGCCCUGACACCAGCGUCCCCAUCACCUGCCAGGAAAAGACACAGCCACCAACGAUUGAAGUUGAUGUGAAGCUUAUCGAGGGUCUUGUUGUCAGAGCUGGCACUCCUAUUGUCCUUCCAGCCAAGAUGACAGGAAUCCCCAUGCCCACUGCCAAAUGGACAUCCGAUGGCAAUGAAAUUGCAUCUGAGGGCCGCUUUAAGAUUGAGACUGCUGGAGACUCCACUGUCCUCAGUAUCCCUGAGUCCCAGAGAGGAGACACCGGAGAGUACAUCCUACAUGUGGCCAAUCCUACCGGCAGCAAGAGCGUUGCGCUGCACGUCACAGUGCUGGAUCUUCCCGGUCCACCCAUCGGACCUGUCAAUAUCUUGGAGGUCACGCCUGAUUACAUGAUGAUCCAAUGGAGGGCGCCCAAGGAUGAUGGUGGAACGCCUAUCAACAACUACGUUGUGGAAAAGAAGGACGUGAAGAAGCCAUGGGAGCCCUGGUCAGUUGUUAGCUCCAGCGGCAUGAGCACCAAGGCCAAAGUGUCCAGGCUGGAGAAGGGCCGUGAGUACAUUGUCCGUGUCCGUGCAGAGAACCGAAUUGGACUCGGUGCAGGGCUUGAGAGUCCUCCAACUAUUGCAAAGCACAUGUUUAACCCUCCUGGUCCACCUGGCCUGCCAGAGUGCUCUGAUAUCACGGAGAACGCUGUGACAGUGGAAUGGACCCUGCCUGACUACGAUGGAGGCAGCCCCAUCAGUGGAUAUGUGAUUGAACGCAGAGAAAUGACCGGAAAAUGGAUCCGUGUCAACAAAACUCCCGUACUGGACCUCAGAUACAGAGUCUCGGGCCUGUUUGAAGGCAAUAGCUACGAGUUCAGAGUGUUCGCUGAGAAUGUCGCUGGUAUCAGCGGGCCUUCUCUCACCUCUGACCCCAUCAAGGCUACUCGUGCCAUCACCAGACCCGGACCACCUGGCAAUCUUAAACUCAAGGACUGGAGCAAGUCCUAUGCCGACAUCUGCUGGACAAAGCCCACAAGAGACGGAGGCAGUCCAAUUCUGGGCUAUGUGGUUGAGGUUCAGAAGUCAGGAUCCGCCAAGUGGGACAGAAUCAACAAGGAACUCAUCACGAUGUGCGCCUACAGAGUGCCAGGCCUCAUUGAAGGAAUGGAGUACAGAAUUCACGUCAGAGCAACCAACAUUGUUGGAGACAGUGAACCCAGGGAGCUGUCUCAGGCGCUCCUCGCAAAGGACAUCCUGGUGCCCCCUGAAGUUGUUGUUGACGUGUCCUGCCGCGACUCUCUGACGGUCAGGGCAGGUCAGAUCAUAAGUUUAAUCACUAGAGUGAAGGGCAGACCAGACCCAGAGAUCACAUGGACCAAAGAUGCCAGAGCCGUAACCCGGGAGAAGCGCAUUGAGAUGAACAACAACUACCCUCUGUGUGAACUCGUCAUCAAUGACGCAGUCAGGUCAGACUACGGUAAAUAUGCCAUUCUGGCCAAGAACAGUAGCGGACAGGCACAGGCGACAAUUAUCGUCAAUGUCUUGGACAUACCAGGAGCUUGCCAGAACUUGAAAGUGGGUUACGUGACCAAGAAAUCCUGCGUGGUUUCAUGGGAGAACCCUGAGGACAACGGAGGCACUGAGAUCAAUCAGUACAUUGUUGAGUGCCGUCAGCCCAGCCAGAGAACAUGGACUGUCGUAGCCAAUGACUGCACCAAGCGCCUGAUGAAAGCCCCUCUUACUGAAGGCUGCGAGUACUUCUUCCGUGUCAGCGCAGAGAACAAGAUCGGUGCUGGUCCGACCACUGAGACCAAAUCACCUGUGCUUGCUGUUGAUUCUAUUGACAAGCCUGGUGAACCCAAUGACUUCCAAAUCUCUGAGAUCGGCAAGACCUUCUGCUUCCUAAAGUGGAAGAAGCCAGAUUAUGAUGGCGGCAGCCGUAACCUGAGUUACCAUGUUGAGAAGAAGCCAAAGGAGGCAGAGGAGUGGGAGAGGCUUCACAAGGGGGCUAUCAAGGAGACUUACUUCAUGGCUGACAGGUGCAUGGAAAACCAAAUCUACCAGUUCAGAGUUCAGACUAAGAACGAGGGAGGCGAGAGCAACUGGGUGACCACAGCUGAAGUUUUGGUCAAGGAACAGCUCGUGGAGCCUGAAAUCAAGAUUCAACUGGAUGGAACGCUUGUCGUCAAGGCAGGAGACUCCAUUCCCAUCGAGGCAACAGUGAAGGGCAAACCACAGCCUGAUGUCAAAUGGACCAAAGACGAGAGCGAAAAGGAGAUAAGGAAAGGCCCCAGGCAUCAAGUCGAAACUGGUGCUGACUUCUCGAAGCUGCUGAUUACCGGAGCAAGGCGUACUGACAGCGGGGUAUACAUUGUUACGGCCUCCAACAGCGCUGGAACCGGCUCUGCUCGUGCAAAGGUGAAUGUACUGGAUCGACCCGGCCCCAUCAGGGAUCUCAAAGUGUCUGGUAUCACCACCGACAGGUGCCAUUUGGCCUGGGAAGUCCCAGAGGACGAUGGCGGCUGCGAUAUCUACAACUACAUUAUUGAGAAAAGUGAGACCAAGAGGGGAGUCUGGUCAGUCCACACCAACGCUGUCAUCACCAACAAAGCUAACGUCACCCGUCUCAUCGAGGGCAACGAGUAUAUCUUCAGAGUUCGUGCGGAAAAUAAAAUGGGUCCUGGCCCUGCGGUGGAGAGUGAAUCCAUUGUUGCUGGCACCCAGUUCAGUGUACCCGGCGCUCCUGACGCACCAGAGGUCACCAAGAUCGGCAAGGAGGAGAUGACUGUGGAGUGGUCCGAGCCCGAGAAAGACGGCGGAAAGCCAAUCACAGGUUAUCUAUUGGAGAAGAUUGAAGAGCACGGCGUUAGGUGGUCUCCUGUCAACAAGGAUCCAGUCCCUACAACUCGUUUCACAGUUACUGGACUCCUGCCCCUCCACGACUACCAGUACAGAGUCAAGGCGGUCAAUGAGAUUGGCAUUGGCAGCCCAAGCAAGCCUUCACGUGCCAUCACUGCCAAGGACACCGUUGAGCCUCCUGCACCUCCUACCAACAUGAAAGUCCUGGACAGCACCUUGUCCAGCGUCACCCUGGGCUGGACCAAGCCCGUGUCCGACGGUGGAGCUCCCCUCAUCGGCUACGUUGUGGAGAUGAGGGUACAGGGAAGUGCCAAGAAAGGAGACGAAGGUUGGAAGAGAUGCAACGUAGCGGCUCAGCUGGUCGUGUGCGAGUUCACAGUCUCGAGUCUGGACAGCAAGCUUUUGUAUGAAUUUAGAGUGUCGGCUCAGAACCAGGUGGGCAUGAGUCUGCCCUGUGACCUGGGGGCUCCUGUGAUCCCCAAGGAGAUCAAAGAGUCGCCAGAGAUCGAUUUGGACGCCAGCCUGAAGCAGGGCCUGACGGUGAGAGCCGGCUGUCCUAUCAGACUGUGGGCCACCAUCAGAGGCAGACCGCCUCCCACCGUCACCUGGAGGAGGAUGGGCGUCGACAACGUGGUCCGGAAGGGAAAAGUCGACAUCAUUGACACUAUGACCUUCCUGGUGAUCCCCGACAGCACCCGCUACGACUCAGGCAAAUACUGCCUGACGCUGCGCAGCACCGCCGGAGAGAAGGCCGUGUUCGUUGCUGUUAAAGUUCUGGACACCCCGGGACCUGUAGAAAAUAUGGAAGCUACCGACAUCAAGCAGACGUCGGCCAUGCUGGCCUGGACUCCUCCGGAGAACAACGGCGGCAGCGAGAUCACACACUACAUCGUCGAGAAGCGCGCGAUCGACCGCAAGACGUGGGCAAUGGUCAAGGCAGAAGUUGAGACGGAUAAGAUUCCCUUCAAAGUCAGCGGCCUGGCGCCGGGCACCGAGUACUACUUCAGAGUCACAGCGGUCAACGAGUACGGCUCCGGAGUUCCCAAAGUGUCGCCCACUUCCUACCUGGCUUCUGAUCCCGUCAGCAAGCCUGAUCCUUGUGAGAAGAUCGAGGUUCUGGAGAUCACUAAGAACAGCGCUGUAGUCGGCUGGGUGAAACCGGCCAGGGACGGCGGUGCCAAGAUCGAUGGUUAUGUCAUUGAAUACAUCGAGGUGAAACCUCCUCCAGAGCCUCCAGCACCUGUGGAGGUUCCCGAGGGAGAAGAAGCUCCGCCUCCACCCCCACCUCCCCCGCCGCCUGUGGAAGAGGACGAGGACGCAGAACCGGAGAAGGAGGUGUGGAACGCCUACACCACGGUGAAAGGGUUGUCCAUCAGCAUCAGCGGCCUGAAGGAGGGCAAGAGGUACAAGUUCAGAGUGGCGGCCAAGAACAUGAUGGGCCAGAGCUCAUUCACCGAGACCCGGGAGCCAAUCGAAGUCAAGGAACAGAUGCUGGAGCCAAAGAUCGUCAUGCCGGAGACGGUGAGCGCCAGAGCCAGAGCCAAGCUCAGAGUGGAGGCUCUGGUUUCUGGAAAACCCGCCCCGACCUGCAAGUGGAUGCGCGGCGAGGAUGCGGUGGUGCCGUCCAGCCGUCUGGCCGUGCACCAGUCCGGAAACCUGUGUGUCCUGAUCAUCAAAGACGUGUCGAGGACCGACACUGGAGAGUACAGCCUGGUGGCCGAGAACAGCUCCGCAAAGGUGGUCGAGACCGUCAAGAUUAUCAUCAGAGACAUCCCCGGGCCUCCCGAGGGUCCUGUGGUGAUCAGCGACAUCGACGCUGACGCCUGCUCUCUGUCCUGGAACAAACCGCUGGAGGACGGAGGCAGCAACAUCACCAACUACGUGGUGGAGAAAUGUGACGUGAGUAGAGGCGACUGGGUGUCGGCGGUCUCUUCUGGUACGAAAACCAGCUGCAGGCUCGGGAAGCUCGUCCCCGGGAAGGAGUACGUGUUCCGUAUCCGUGCUGAGAACCGCUACGGAGUGUCAGACCCCACGCAGUCUGACAGGAUGGUUGCAAGGUUCCCCUUCGAUGUUCCUAGUGAGCCCCUCAACUGUCGCAUCAACAAGACCAACAAGGACUGCAUGUUCGUGGCCUGGGAUAAGCCCGAGAGCGACGGCGGCAGUCCCAUCACAGGUUACUACAUCGAGCGUAAGGAGAGGAACAGCCUGCUGUGGGUGAAGGCCAACGACACCAUCAUCCGCACCUUGGAGUACCCGUGUGCCGGCCUCAUUGAGGGCCUGGAGUACAUUUUCAGAGUGUCUGCCAUCAACCGUGCUGGCCAGGGCAAACCGAGCAAGAAGACAGACUUUGUCACAGCUAGAACACCUAUCGACACUCCGGGUAAACCUGAUAUUCUGGAUGUUACCAAGAACUCUGUCACUCUGGUUUGGACCCGUCCCAAGAACGACGGUGGCAGCAGGAUCAUAGGCUACUAUGUUGAGUCCCUGCAGCUGCCCGGAGACACCUGGGUACGUUGCAACACCAGCAGCCAGAACUGCCCGAGGGAGGAGUACAAAGUGACCGGGCUGGAGAGAGACCUGCAGUUCCAGUUCAGAGUCAUCGCCAAAACUGCUGUCAACAUCAGCAAACCCUCCGAGCCCACAGACCCCGUCUUAGUCUGCGCUGAGAACGUUCCCCCGAGGGUGGAGGUCAAUGCCAAGAUGCAGAAGGGUCUGAGGGUGAAGGCCGGAUCCACGAUCCUCCUGGAGGCUGAGGUGUUCGGUAAGCCUAUGCCCAGAGUGACGUGGAAGAGAGGCGAUGACAGUCUGAAGUCAGGUGACGGCCAGACCCUCACCCAACAGAGGAAUCACUUCCAGCUGGAGAUGACAGCAGUCACCAAGGAGCAGACAGGAACCUACACCAUCCUGGCCGAGAACGCCAGCGGCUCCAAGACCGCCGAAAUCCAGGUCAACGUCCUGGAUGUGCCCGGUCCUCCUUCCAACGCCAAAUACCUCGAGGUGUUUGCCACGAGUAUUAAGAUGUCUUGGGAGCCUCCUCUGAAGGACGGCGGCGCCGCCAUCACCAACUACAUCGUGGACAAGCGUGAGACCAGCCGAGCCAACUGGGCCCAGGUUUCCGCAAAGAUCAAGGCCGACCACCUCGAGCUCAACGUGGAGAAGCUAAUCGAGGGACGCGAGUACCAGUUCCGAAUCCGCGCAGAGAAUACGUGGGGAGUCGGAGACGCCCUCAUUACCAACUCUGUCAUGGCCAAGAACCCAUUCACUGUCCCUGGCCCCUGCGAGGCCCCAGUGAUCACCAAUGUAACCAGAGAUUGCAUGACUGUGAGCUGGAAGGAGCCUGCCGAUGAUGGCCUGUCCCCUAUCCUGGGCUUCGUGCUGGAAAAGAAAGAGACCAAGGAGCUGAACUGGACCAAGGUGACCAGGAAGCCCAUAACCGAGAGGAGCCUGGAAAUUACAGGCCUCACAGAGGGAGCCGAGUACAGCUUCAGAGUCAGUGCCAUCAACCAGGCAGGGCUUGGCAAACCCAGCGAGCCCUCCGCUGGCACCACUGCACAGAAUCCAAUCACUCCUCCUGGCCCUGUUGUGAACCCAAGUGUGUCCAACAGUUCCAACAGCACUAUCAGCCUAAUCUGGACCGCCCCCGCCAACAAUGGCGGGAGCCCCAUCAUUGGAUACUUGGUGGAGUGCAAGCAGGCUGACACCGCAGACUGGACCCGCUGCAACGUCCCCAGGAACCUGCAGGAGACCAGCUACACCAUCCAGAACCUUCAACACAAGGCCGAGUACCAGUGCCGCAUCACUGCGGUCAACAAGGUCGGCUUCAGCGAGCCAGUUGAAGUUCCCGGCAAGCAUAUUGUCAAGGCCAUCAUCAUUGCUCCUGAGGCAGAGCUGAGUGCAGAGCUGAAGGACGGCCUGGAGCUGCGCGCCGGCUCCACCAUGAGGCUGUAUGCCACCUACAAGGGCACCCCCACUCCCAGGAUCGUCUGGGGAAAGAUGAACAGCAACAUCAAGGACCGCCAGGGUAUUAUCAUUAAAACCACCAACAACGACACCACAGUGAUUGUGGAGAAGGUCAACAGAUAUGAUGCCGGCAAAUACAUCCUGAACCUGGAGGGCGUGGCUGGCAUGAAGAUGUACACCAUCAUUGUCAAGGUCUUCGAUACUCCCGGACCGCCGGCCAACCUGAUAGUGAAGGAGGCGUGCAAGGACAGCGCCUCCAUCUACUGGGACACUCCUCUGAUUAAUGGUGGCCACGACGUCACCCACUACAUUGUGGCGAAGCGUGACACAGAGAGGAAGGCCUGGUCCAUCGUCUCUGACAACUGCCCCAACACAUCGUUCAAGGUGCCAGACCUGAACGCCGGACGCUCCUACUGCUUCAAAGUGGCAGCGGUUAACCAGCUCGGUUACGGAGAGUGGUGUGAGACCGCCGACGCCGUCAGAGCAUCUGAGGAGCCUGGGCCUGUAAUGGACUUCAAGACUCUGCUGGUUACCAAGGACUCCUGCACUCUGAGCUGGAAGAAACCGCUCACCGACGGUGGCAGCCGCAUCAUCUGCUACGUGCUCGAGGUUCUCAUUGGUGACGACAAUUACAAGGAGCUUAUGAGGUCCAAGAACAUGCAGUACAGCGCCAAGGACCUGGUGGAGGACAGAGAGUACACAUAUAGAGUCAAAGCUGUUAACGACUCGGGAGAGAGCGCUGCCAAGGAGCUGAAAGUGGUCGCCAAGGACCUGAUCAUUCCUCCCAGCCUUGACUUGAGGGAGCUGCCCAACAUGUGCUACAUCGCCAAAGAGGGCAGCAUCGUACGUCUAAGGAUCCCGAUCAUCGGCAAACCUACGCCCAAAGUGUCCUGGAAGAAGGGAGACGACGAAGACCUGACAGAUAGCGGCCGAGUGUGCGCCGAAUCUUCUGCGGUCAACACCACCCUCCUGAUCAGAGACUGCCAGAGGAGUGAUGCUUCCAAGUACACCAUCACCCUGAGGAGCAAAGCUGGAACCAAGGAGUCCACCAUCUUCAUCAGGGUGGUGGGUAAACCUGGCGUUCCUAUUGGACCCAUCAAGUUUAAAGAUGUAACUGCUGACGGUGCUACGCUGAAGUGGGUCGCUCCCAAAGACGACGGCGGCUCAGAGAUCACAAACUACAUCCUAGAAAAGAGGGACUUCAUCACCAACAUGUGGGUGACGGUGUCCUCCACUGUGGAGACCAACACCAUGAGGGUGACGGGUCUCCAUGAGGGCACAGAGUACAUCUUCAGAGUCAGCGCUGAGAACAAGUACGGCGUUGGAGAGGGACUCAAGUCUGAGUCCCUCGUUGCUAAACAUCCAUUCAAUGUUCCCGAUGCUCCUCUUCCACCUCAGAUCAUCACCAUGUGCCACGACUCGGCUUACCUGGCCUGGUCUGACCCCAGGAAGACUGGAGGAUCUCCCAUCACAGGCUACCAUGCUGAGUUCAAAGAGAGAAACAGUAUGUUGUGGAAGCGGGCGAGCCCGAACGCCUUGAGGAUGAAGGAACACAAGGUAACUGGGCUGACUGAAGGUCUGGAGUACGAGUUCAGAGUCAUGGCAAUCAACCUGGCUGGCAUUGGUAGACCAAGUGCUCCCACCGACCCACAGGUGGCCCUGGACGCAAUUGAUGCCCCUGGAAAACCUGACGUGAUCAGCAUCACCAGAAGCACCGUGACCCUCCAGUGGACCGAGCCAGAGCUCGACGGCGGCCACAGACUGACUGGCUACAUCGUUGAGAAGCGCGACCUGCCUUCUAAGAUCUGGGUGAAGGCCAACAAUGUGAAUGUUGUGGAGCCUGCAUUCACUGUGACCGAGCUGCAAGAGGGCUGCAAAUACGAAUUUAGAAUCAGGGCAAAGAAUUCUGCCGGAGCUAUCAGCCCGCCCUCCGAGCAGACUGAUACUAUUAUCUGCACAGAUGAAUAUGCUGCACCAACCAUUAUUAUCGAAGCACAGGUUAAGGAGGGUCUGACUGUCCGAGCCGGAGAUACUAUUGUCAUCACUGCCGCAAGCAUUUUAGGCAAACCUGCGCCAACCUCAUGCUGGUCAAAGGGAGGAAAGUAUUUCAAACCCUCUGAUCUUGUAAAUAUUGAGACCACUGCGACUUCCUCCACUCUGUCCGUCAAGUACGCCGGCAGGAAGGAUUCUGGAGAGUACGUCAUCACUGCCAGCAAUCCCUUCGGUGUGAAGGAGGAAACGGUCAAUGUCAUAGUUUUGGAUGUUCCUGCUGCUCCUGGACCCAUCGAAUGCAGUGGUAUUUCCUCCGAAAAGGUCACUCUUACCUGGGCAGCUCCUACCGAGGACGGAGGCUCUCCUGUCAAGCAUUACACCCUGGAGAAGAGAGAGACCAGCCGCCUGCUCUGGACUAUCCUGGAAGACAACAUUAUCGACUGUCACUAUGUGGCCACCAAGCUUAUACAGGGCAAUGAAUACUUCUUCAGAGUCUCUGCUGUAAACCAGUAUGGUGCCAGUGAGCCAUCGCACUCUGAGGCAGUCAAGAUGGUUGAUAGAUUCGGUCCUCCUGGCCCACCAUCUAAACCAGAGGUUGAGAAAGUCAACGGACAUUCAGCCACUGUGACCUGGAGGAGACCAGCUGACGACGGAGGAAGUGACAUCAUAGGUUACUGUGUUGAGAAGAAGGAGAAAAAGGGAAUGAGAUGGGUCAGGGCGUCCAAGAAGUCCAUAAGUGAGCUCACCUUUGAAGUUACCGGUCUCACCACGGGUAUAGAGUAUGAGUUCCGUGUUCUUGCUGAGAACAAAGCUGGCUUUGGAGAGCCAAGCGAAGCAUCAAUGCCUGUCAGAACAAAAGAGGAGGCCUUUGUGCCUGGACCUCCAGUCAAUCCAAGAGUCACAGACACAACCAAGACCACUGCCACUCUAAACUGGGGGAAACCUCUUGAUAACGGUGGACUUGAAGUCACUGGAUAUGUGAUUGAGCACAAAAAGGAAGGAACAGAAGAAUGGGUUAAGGACACCCCUUCAUCUCCACUUAGGAUCACAGAGUUUGUUGUUCCCAAUCUGGAAACGGGUGCUAAAUACCACUUCAGAAUUAGCGCUGUGAAUGCUAUGGGAGCAGGUGAACCUGCUGAAACUCAAGAACUGAUUGAGAUUGUGGAGCGUUCAGCUGAACCUGAUUUUGAGCUUGAUGUUGAGCUGAGAAGAACCCUUGUUGUCAGGGCUGGCUGCUCCAUUCGCCUCUUUGUGCCGAUCAAGGGACGUCCUACGCCUACCGUCACCUGGACCAAGGAAGGCGGUCCUGUCCCACGCGCAGUUAUUGACAGCACUGAGUCAUUUACAAUGCUGAUCAUUCCUGAGAGUUCAAGGAAUGAUGCGGGUAAAUACGAGCUUACCCUCGAAAACUCAGCUGGAAAGAAGAGUGCCGAUAUACAUGUGAGAGUUCUAGAUUCACCUGGACCUCCACUCAACCAAAAAAAAAAAAAAAAAAAAAAAAAUCUUCAGUGGGAGAUGCCUAUGAUCGAUGGUGGAGCCAAGGUCACAAACUACAUCAUUGAGAAAAGAGAAACAACACGCAAGGCUUUUGCUACUGCUAUUACAAAGUGCCCCACCACUUCAGUCAGGAUUGGUGACCUGUGUGAAGGCUGUGAGUACUACUUUAGAGUGUCUGCCGAGAAUGAGUAUGGCAUUGGUGAGCCGGCUGAAACCGUUGAUCCAAUUCGUGCAUCACAGGCACCAUCUCCUCCAGUGAGUAUUAUUCCUACUGAUGUGACCAAGAACUCUGUGAGCCUGGCUUGGACCAAACCCAAGCAUGAUGGUGGCAGCAGAAUUACAGGAUAUGUCCUUGAAGCCCAGAAGAAGGGAACUGAUCAGUGGGCACAUGUUACAACAGUCAAGACCAUGGACUUCACAGUUAAGAAUCUUAAUGAGAUGGAGGAGUACAUUUUCCGCGUAAUGGCUGUCAACCACUCGGGUAGAAGCGCUCCACGUGAAAGCAAACCCAUUGCUGUCAGGGAUUCUACUUCCCUGCCCGAGUUUGACCUCCGUGGUGUAUGUCAGAAGACUAUUAUUGCCAAGGCAGGAGAUGACAUAAAGGUUGAAAUUCCAGUUAUGGGACGUCCUAGACCAACUAUCUCUUGGCAAAAGGAUGGCUCAGCCCUGAAGCUCACACAGAAAACCAAUGUGGAAACUACUUCUGCUACCGUUAUCCUCAGCAUCAGUGAAUGCACCAGAGCUGACAGUGGUGUCUACACCAUGACUGGAAAGAACAUUGUUGGUUCUGUGACAGACAAUAUCAUUGUCAAAGUACAUGAUGUACCUGGGCCACCCAAGGGACCGGUUACCAUCAUGGAGAGAUCUCGUACCUAUUGUGUCUUCGCAUGGGACACUCCUGAGAAUGAUGGAGGGGUUCCAAUCAACAAUUAUGUGGUCGAGAUCAGAGACACCACUUCCCAAACGUGGACAGAGCUGUCUUCCACUGUCAUCCGUACCAUGUUCAAAGCCAUUCGCUUAACCACUGGAUCAGAGUACCAGUUCAGAGUAAAAGCUAAAAACAGAUAUGGUGUUGGGCCUCCCAUCACCUCAGGGGCAGUUGUGGCUGCCUAUCCAUUCAGAGCUCCUGGACCUCCUGGUACUCCUGGUGUUGUUGCAUUUACCAAGGACUCAAUAACAAUUGGCUGGAACGAGCCUGUGGCUGAUGGUGGAAAUGAAGUCAUUGGUUAUCAUGUUGAGAGGAAAGAAAGAAGCAGCAUUGUCUGGCAAAAGAUCAGCAAGUCUCUUGUGAAAGGAAACAUCUUUAAAUCCACUGGGCUUGAAGAUGGAAUUGCCUAUGAGUUCCGUGUGAUGGCUGAAAACAUGGCUGGAAUUGGUAAGCCAAGUAAGGCCUCAGAAGCAAUAUUGGCCUUGGACCCUGUAGACCCACCAGGUCAGCCUGUGCCAAUAUUUGUCAACAAGAAUGUUAUCACCAUUGAGUGGACAAAGCCUGAGUACGAUGGUGGUUUCAAAAUCACUGGCUACACAGUGGAGAAGAAAGAAUUGCCUGCUGGCCGCUGGAUGAGAGCCAACUUCACCAACAUCACUGAGACGGCAUUCACUGUCAGUGGACUGACUCAAGAUGCCUCCUAUGAGUUCCGUGUUAUAGCCAGAAACUCUGCAGGUGCAGUGAGCGUGCCCUCUGAGCCCUCAGAUCCAAUUACCUGCAAAGAUGACAUUAUUGAGCCACGUAUUAUGGUUGAUGCCAUCUUUAAGGAUGUUGUUCUAAUAAAGGCAGGAGAGUCAUUCAAGCUUGAUGCUGACAUUGCUGGUCAACCAAACCCAUCUAUGGUUUGGACCAAGAACGGAAAGGAGGUUGAGAACACGAUGAAACUGCAGUUGAAGUUCACAGAACUGACAACCACUCUGACCAACAAGGACUCUGUCAGAACAGAUGGAGGAGAAUUUGUUUUGACUGCCACUAAUGUUGGUGGAUUUGCAAAGCACAUCUUUAAUGUUAAAGUGCUUGACAGACCUGGACCACCAGUUGGACCUCUUGACGUGUCUGAUGUCAACGCUGACAACUGCUUGCUCACCUGGGCUCCACCUGCAGAUGAUGGAGGUGCCAAGAUUGAAGGAUAUGUGAUUGAGAAGCGCGAGUCAAGCAGGCUGGUUUGGACCAAUGUGGUUUCAGACCUGCAAGUUACACAAUUCAAGGUGACCAAGCUGCUCGAAGGAAAUGAAUACAUUUUCAGAGUUAUGGCAGUAAACAAAUAUGGACUUGGUGAGUCUCUUGAUUCACUACCCACUAUUGCAGCCAAUCCAUAUGUGGUUCCAGAUCCUCCAGGGAAUCCUGAGGUGACAGCGAUCACCAAAGAUUCAAUGUUUGUUAUGUGGCAAGCACCUGCGAGCGAUGGUGGAACUCCCAUCACCAACUACAAUAUUGAAAGGAAAGACAGAAUAGGCCUACGCUGGGUCAAAUGCAAUAAGAGGAAGGUCAAAGAUCUGCAAUUCAAGGCAACAGCCCUUGUUGUUGGACAUGAAUACAAAUUCAGAAUAAUUGCUGAGAAUGCUGCUGGAGUGAGUGCACCAAGUGCUUCAAGUCCAUUCUACAAGGCCACUGAUGUACUGUACACGCCAGGGGCCCCAUGCAACCCAAGAAUCUUGGACACAACCAAGUCCUCAAUUACUGUCGCCUGGAACAAACCUGUAUACGAUGGUGGCUCUGAUGUCACUGGCUACAUUGUGGAGACCUGUAUCCCAUCUGAAAAGGAAGAAGAGGAGGAAUGGACCAUUGUGACACCCAAAGAAGGACUCCUUGCCACCUCAUUCACCAUUAUUAACCUGAAGGAGAACCAGGAGUACAAGAUUAACAUAUCUGCUGUCAACGGUGAAGGAGUUGGAGAGGCAGCAUCUGUACCUGGCAAUCCCAAGGCAGAGGACAGGCUCCUCCCACCUGAGAUUGAUUUGGAUGCUGAGCUCCGCAAGGUUGUUAAUCUUAGAGCUUGCUGCUCACUUAGACUGUUUGUGCCUAUCAGAGGCAGACCUGCUCCUGAGGCCAAAUGGACCAAAGAAGAUGGUGAGCGUGUUGAGAGGGCAACCAUUGAAAGCACAACAUCAUACACGUCUCUUGUAAUUGAAAAUGUCAACAGAUUUGACAGUGGAAAGUAUAAUCUCACAGUUGAAAACAGCUCUGGUUCCAAGACAGUUACAGUCCAAGUCAAGGUGCUUGACACACCAAGUGCCCCACAGAAUCUCAAGAUUACCACUGUAACAAAUGAAUCGGUCACUCUGACAUGGGAUCCACCAGUAAAUGAUGGAGGAGUUAAGAUUAACAACUAUAUUGUUGAAAAACGUGAGUCCACAAGGAAAGCAUAUGCUACAGUCAGUGCUAACUGCCAUCAAACCACCUUCACAGUAGACCAGCUCUUGGAAGGAUGCAACUAUUACUUCAGAGUUUUGGCUGAGAAUGAAUAUGGCAUUGGGCUACCCAUUGAGUCUGGGGAAUCAAUUAAAGUUUCUGAGAAACCACAGCCACCUGGCAAAAUCACUCUUAAGGAUGUUACCAAGAAUAGUGUCACCCUCUCCUGGGAGAAGCCAGCACAUGAUGGUGGCAGCAGAGUGGGCUGUUAUGUUGUUGAGAUCCAGCCUAAAGGUGUUGAUAAGUGGACACAGUCUAUGAUUGUAAAGGAAACAGAAGCUACAAUUAGUGGACUUAAUGCAGGUGAAGAAUACAUGUUCCGUGUAGCAGCAAGAAAUGAGAAGGGAACAAGCGACCCACGUCAAAUCGGUGUGCCUGUGAUCGUAAAAGAUCUUGUCAUUGCUCCUGUUGCCAAAAUGUUAUUCAACACAUUCAGUGUGAUGGCAGGAGAAGACCUGACAGUAGAUGUUCCUUAUGUUGCACGUCCCAAAGCAAAUAUCUCCUGGGUAAAAAAUGGUGAGCCUCUGAAAAGAACUACCAGAGUCAACUUUGCUGCAACUGACACAAUGCUGAACCUCAAAAUAAAAGAGGCUACAAGAGAUGAUGUUGGAAAAUACAUUAUUACUUUAAGCAACACAGCAGGAGAGACAACAGCAGACAUUGGCAUUGUUGUACUAGACAAACCCAGCCAGCCGGGUGGUCCAGUUAAGGUGGAGGCAGUUACAUCUGACAGUGUAACCAUGUCCUGGAACCGACCAGAAUAUGAUGGUGGUUGCACUAUCAAACACUAUAUCGUGGAAAAGAGAGACACAUCCGCAAAUACCUGGGUGGUUGUAUCUCCUAACCUUGCAAGGACCAAAAUCAAGGCAGGCAGACUGAAGACUGGCUCUGAGUAUCAGUUUAGAAUCACAGCAGAAAACAGAUAUGGAAAAGGCCCAGCUCUUCUCUCAGAGUGUAUAGUGGCUCAAUACCCAUACAAGCUCCCAGGACCCCCAGGAACACCCAACAUUCCAGUCUGCACCAAGGACAGCAUGGUGGUUGCCUGGAAUGAACCUGUGAAUGAUGGUGGAAGCACUGUAUUGGGUUACCAUAUUGAACGCAAAGAGAGAAACAGCAUCAUGUGGGUCAAACUCAACAAGUCUCUUAUUACUGACCAAACCUUCAAGACCACUGGUCUGGAACCAGGAAUGGAGUAUGAAUACAGAGUGUAUGCUGAAAACAUUGUCGGAAUAGGCAAAAUGAGCAAAGUGUCUGAGGGGUGUGUUGCUAGAGAUCCUUGUGAUCCCCCUGGCACCCCAGAGGCAACAAAGAUCUCUAAGGAUUCUGUGACCAUUGUAUGGGAAAAGCCUGAAUAUGAUGGUGGUGCGAAGGUUACAGGCUACGUUGUGGAAAAGAAGGAGCUUCCUGAAGGUCGUUGGCUCAAGGCUAACUUCACCAACAUCAUUGAGACAGAAUAUGUUGCAACUGGACUUGUGCAGGACAAUCAGUAUGAGUUCCGUGUCAUUGCCAGAAAUGCUGCUGGUGUUUUCAGUCUGCCCUCUUACAGCACUGGUCCUAUCACAGCCAAGGAUGAGAUUGAACCACCACGCCUCAGCAUUGACCCAGAGUACACACAAACUCUUGUGGUUAAUGCUGGAGACAACUUCAAGAUUGAUGCAGAUGUUCAUGGCAAACCCUUGCCCUCUAUCCAUUGGAUGAAGGGAGAGCAGGAACUGGGCAAUACCAUUCAUAGAGAAAUUAAAAACACACCCAUCAAAGCUUUUAUAUCUGUAAAGGAAGCUAAACUUUCUGAUGGAGGCCAAUACACUCUGCUACUGAAAAAUCCAGGAGGAGAAAAGGCUAUACAGGUCAAUGUAGUUGUUCUAGAUAAACCUGGAGAACCAGAGGGACCUCUUGUUGUUACAGGAAUAAACAAAGACAGAUGCAGCCUUUCAUGGAAACCACCUCUACAAGAUGGUGGCAGCAAGAUCUCACACUACAUAGUAAAUAGAAGAGAGACAAGCAGGCUUGCCUGGACUGUUGUUGACUCAAAAAUUGAGAAUACUUGUUUAAAGGUUACUAAGCUCCUGGAGGGAGAUGAGUACAUCUUCAGAGUCCAAGCUGUCAACCAAUUUGGAGUGGGUGCACCACUUGAGUCUGCUCCUGCCAUAAUCAAAGAUCCAUAUGCAGCCCCUGGAACACCCAAGAGCUUGGAAGUUUCAGAUAUUAGAAAGGAUUCAAUGGUGCUCACCUGGGAGGCACCUGCUGAAGAUGGAGGCAGUCCUAUCACUGGAUACAUAAUUGAGAAACAUGACAAAGAAGGUGUAAGAUGGACCAGAUGCAACCGAAAAACAGUCACUGACUGUACUUUCAAGGUCACUGGACUCAUGGAAACCCAUAUUUAUGAAUUCAGAGUAGCAGCUGAGAAUGGUGUAGGUUCCGGUGAACCAAGCACCCCGACUGUAUUCUUCAAAGCUCUUGAUCCCAUCUUCAGGCCUGGCCCACCACACAAUCCAAAAGUAACUGACACAACUAAAACAUCAGUAUUCCUGUCAUGGGGCAAGCCUGUCUGUGAUGGAGGUUGUGAGAUUCAGGGAUACAUUGUUGAGUGCUGCCCUACCACAGAGUCAGCAGUGCCAGCUGAGGCCCCUGCUGAAGCCCCAACUGAAGCCCCAGCUGCAGAAGCAGCUGUUACAGAUGCCAUUACUGAGGAAUGGACAAUGUGCACACCACCAACAGGUAUCAAGAAGAUGAACUUUGAAGUUGCUAACCUGAAGGAGAACCAGGCAUACAAGUUUAGAGUAUGUGCUAUCAACAAAGUUGGAGUUGGUGAGCAUGCUGAUGUAUCUGGAGCUGUUGUUGCCCAGGACAGGGCAGAAGAGCCAGACCUUGACAUUGAUCCAGAACUGAGGAAUAUUGUGACCAUUAAAGCUGGAACGUCCCUAAGACUGUUUAUUCCCAUCAAAGGAAGGCCCACUCCUACCAUCAAGUGGGACAAAGAUGAAGCUGCCCUUAAAGAGACAGCUCAGAUCGAGGUGACCAGCAGUUACACAUCCCUUGUAAUUGACAAGAUGAGCAGAAAUGACAGCGGAAAAUACACUAUCACUGCAGAAAACGCCAGUGGAACCAAAUCUGCAUUUGUUGUUGUCCGUGUUCUCGACACACCUAGUGCCCCUGUUAACUUGAAAGUGAAGGAAAUAACCAACCAGUCGGUGACACUGGCAUGGGAGCCACCUCUGUUAGAUGGUGGAUCAAAGAUCAAGAACUACAUCAUUGAAAAAAAAAACAGAGAAAACAAAAAAAAAAAAAAAGCCGGUCGAAAAAAAAAAAAAGACGGGUGUGGGGGGGGGGGGGGGCCCCCCCGCGGGGGUUGUAGUUACUACUUCAGAGUCCUUGCUGAGAAUGCACAUGGUGUUGGCCUGCCUGCAGCAACUGCAGAUCCUCUUAAGGUCUCAGAGGUGCCCCAAUCUCCAAAGGCCUUGAUUGUUACAGAUCAAACCAAAACAAGCAUCUCUUUGGCAUGGGAGAGGCCUGAAUAUGAUGGUGGUAGCAGAGUCAUGCAGUACCUGCUCGAGGUGCAGCUUAAGGGCCAGGAAAAGUGGAAUGGUGUUAACACAUUUAAGACAAUGGAGGCUACUGUUUCCAAACUGAACCCUGGAGAGGAAUAUCUGUUUAGAGUCACUGCAAUCAAUGAUAAGGGAAAGAGUGACCCCAAAGUCCUUUCUGGUCCUGUGAUGACCAAGGACUUAGUCUUUGAACCAGAUAUUCGACCAGCAUUCAGCAGCUACAGUGUCAAAGUGGGCAAAGACAUGAAAGUUCACAUUCCCUUCUUUGGACGACCUAAGCCAUCAAUCUCAUGGAGUAAAGAUGGAGCUCCUUUGAAGUUCACUACCAGAGUUAACAUUAUCAACACACCAACACAUACAACACUGAGCAUUAAGGAGGCAGCAGGUGAUGAUGGUGGAAUGUACAGUAUAAAUGUUGCUAAUGCAGCUGGAAAGAAGGACACAACAGUUGAAAUCAUUGUCCUUGACAAGCCUGGCCCUCCAUCCGGCCCUGUGAGGUUUGAUGAAAUCACAACACAGAGUGUCACACUUUCAUGGGAUCCACCCAAGCACAAUGGUGGCUGCCAGAUUUCAAACUACAUUGUACAAAAGAGAGAUACUACUACAACAACAUGGGAAAAUUUCAGCAUUAACCAUGCCAGAACAACCAUCAAAGUGCCCAGACUGAAGACUGGAGCCGAGUAUCAGUUCAGGAUCAUUGCUCAGAACCGCUAUGGCAAGAGUCAAGGUCUGGAUUCCUCUGCCGUGGUAGCUCAGUACCCAUACAGAGAGCCAGGCCCACCAGGCACUCCCUUCAUCUCUUCUCUCUCAAGGGACCACCAGAUUGUUGAGUGGCACGAACCUGUCGCAGAUGGAGGCAGUGCUGUCCUUGGCUACCACCUUGAAAGGAAAGAGAGAAAUAGUAUUCUCUGGGUCAAGAUCAACAAAACGCUUCUUCAUGAGCCUUGUUUCAAGAGUUAUCCCUUGGAGGAAGGUAUUGAGUAUGAAUACAGGGUUUAUGCUGAAAAUAUAGUUGGCAUUGGCAGGUGCAGUAAGAUCUCAGAGGGCUGUGUUGCCCGUGACCCAUGUGAUCCUCCUGGCACACCAGAGGCCAUCCAUGUAAACAAAGAUACCAUUGUCAUCCAGUGGACUAAACCAGAGUAUGAUGGUGGCAGUAAUAUAACUGGCUAUACUGUGGAGAAGCGUGAUUUGCCAGAGGGAAGAUGGGUGAGGGCGAACUUCACUAAUGUAAUUGAGACCCAGUUCACUGUCACUGGUCUGACUGAAAAUGCACAGUAUGACUUCAGAGUCAUUGCUAAAAAUGCUGUUGGCACCAUCAGUAAGCCAUCCUACAACAGUGGACCAAUCACUGCAAGUGAUAAAUUGGAGGCACCCAAAUUCUCCAUUGACCCCGCAUUCACCAAGACCAUUAUCAUCAAUGCCGGAGAGACCUUCAAGCUAGAUGCCGAUGUCCGUGGCAAGCCUCUCCCUACAAUUCAGUGGUUCAGGAAUGAAAAACCAAUCGAGAAUACACUCAGACUAGAGAUAAAAGACACUGAAAACCAUGCAAUGAUUGUCAUUAAGGACGCUGUUAGAAUUGAUGGUGGAGUGUACACUCUCCAGCUGACAAAUGAGGCUGGCCAAGAAACAAUUCCAUUCCAGGUUGUGGUUCUAGACAAGCCUAGCCAAUGUGAAGGACCCCUCUACGUCACUGGAGUAGCUGAAGAUAGAUGCACACUGGUAUGGCGUGCCCCACUACAUGAUGGAGGUAGUCCUAUUAAACACUACUUUAUCGAGAGAAGAGAGACCAGCCGUCUAGCUUGGACUGUUGUUUCAAACAGCUGUGAAACCACAAGCUUCAAAGUCACCAAAUUACUUGAAGGCAAUGAGUAUAUGUUCCGUGUCAUGGCAGUAAACAGUUAUGGUGUCAGUGAGCCACUGGUGUCUAGCGGAGUGAUAAUGAAGACUCCAUUUAUUCCUCCUGGUCCACCUCAUAUUGAGGAUGUAUCCAACAUUGCUCAUGAUGGCAUGACCAUCACUUGGUCAGCCCCUCAGACUUGUGGAGGCAGUGAGAUUACCAAUUACAUUAUUGAAAAGAAGGACAGAAAUGGAAUCAAAUGGACCAGAUGCAACAGACAGAAAGUCACUGAUCUUUCGUUUAGAGUUACAGGCCUAACCACCGGCCAUGAAUAUGAGUUUAGAGUGGUUGCUGAGAAUGUAGUUGGAGCAGGAGAGCCAAGCCUUCCAAGUUCAUUCUUCAGGGCCAUUGAUCCCAAGUACAAACCUGGUGCCCCAGCAUAUGUGAAUGUGAUUGACUCUACAAAGAGUUCUAUUACAUUGUCAUGGGGUAAGCCUCUGUCUGAUGGUGGCAGUGACAUUCAAGGAUACAUUGUUGAAGUCUGCAAGGCUGAGGAGGAGGAAUGGACCAUGGUUACUCCACCCACUGGCCUGCGUCUCAACAAAUAUGAAAUUACCAAACUUACUGAGGGUCAGGAGUACAAGAUCCAGGUGUGUGCUCUGAAUAAACUAGGAGUGGGUGAGCCAGCAGCUCUGUCUGGAACAGCUAAGCCAGAGGAAAGGGUGGAGCCACCACAGAUCCAUCUGGACUCUGAUCUAAGGAAGGGCAUCGUUUUGAAAGCUGGUGGAUCUGUUAGAAUACAUAUUCCAUUCAAGGGUAGGCCAACACCUGAGAUUAAGUGGACUAAGGAUGAGGGAGAAGUGUCUGAAAAAGCAGUGAUUGAGAAAGCCCUUAACUUCACCCAGUUGUCCAUUGACUCAUGUGACAGGAGUCACUCAGGAAAAUACAUCCUGAGCCUGACAAACAGCAGUGGCACUGUGUCUGAGUUUGUUACUGUUAAAGUCCUGGAUACACCUGGUGCCCCACAGAAACUUGUGGUUAAAGAAAUCAGAAAGGACUCCAUCACUCUUGAAUGGGAUGCUCCACUGGUUGAUGGAGGUUCCAAAAUUAAGAACUAUGUCAUCGACAAACGGGAAUCAACCAGAAAGACUUUUGCUAAUGUGUCCACAAAAUGCACCAAGACAACAUUCAAAGUAGAGAACCUGGUUGAAGGAGCUAUGUACUACUUCAGAGUCAUGGCUGAGAAUGACUAUGGAAUCGGCCAGGGUGUUGAAACAAAGAUGGCUUCCAAGGCAUCCGAGGUACCACUGCCUGUUGGAUCAAUCUUCCUCACUGAUGUCACCAAAGCCAGUGUCUCACUGGCCUGGGAGAAACCUGAGCAUGAUGGAGGCAGUAGAAUUGGUGGAUACCUAAUUGAGAUGCAACCCAAAGGUACAGAUAAGUGGGGCGUUGCAACAAAUACAAAGACAUGCGAGGGCACUGCCAAAGGCCUCACAGCAGGAGCAGAAUACCUAUUCCGUAUCAUUGCUUACAAUGAGAAGGGAAAAAGUGAGCCAAAGGCACUUGCUGCACCCGUCAUUGCCAGUGACAUGACCAUAGAGCCAAGCAUUAAAAUGCAAUUUAACACCUACAGUGUAUUAGCUGGAAAAGAUUUGAAGUUGGAGUUCCCUGUGAUUGGCAGGCCCAAACCUCAAAUCACCUGGAAUAGGGAUGGUCAGUCUUUGAAAGUGACAUCCAGAGUCAAUGUGAUAAACACUCCAACAACAACUGGAAUUCAAAUAAAUGAGGCAUGCAAGGACGACUUUGGCAAAUAUUCCAUUACAGCAACCAAUAGUGCUGGCACUAUAAAUAAGGAUGUGUCUGUCAUUAUCCUUGAUAAGCCUGGUCCACCAACAGGUCCAGUCAAGGUUGUUGAAGUGAGCAACACCUUUGUUCAUCUCUCCUGGGAGCCACCAGUGUACAUGGGUGGAUGCCAGGUAAAGAACUAUAUAGUAGAGAAGAGAGACACCACCACCACAACAUGGCAGGCAGUCACCACACAGCUCGCUAGAACAGCUUUUAAGGUCACCAAGCUGAAGACUGGUGCAGAAUAUCAGUUCAGAAUCAUUGCUGAAAACAGAUAUGGAAAGGGUGCAUCUCUGGACUCCAAGGCCAUCGUUGUCCAAUAUCCCUACAAACCACCAGGGCCUCCAGGAACACCACAUGUCAAAUCUGCUACGAAGGAAAUGAUGAUCAUUGAAUGGAAUGAGCCAGUCAAUGAUGGUGGUAGUACAGUGAUUGGGUACCAUCUUGAAAACAAGGAGAGAAGCAGUAUUACAUGGAACAAACUGAACAAGUCUCUUAUCACUGAUACUGAGUUCAAGAUCUGCAAUCUUGAGGAGGGGGGUGGAUAUGAAUUCAGAGUGUAUGCUGAAAAUAUUGUUGGCAUCGGCAGAUGCAGUAAAGUGUCUGAGAACUUUGUUGCUCGUGACCCAUGUGAUCCUCCUGGUGCUCCUGAAGCUGUGUCUAUUUCUAAGACCAUAAUCAAGAUUCAGUGGACUAAGCCUCAGUAUGAUGGUGGCAGCAAAGUGAAUGGAUAUAUUGUGGAAAGGAAAGAUCUUUCCUCCCCUGAUGGGCGCUGGGUAAGAGCUAAUUUCACAAAUAUAGUUGAGACUCAGUAUACCGUCACUGGCCUAACAGAGAAUGAGCAGUAUGAAUUCAGAGUUAUUGCAAGAAAUGCAGUCGGAACCUUCAGUGAGCCAUCCGAUAGCUCUGGACCUAUCACUGCUACUGACGAAAUUGAACCACCAAAAGCCUCAAUGGAUCCCAAAUACAAGGAUGUCAUUGUUAUCAAUGCUGGAGAAAACUUGCUUCUUGAUGCAGACAUCUAUGGAAAACCAAUUCCUGAUGUUGCCUGGCUAAAAGAAGGCAAGGAAAUGGACAAAGCACUGCGCAUAGAAGUGAAAACUACACAGAAACGUGCAGCCAUUACUAUUAAAGAUGUAACCAAGCUUGAUAGUGGCCACUAUGACCUCGUCCUCAAAAAUCUGGGUGGUAUAAAAACCUUCCCUAUCACUGUCAAAGUCCUUGAUAAACCAGGUACACCCACUGGACCCAUACAAAUAACAGGAAUCAUGUCUGACAGGUGCACCCUUUCCUGGUCUGAACCAACUCUGGAUGGUGGGGCUAGUAUCACUCACUAUGUUUUGGAGAAAAGAGAGACUAGCAGGUUGUCAUGGACAGUUGCUGCACCAGAUAUCAAGGGUAUGUUCUAUAAACUAACAAAUUUGCUACCUGGAAAUGAAUACAUUUUCAGAGUCAGGGCAGUCAACAAAUACGGUGUAGGUGAUUAUCUCGAAAGUGAACCCGUAAUUACACGCAAUCCUUACAAGGUGCCUAGUGCUCCUGGAACUCCAGAAGCAAGUCAGAUCACAAAGGAGUCUAUGGUUUUGUCAUGGACCGCUCCAGAACAGACCGGUGGAGCUGAAAUUGAAACUUACCACCUUGAAAAACGUGACAAAGAUAGUGUAAGGUGGACAAAAUGCAACAGACAAAAGCUAACUGACAACCACUUCAAGGUCACAGGUCUCAUGACAGACCACUUCUAUGAGUACCGUGUUGCUGCUGAGAAUGAGGCUGGAAUAGGAGACCUUAGUGAAUUGUCCCUAUUCUACAGAGCAUGUAAUUCCACAACACCACCUGGACCUCCACACCAUCCUAAGGUGACAGACUACACAAAGUCUUCUGUUUCUCUGUCCUGGAGUAAACCUGACUUUGAUGGCGGUGCCUACAUAAAGGGCUACAUUGUUGAAACAAGGGAGUAUACACCAAUGCCUGAAUUAACAGAGGAGGCAGAAGUAGCUCCAGCAAUAGACGCACCAGUUGAAAAAGAAUGGACCAUGUGCACUCCACCCACUGGCAUUCAAGCCACUAAACUCACUAUCACAGACCUGAAGGAGGGUGGAGAGUACCAGUUCCGUGUCUGUGCUAUCAACUCUGAGGGAGUAGGGGAGGCUGCUAACGUCCACAGCACUGUGGUUACUUCUGACAGGGCAGAAGCACCAGAGAUUGAGCUGGAUGCUGAUCUUAGAAAGGUGGUAUCUGUCCGUGCUGGUGGAACUCUGCGUCUGUUUGUUGCCAUUAGAGGAAGGCCGGAACCUGCUGUGAAAUGGGAGAAGGUUGAUGGUACUCUCACAGAGCGUGCUGGAAUCGACACCACCAGUUCAUACACCAUGCUUGUCAUUGACAACGUUAACCGCUUUGACAGUGGUAAAUACUCACUUACACUGGAAAACAGCAGUGGUUCAAAAUCUGCUAUUGUUGCAGUGAGAAUUUUGGAUACACCAAGUGCACCACAGAACUUUUUGGUAAAGGAGCUCAAGAAAGAUUCAGUGCUUCUUGCGUGGGAUACACCACUCACUGAUGGUGGUUCUAAAAUCACAAACUACAUUGUAGAAAAGAGAGAGUCUGUCAGGAAGGCCUAUACUACAGUCACCAGCAACUGCUUGACCAACUCAUUUAAGAUUGAAGAGCUUCCUGAGGGUGGCAUGUUCUACUUCAGAGUAUGUGCUGUUAAUGAAUAUGGCCAAGGACAGAUGGUUGAAACCAAAGAAGUCAAAGUGUCUGAGGUACCGCAACCACCAAGCAAAGUUCGCGUUGUAGAUUUGACAAAGACCAGCGUGACACUGGCAUGGGACAAACCUGCUCAUGAUGGUGGAAGCAAAGUAAUGUGCUACAAUGUGGAAUUUAAACCCAAGAGUGGAGAUAAAUGGGGCACAGCAUGCACAGUAAAGGUUCCUGAAGCAACUAUUCCUAAUCUGAGUCCUAAUGAAGCAUAUUUAUUCAGAGUUGUUGCAAUCAAUGAGAAGGGGAAGAGUGAGCCAAAAGAUCUUGGCUUGCCUGUGAUUACAAAAGAUGUUGAAAUUGAACCAUCUGUCAAUUUACUGUUUACUACAUACAGUGUGAAGGCUGGAGAUGACCUCACUCUCGAGGUUCCAGUAAGAGGCAGGCCAAAGCCUGUUGUAUCCUGGAAAAAGGAUAGCCUUCCUCUAAAGCAAACAUCCUCAGUGACCAUCUUAAACACACCAACCUCAUCCAAAAUUAUAAUUAAAGAGGCGAGCAGAGAACAUGUUGGCAAGUAUGAGAUCACCCUAGCAAACACAGCAGGAACAGUCAAUGCAGAUAUUGGAGUGGUUGUCCUUGAUAAACCAGGUCCACCUAAAUGCGUUAAGGUGGAUUCUGUGACGUCAGACAGCAUCACACUGUCCUGGUCUCCACCAGAUUAUGAUGGUGGCUGCUGCAUCAGUAACUAUAUUGUGGAGAAGAGAGACACAAACUCACAAGAAUGGCAAAUGGUAGGGAGUAACGUGGCCAGAACGUCUUUCAAGGCUGGCCGCCUGACGCAUGGAGCUGAGUACCAAUUCCGUAUCUAUGCAGUCAACCGUUAUGGAAAGAGUACAUACCUGGAUUCACCUGGAAUCACUGCUAAGUAUAACUUUAAACAACCUGGACCUCCUUCCACACCUAUAGUGAAGUUGGCCACCAAGUCUUACAUGUUGGUGACUUGGAAUGAGCCAGUCACGGAUGGUGGUAGUCCUGUUCUGGGCUACCAUCUGGAGAGGAAGGAGCGUUCUAGCAUUCUUUGGACAAAGAUGAACAGAGGAAUGAUCAAAGAUACUGAAUACAAAGUCAAUGGAGUUGAAGAGGGUAUGAUGUAUGAAUACCGUAUCUAUGCUGAAAAUAUUACCGGUAUCGGUAAAUGCAGCAAGGCCUGUGAAGCUGUAGCAGCCAGAGAUCCAUGUGAUCCUCCAGGCACACCUGUGGUCACUGCUGUUACCAGAACAACCGUCUCGUUGUCUUGGGAUAAACCUGAGUAUGAUGGUGGAGCCAAGGUUACUGGUUACACCAUUGAACGCAGAGACCUUCCUGAAGGACGCUGGACAAGGUGCAAUUUCACCAAUGUGCCUGAGACCCACUAUGAUGCGACAGGCCUUACAGAGAACAGCCAGUAUGACUUCCGCAUCAUUGCUAAGAAUGCAGCUGGAGUGUUCAGCGGUCCAUCUGACCGCACUGGUCCCAUCACUGUCAAGGAUGAUGUGGAACCACCACGCAUUAUGAUGGAUGUCAAGUUCAGAGAGACAUUGCUUGUGAAAGCAGGAGAAACUCUGAAGAUUAACGCUGACCUUGCUGGACGUCCUGCCCCUGUCAUUUCCUGGACAAAGGAUGGCAAAGAGAUUGAGCUGAGAGCCAGAAUCCAGAUUGUUUCAACAGAUACCAGUACUUCCCUCAUUGUGAAGGAUUGCAUCAGAAGAGAUUCUGGACAGUAUGCCCUAACUUUACAGAAUAUUGGUGGAAAAGUCUCCAUGCCAGUACACUGUUUGAUUCUAGAUAAGCCAGGACCUUCAGCAGGACCGCUUCAGAUCACAGGUCUCACAGCUGAGGCAUGCACUCUGUCAUGGGGUCCUCCUCAGGAGAAUGGUGGUGCUGACAUCACACAUUACAUUGUUCAGAAGCGUGAGACCAGCAGCUUGGCAUGGACAGUGGUUAAGGCAGACGUCACAAACACAUACCACAAAGUCACAGGACUAAUGAAGGGGAACGAAUAUAUCUUCAGGGUUAUGGCUGUCAACAAGCACGGAGUUGGUGAGGUUCUGGAUAGUGAUGUUGUAAAGAUUACAGAUCCAUACACUGUUGCCACUGCUCCAACAAGUGUUGAUGUCACUACCAUAACUGGAGAUUCAAUGACCCUCACCUGGUGCAAGCCAGCCAAUGAUGGAGGCAGCCCCAUCAUUGGAUAUGUGAUUGAGCGCCGUGAGAAGACAGGUAUGCGCUGGGUCCGUGUGAACAGAGAUCCAGUUGUUGAAUGUACAACAGUAGCAACCAAACUGCGCAAGGGUUGUGAGUAUGACUUCAGAGUUUAUGCUGAAAAUGAAGCUGGUUUGAGUCCUCCAAGUGAACGAUCUGCAACAUUCAGAGCAUUGGAUGCUCUGGUUGUUCCUUCUCGCCCAACAAAGCCAAAGAUUGUCACUUCAACCACAGGCAGCGUGUCCAUUGUCUGGAAACCACCAACCAAUGAUGGUGGUGCUUCAAUCCUUGGAUACAGUGUAGAAUACAGAGACUACAUUGAAAAACCAGAGCCAGAGGUUGAGGGAGAAGAGGAAGAAUAUGAGGAAGAAUAUGAGGAUGAGGAGGAAGAGGAGAUUCCUGAAUCACCUGAAGAACUAGCAAGAUGGGUUGAAGCUAUCCCUCUUACCAAGAGCUUGGAGUUCACAAUUACUGGACUUAAGACAGAUGCAAAAUAUGAAUUCUGUGUCAAAGCAAUAAACAAAGUUGGCAGCAGCACGCGUAGCCUAUAUUCAGAUGCUGCUGCAGCAAUGGACAGAACUGCAGAGCCAUCGUUUGAUGUUGACAUUGAAAUGCGUAAAGUACUUAUUGUCAAGCAUGGCACAGCAUUUACUCUCAAAGUACCAUUCAAGGGCAAACCUGUGCCAUUAGUGGAAUGGGCCAAGGAGGGCGUGGAUCUAAAGGUCAGAGGAACUAUUGACUCAACAGAAUCCAGCACUUCACUGACCAUUGAGAAGUCAACCAGAAAUGACUCUGGAGAAUACAGUGUCACCAUUGAAUCACCGUUGGGAAAAGCAACAUUGCCCAUGGUUGUCAAGGUCCUCGACUCACCAGGACCUCCUGUCAAUGUUAAAGUAUCUGCAGUGACCAGGGAUUCUGCAACCCUCACUUGGGAAGCUCCAGAGAAUGAUGGUGGUGAUGCAGUAAAGUCCUACCAUGUUGAAAAACGUGAGGCCAGUAAGAAGGCCUGGGUGUCUGUGACCAGCAACUGCCACGCACUGACUUACAAGGUGGAAGACUUGCAGGAGGGAGCCAUGUAUUACUUCAGAGUUAUUGGAGAAAAUGAGCAUGGAGUGGGUGUUCCUGAGGAGGCCAAGAGUGGGACAAAGAUAACAGAGGUACCAAGUAUGCCCAUGAAACUUGGAGUUGCAAAUGUUACCAAGGACAGCGUUACCAUUGCCUGGACAAGACCAGAAUACGAUGGUGGCAGCAGGGUCACUGGUUACCUGAUUGAUGCCCUGGAGAAGGGACAGACCAAGUGGGUGAAGUGUGCCACUGUGCGGACCAUGACCCACACUAUCAAGAGCCUGAGGGAGUGUGCAGAGUAUUACUUCAGAGUCCGUGCUGAGAACCAUGCUGGACUCAGUGAACCGAAGGAGAUGAUCGUACCAGUCAUUGUCAAGGAAAUACAUGAGGCUCCAGAGUUUGACCUGAAGAACUACCCUAAGAAUACAGUUUAUGUGAGAGCAGGAGCCAACCUGACCUUUGAGAUUCCUCUCACCGGCAGACCCAUGCCUAAGGUGACUAUGUCCAAGAACAACGUUGUCAUCAAGGGAUCUAAGAGGCUGCUAACAGAAGUAACCCCAGACAGUUUAUUCAUCACCCUGAAUGAAAGCAUUGCAACUGACGCUGGCAAAUAUGAAGUCACUGCCUCAAAUGUGGGAGGAACUACCAAGAUCUUUAUCAUCUUCGUUGUACUGGACCGACCCGGACCUCCGAUUGGUCCAGUCGAGAUUGGAGAGAUCGGAGAGACCUCAGUAUGUCUGAAGUGGGCUUAUCCAGAAUAUGAUGGUGGCAGUCCUGUUACCAACUUCAUUGUUCUGAAACGUGAAACCAGCACUCCUAACUGGUCAGAGGUGUCGACUAGCAUUGCCAGAAGCUCAAUCAAGGCGACAAAGCUGACCAAGGGAGAGGAGUAUCAGUUCAGAAUCAAGGCUGAGAACCGCUUCGGGGUCAGUGACCAUAUUGACACCAAGCCAGUCAUGAUAAAGCUUCCAUACACCAUUCCUGGACCUCCGUCCACACCAUGGCUCAGCUACGUCUCCAGAGAGAGCCUGACAGUCUGCUGGAACGAGCCGGUCAACGAUGGUGGAAACGCUGUGAUUGGAUAUCAUCUCCAGAUGAAGGAGAGGAGCAGCAUCCUUUGGCAGAAGGUCAACAAAACCGCAAUCUCAGGGAACCAGUGGCGAGUCACAAACAUCUGCCCUGGCCUUAUCUAUGAAUUCAAGGUGGCCGCUGAAAAUGCCGCCGGUAUCGGAAAGCUGAGCAAGACCUCCGAAGAGGUGCUUGCUAUUGAUGCCUGCGAGCCUCCAGCAAAUGUCCAUAUCACAAAAGUCACCAAGAACUCGGUCAGCCUGGCCUGGCAGAGGCCUCCGUACGACGGUGGCAGCAAGAUUUCCGGCUACAGCGUGGAGAGAAGGGACGCUAACAGCAACAGAUGGGUUAAGGCCAACUUCACAAACAUCAUCGACAUGGGCUUCACUGUCUCUGGACUGAACCAGGACGAGUCUUACGAGUUCAGAGUAUAUGCCAAGAACGCUGUCGGGUCCGUUAGCAACCCAUCUCUCAUUGCUGGCCCAGUCACUUGUGUGGACUCAACUGGCUCCCCAACCAUUGACCUCCCUCCAGAGUACCUGGAUGUGGUUCAAUUCAAGGCCGGAGCUUCAGUUAAGCUCAGAGUCGGAAUCAUUGCCAAGCCUCUGCCAACCAUUGAGUGGCUCAAGGAUGGAAAGGAGCUAGUAUCAAGCUCUAAGCUGUCUGUUGAAAGCACAACAGACUCUUCUGCUGUUCUGAUCAAGGACGCAGCUCGCUUUGACACUGGCUCGUAUGAGAUCAAGAUCAAGAAUGUUCUGGGCUCAGCAUCUGCAACCAUCAAGAUUGAAAUCCUAGAUAAACCUGGACCCCCAGCAGGCCUCAUUAACUUCAACUCCAUCACAGCAGACAAGAUAAUGUUCAGCUGGGAGCCUGUUCCUGAGUCUGACCAGGGAGGUUUCAAAGUGACCCACUACAUUGUUGAGAGGCGCGAAACCAGCCGAGUAGUCUGGUCGACAGUUUCAGACCAUCUGGAGGCGACACACGUCACCGUCAGCAAGCUGUUGCGUGGAAACGAGUAUGUCUUCCGCGUCAUGGCCGUUAACAAGUUUGGAGUUGGAGAGCCACUGGUGUCGGAGCCAGUCAUCGCUAAGAACGCCUUUGUAACUCCUGGGCAGCCUCAUACUCCUGAGGUAAACAUCAUCACCAAAUCCACCAUGGUGGUAGAAUGGGGCAAACCAGGCGUAGACGGAGGAAGCAUGGUCACAGGCUACUACCUGGAGAGACGCGACAAGAAGAGCCUGCGCUGGAUCCGAGUUUACAAAGACCCAAUAACUGGCAUCAAACAGACAGUCUACCAUCUGACAGAAGGAAACGAGUACCAGUAUCGCGUCUGUGCCAUUAACAUGGCCGGAGAGGGACCGUUCUCUGAAGUGUCAGACUACUACAAGGCUGCUGACCCAGUUGAUCCACCAGAUGAGCCUUGCAAGCUGAAGGUGGUGGACUCCACCAAGACGUCCAUCACUUUGGGCUGGUUCAAGCCCGAAUGGGAUGGAGGCAGUGAGGUCACCAGCUACAUGCUCGAGAAGCUUGUUGAGGGAGAGGAAGAAUGGGCUAUGAUUACCUCUAAGGGAGAGGUCAAGACAACAGAAUACACAGUUCACGACUUAAAACCAGAUGUCAACUACUUCUUCAGAGUCACUGCUGUCAACUGUGCCGGCCCUGGAGAGCCGCUGGAGAUGACCGAGCCUGUGCAAGCUAAGGAUAUCCUGGAGGAGGCCCAGGUUGACUCAGAUGUGGCCAUGAGAACUCACUACAUCGUGAAGGCUGGCAAGGAUGUGGAGCUGUCUGUUCCUCUGAAGGGCCGCCCGGCUCCCAGUGCUUCCUGGAGUAAGGGAGAAGAAUGCAUUGAUCAAGACCCAAAAUAUGAGUUCCACCACUCCGACACUACCACAGUCCUUGUUAUGCGUGAGGUGACCAGGCUCGACACCGGAAAGUACACCGUGAAGAUAGAGAAUGGUGUGGGAGAGCCAAAGACGCUGACGCUGUCCGUAAAGGUCCAGGAUACUCCAGCUCAGUGCAGGAACCUGGUCCUGAAGGAGGUGACACGUGGAAAGGUAAUUCUCAGCUGGGAGCCUCCACUCCUCGAUGGUGGUGCCGAGAUCACAAACUACGUUGUUGAAAAGAGGGACUCGUCCAAGAGAUCCUUCUCUGCAGUUACAAGCAAAUGCACAGAAACAACUUACACCAUCGAAGACCUCUCAGAGAAGACAUCCUUCUUCUUCCGCGUGUUAGCAGAGAAUGAGAACGGUAUUGGUGAUCCGUUGGAAACACUUGAUCCUGUGAAGGCAACAGAGACUCCAGGACCAGUCAAGGAGGUUUCUAUGAAGGAUUCGUCCAAAACAUCUGUCACUCUGCAGUGGCUGAAGCCCGAUUAUGACGGGGGCAGCAUUAUCUCUGACUACGUCAUUGAAAAGAAGCUCAAGGACGAGGAAUGGUCAAUGGGAGGAGCCAGCAGAACGUGUGAGUUCGAGGUCAAGAAACUCAAGGAGCACUCGGAAGUGUUCUUCAGAGUUGCCGCCAGGAAUGAGAAGGGAAAGGGAGACUUUGUUGAGAUUGGGCCUAUCAAGGUCAUCGACUACAUUAUCACACCUGAGGCGAGCCUUGCAGAGUACCCAGAUGGCUGCAUCAAAGUUCGUCUGGGUCACAACGUGCACAUCGAGCUGCCAUACAAAGGUAAACCCAAACCUUCUGUCCUGUGGCUAAAGGACAACCUGCCUCUGAAGGAGAGCGACCAAAUCCGCUUCAAGAAGACAGAAAACAAAGUCACUCUGAUGAUUAAGAAUGUCAUAAAGGAGAACGAGGGUAAAUACACCCUGACGCUUGACAAUAAGGUCAACAGGAGAUCCUUCCACAUCCAUGUGAUCACACUCGGACCACCAUCAAAGCCUGUUGGACCCAUCCGUCUGGAUGAAGUGAGAGCGGAGAGCAUCAUGAUCUCCUGGGACGAACCUAAUGAUUAUGGCGGUGGAGACAUCACCUGCUACAGUGUAGAGAAGCGUGACACCUCGCAAUCAGACUGGAAGAUGGCGUGCUCCAGUGUACAGGAUACUGAGUUCAGGGUCCCCAACCUGAUCAAGGGUGUCCAGUACCAGUUCAGAGUGUGCGCUGAGAACAGAUACGGCGUCAGCGAGCCUCUGGUUUCACAGUCGGUCAUCGCCAAGCACCAGUUCAGGCCUCCAGGACCACCAGGCAAGCCUUUCGUGUUCAACGUCACAAACGAUGGCAUGACCAUCCAAUGGGAGCAGCCCAUUUAUGACGGCGGGACGCCCAUCCAGGGCUUCCAUGUGGAGAAGAGGGAAAUGAACAGCAUCAUGUGGCAAAAGGUGAACACGGUGGUGGUCAAAGGAACAGAAUACAGGAUCUCAGAGCUCAUUGAAGGUCUCGAGUACUCCUUCAGAGUCUACGCACAGAAUGAUGCUGGCUUCAGCCGAAUGAGUGACGAGAGCAAGCCAACCAUGGCUGUCAGUCCUGUUGAUCCUCCUGGCCAGCCCGACUACAUCGAUGUGACUAGUGACUCAGUAACACUGAAAUGGGAUGCACCCAAACGUGAUGGUGGUAGCAAGAUUACGAGCUACAGCAUUGAGAAACGCCAAGGAAAAGGCCGCUGGUUUAAGGCCAACUUGACUGAUGUACACGACUGCCAGUACACUGUCACUGGGUUGGCAACAAAUGAACGCUAUGAGUUCAGAGUGACCGCGAGAAAUGCCAUUGGUGUCGUCAGUCCUCCCUCCAACUCCUCUGGCUUGAUUGUGGUCAGAAGUGAGAACGCUUGUCCAAACAUUGAGUUUGGCCCAGAGUACUUUGAGGGUUUGACAGUCAAGGCGGGAGACAACAUCCGGCUGAAGGCGACCAUCACUGGACGCCCUGUUCCCAAGGUUGUCUGGUACAGAGACGGUGUUGUGGUUACCAAAAAGAUGAUGGACAUUAUCAACGUAGCUGGAUCCAGCACGCUGUUUGUCAGAGAUGCUGAUCGUACACACAGCGGCCUCUACACUGUGGAGGCUACAAACGGAUCUGGAAGCAAAAAGCAGGACAUCCUUGUUCAAGUCCAAGACACACCUGGGGAGCCAGUAGGACCCAUCACUUUCAGCAACAUCUCCGAGGGUAAGUGCACUCUGUCCUGGAACCCACCAGAGAACGACGGCUGCUCAGAGAUUUCGCAUUACAUCAUUGAGAAGCGCGAGACUGCCAAGAUCUCCUGGGCUUUGGUGUCUGACGAAUGUCAGGAGUGCACUUUCAACGCGACUAAGCUUAUCAAGACCAAUGAGUACCAGUUCAGGGUCUCUGCUGUGAACAAGUUUGGAGUUGGCAGACCUAUGGAAUCCAGCCCCAUCAUUGCACAGAUGCAAUACACUACUCCUGACUCUCCAGGCACUCCUGAUGCUACCGAUGUGACAGGAGAGAGCAUCACGCUGUCCUGGACUCCUCCAACAUCUGACGGAGGAAAUCCCGUUCAAUAUUACAUUCUGGAGAAACGAGAAAAGAAGACUGUCAAGUUCUACAAGGUGAUCACCAAGAAGCCCAUCAUCGAAUGUGCUCACAAGGUGCUCAACUUGACAGAGGAUAUGGAAUACGAGUUCCGUGUCAUGGCCGUGAACGACGCCGGUGUUGGAGCUCCAAGCAACGUUUCUCUACCCAUCAAAGCCGCUGAGCCAAAGGAUAUUCCUUGUGCUCCAUCUGUGGUCUGCGUCUCUGACUCCACCAACACCUCUGUCAGUUUGGAGUGGUCCAGGCCUGCGGACGAUGGAGGCAUGGAGGUCCUAGGCUACAUUAUUGAGAUGGUGAAGGGAGAAGAUACCGAAUGGAAGGCUGUUAGGGAGGAGCUAGUGGCGGAAACCACUUACACAGUGACUGGUCUAGAGACAGGAGCUGAGUACAAGUUCCGUGUCGCAGCAGUUAAUCACAUCGGUAGAGGCGAGGAGAAGGAGAUUGCAGAACCGGCUCAGGCUGUGGACAGGCUAACACCGCCACAGGUGGAUAUCGAUGCAAAUUUCAAGCAAACACACAUUGUCAAGCCUGGAGGUUCAGUGUGCUUGUGCGUCAACUUCAGAGGAAAGCCAAUUCCCACUGCCAUCUGGGUGAAGGAAGACGGAGAGCUGGGUGUUAGGUCUGAGAUCAUAACUACAGAUGAGUACAGUUCUUUAAGCAUUGAAGGCUGCUCGAGAAACGAUACAGGAAAAUACACGGUUAACCUAGAGAAUUCUAGUGGCAGCAAAGCCGUUACGUUCAACGUAAAAGUGAUGGACACUCCUGGGCCUCCACAAGGUGUCGCCUUCAAGGAGGUGUCCAGAGGCACGGUUACACUUAUCUGGGAGCCUCCUUUGAACGAUGGCGGAGCACGAAUCCAACACUAUAUUGUCGAGAAGCGGGAGGCUAGCCGCCGCACUUGGCAGCAGUCUGGUGGAAAUUGCAAGCAGCAUAUCCUGAAGAUCCAGGACCUGCUGGAGGGAGUGCCGUACUUCUUCAGAGUCUCCGCCGAGAACCAUCACGGCGUGGGAGAGGCAUUUGAGCUGAUCGAGCCUGUCAUUGCCACCGCAGAGCCCGCAUCUCCAAAGAGAUUGGACAUAGUUGACACCACAGAUAGCUCUGUGACGCUGGGCUGGCUGAAACCAGAGCAUGAUGGCGGCAGCCGCAUCCAGGGUUACUUCAUCGAGGCUAAACCAAAGGGUACAGACAAAUGGAUAGUGGUUGGUAACACCACUAAUCUUACAUAUGUGAUUGAAAAGCUCAACAAGGGCGAUGAGUAUGACUUCCGUGUCAAGGCAAAGAAUGAAUCCGGCUACAGCGUGCCCAAGGAAACUCUGGCUCCUGCGCUGGUCAAAGAGCCUCACAUCGAACCAGCUGCGGACCUCCGUGAGAUUACCGACCAGCUUAUCACAUGCAGAUCUGGCAGUACGUUCACCAUUGAUGUUCCCAUCAGUGGUAGACCUGCUCCAAAGGUCUCCUGGAAGCUGGAAGAGAUGAGGCUCAAGAACUCAGACAGAGUCACCAUCAAAACAACGAAGAACAGAACCAGCAUCUCCGUCAAGGAGGCCAUGAGAGGAGAUGGCGGUAAAUACUAUCUGACGCUGGAGAACGUGGCAGGAACAAAGACCUUCACUGUUGAAGUUAACGUCACAGGUAGACCCAGUCCUCCAGUCGGACCCAUCGAAAUCUCAAACAUCACCGCAGAGUCCUGUGUCGUUAAUUGGCAACCACCGGAGGAUGAUGGCGGUACAAAAAUCACCAACUACAUCGUGGAGAAGCGUGAGUCUGGCUCCACUGCCUGGCAACUGAUCAACUCCAGCGUGAAGCGCACAUCUCUCGAUGUUGGUCACCUGACCAAGUACAUGCAGUACACAUUCAGGGUCUCUGCCGAGAAUAUAUUUGGUGUCAGCAAGUCCACCGAGUCUGAGACAAUCGUAGCAGAGCAUCCCUACACACCUCCUGGUCCACCAACAAGGCCCACGGUCUUCAACGUUACUGCUAACUCAAUGACCCUGAAGUGGGAGGAGCCCUACCAUGAUGGCGGAAGCAAGGUGACAGGCUACUGGAUCGAGAAGAAGGAGAGGAAUAAUAUCCUGUGGGUGAGGGAUAACAACAUUCCUUGCUUUGAGUGCUACUGCAAGGUGGAAGGCCUGGUUGAAGGCCUGCAAUACCAGUUCAGGGUGUACGCCAUGAACAGCGGCGGCCUGAGCAAAGCCAGUGAGGCCUCCAAGGGAGCCAUUGCUCAAAACCCAGUUGAUCCACCAAGUAAACCAGAAGUCACAAAUGUUACAAGAAGCACCGUGUCCCUCAAAUGGUCGUCUCCACUGAACGAUGGAGGCAGUCCGAUCGUGGGCUACAUCAUUGAGCGCAAGCCGUACACUUUGACCGGCGAGGGCCGCUGGCUCAAGUGUAACUACACCAAUGUGACCGACACUUUCUACACUGUCACUGCCCUGGGAGAGGGAGAGCCCUAUGAGUUCAGAGUCAUUGCCAAGAAUGCCAACCAGGUCUUCAGCAUGCCGUCAGAGUCCACUGGCUCUGUGCAGUGCAAGACCGACUUCGAGCCUCCAAAGGCUUUGUUGAACAGCAAACUCCUGUCUGAAACUGUCAUGGUCAGAGCUGGUUCAGACCUGGUUCUGGAUGCUGCAGUGGGAGGCAGGCCGGACCCCAAGGCUCACUGGGCAAAGGGCAACAGGGAUCUGGAGUUGUGUGAAAAGUACCACCUGCAGUACACCCCCACCAGGGCUAUGGCCAUCAUCAAGUUCUGCGACAGAGAUGACACUGGAAAGUACAUCCUCACAGUCAGGAACGUAAGCGGAACCAAGACUGCUGAGGUCAACGUCAAAGUUCUCGACACCCCCGGUAUAUGCGAAGGCAGCAUUGAGAUCAGCAAGAUCACAGAGGAGUCGUGCACACUGAGCUGGAAGCCUCCUCUGGAGGACGGCGGCGACGAGGUUACCCACUAUAUCGUGGAGAGGCGCGACACCAACAGACUCACCUGGGUCAUCAUGCACGCUGAAUGCAAGGAGCUGACCUGCGACAUCACCGCACUGUUCAAGAACACCGAAUACCUGUUCAGGGUCCGGGGCGUCAACAAGUACGGAGCUGGAGUCUACCUGCAGUCAGAGCCCAUGAUCGCCAGAAACACUUUCACUGUGCCAUCUCAACCUGGCACUCCAGAGAUCCUGGCGUCAGGAAAGGACUUUGCCACCAUCGAGUGGCUGAAGCCAGAAAGCGAUGGCGGCAGCCCUCUGAUCCACUACCUGGUGGAGAGGCACGAGAGAAAGAGCGCCCGCUGGGUGAAGGUGAACAGGGACGGAGCUCACCUGGACACCAUGCUAAAGGUUUCCGGUUUAACCGAAGGCAACAUCUACCAGUUCAGAGUGACGGCCAUUAACAAGGCUGGAGAAAGCGAACCCAGCGAGGUUUCUCUGUAUGUCGUCUGCAGACCACCGAAAUGCACCCCUAGUUCUCCUUCUAUCCCUCGUAUCACCGACACCCACGCUGACAGCAUCAGUCUGGCCUGGUCGCGUCCUGUGGAGGACGGAGGCGCUGAUGUGAUGGGCUACAUCCUGGAGAUGCAGGAAGCCGGUGCAGAGGAAUGGAAGAAGGCUCACGAAAAGACCCUGCGUGCUGCAGAGCAUGUGGUGACUGGACUUUCUGCAGGCAAGAAGUACUGCUUCAGAGUGGCUGGCGUCAACAUUAACGGUACUGGAGACUUCAGUGAACCGUGUGCUGAGACGGAGCCAGUGGAGAGAAUCGAAACUCCUGACUUUGAGCUCCACGAUGAUCUGAAGAAGACCAUCUGCCUGCGUGCCGGUGGAUCCCUCCGCCUGUUCGUGAACGUCACCGGUCGUCCCGCUCCUGCCAUUACUUGGAGCAAGCCUGGUGUCGACCUCCACAACAGAGGCUUCAUUGAAGUCACCAAGUCAUCCACCCAACUCAUCAUCGACCGGGUCCACCGCUACGAUGCUGGCAAAUACACGCUGGUGGCCGAGAAUCCUGCCGGGAAACAGGAAGUCAACAUUCUGGUCAAGGUCUACGACACUCCUGGACCACCUGGAGCAAUCAAGAUCAAGGAGUUGACCAAGGAGUCUGCAACCAUUUCCUGGGAAGCCCCAACCGUGGACGGCGGUGCUCCAGUCAACAACUACAUCAUCGAGAGGCGCGAGGCGUCCAUGAGAGCCUACAAGACCGUCACCUCCAAGUGCAGUAAGACGUCUUACAAGAUUGACGGCCUGAUGGAGGGCAUGCUGUACUACUUCCGGGUCCUCCCAGAGAACAUCUACGGUAUUGGCGAGCCCUGCGAGACUCCCGACGUCAUCCUGGUUUGUGAGGUGCCUCUGCAGCCACACAAGCUGGAGAUGAUCGACGUCACCAAGAGCACCGUCACGCUGGGCUGGGAGAAGCCCGAGCACGAUGGUGGCAGCAGACUGACAGGCUACGUCAUUGAAGCCUGCAAGUUCGGCACCGACAAGUGGAUGAAGGUGGCCACACUGAAGACCACUGACUUCGAGCACACCAUUGAGAAGCUGAACGAGGGCGAGCAGUACUUGUUCAGAAUCAAAGCAGUCAACAGCAGAGGAGCCAGCGAGCCCAAAGAGCUUGUUACUGCCAUCACUGUACUGGAACAGAGAGUGAUGCCUGUGGUGGACUUCUCCAGUAUUCCUCAGAAGGUGGUGAAUGUCCUGGCCGGAAAGACUCUGGAUUUGGACCUGCCCAUCGUCGGCAGGCCUCCUCCUGUCUGCUCCUGGUACUUCAGCGAUAAUAAGAUGAAAAACACAGACCGCAUCAAGAUCAAGAGUACUGGCAAGUUCUCCAAACUGACCAUGUCAGACACCACUAUCAACGACUCUGGUGACUACAGCCUGGAGGUGAAGAACGCCGUUGGUGUAAUCACCGAGAUCAUCAAAGUCGUCAUCCUCUCUAAACCUGAUGAACCAAGCGGACCCAUCAGGUUUGAUGAGAUCGAUGCUACCACCGUCACCUGCAGCUGGGAUCCUCCAGCCAGAGAUGGCGGAGCUCCCAUCAGUGGCUACGCCGUGGAGCAGCGUGAUGCUCACAGACCCGGCUGGGUGCCCGUCUGCGACUCUGUUAGCCGACCAACCUUCAAGUUUGAGAACCUGAUUGAGGGAGAUGAGUACGUCUUCCGUGCAGCUGCCAUUAAUAACUAUGGCACCGGAGAGUUCCUGCAGUCUGAGAUCGUCACCUGCAAGAGCAUGACAAAUGUGCCUGGACCUCCUGGCCGUCCAACCAUCUUUGAUGUUUCUCGUGACGGCAUGACCGUGGCUUGGAACCCGCCAGAAGAAGACGGUGGCCUUGAGGUUUCUGGAUACAUUAUCGAGCGUAAAGAAGUCAGGUCUGACAGAUGGGUGCGUGCCAACAAGAAUCCCAUCACUAUGACGAGAUACAGGUCGACAGAUCUGAUUGAGGGCCUGGAGUACGAACACAGAAUCACUGCCAUCAAUGCCAGAGGAAUGAGCAAACCAAGUCUGCUGUCCAAACCUGCGGUGGCAACAGAUCCCAUCGAUCCACCUGGCUGUCCUCAGAACCCGAGGAUCACCGAUACCACAAAAUCCUCUGUGUCGCUGGCUUGGAGUCCUCCCGACGAGGAGGGAGAUGCAAGGGUGGAUGGCUACCUGAUAGAGAUGCAGAAGGUGGGCACCAUGGCCUGGAUCAAGUGCAACACCACACCGUCUCUGAUCUGCGAGUAUACGCUGACCAAAAUGCCACAAGGAGAGGAGUUCAAAUUCCGUGUGAUGGCCUGCAAUGCCGGCGGCUCCGGAGAGCCUGCUGAAGUGCCUGGAACUGUCUGUGUGACUGAGAUGCUUGAACCUCCUGACUAUGAACUGGAGCUGAAAUACAAAGACGUGUAUGUGGUACGCCAAGGAGGCGUGGUUAGACUCUCUUUGCCCAUCAAGGGUAAACCUCACCCAACCUGCACAUGGUCAAAGGACAGCGGUGCAAUCUCCGCUGCGGCCAUGAUCGCCUCCACAGAGGACGCCAGCGAGUUGGUGAUCAAAGGAGCCGAGAGAAGUGACUCUGGAGUGUAUGACCUCCUGCUGGAGAACAGGGUUGGCAAGAAGAAGGCCCAGAUCAAGGUGAAGGUCAUCGGCCGCCCAAGCGCUCCAGAAGGACCACUGGUCUUUGAGGAGAUCCAGGCCAACUCUGUCAAGGUGUCCUGGAAGACGCCCACAGAUGACGGUGGCUCGGAGAUCCUGGGUUACAUCGUAGAAAGACGUGAGGCGGCCAGAAACGCCUGGUACACCGUGGAUUCAAGAGUGACGGACACUCAGCUGCUUGUCAAGGGCCUGAGGGAGGGAACAGAGUACCACUUCAAGGUCACCGCUGAAAACUCCUUCGGUAUCAGUACCUCUCUGAAAUCAGAGCAGCCACUGGUGCCAAAGACUCCUCUCUGUGCCCCUGAGCCUUCAAGCACCCCACCAGAGAUCAUGGACGUCACCAAGAGCUCCGUGGCGUUGGCCUGGUCCAGACCAAAAGACGACGGGGGUUCUACUAUCACCGGCUACUUUGUUGAGUACAAGCUGGUGUCCGCUGAGACGUGGUCCCGCCACCAGACCAAGAUUGCCUCCACCAUGUUUACUCUGCCUGGACUCACCCCUGACGCAGAGUACCAGUUCUGCAUCGUUGCUGUCAACAGCAUUGGCGAGAGCGAGGCUGGUCCUGUGUCUGACCCGGUCACAUGCAAGGAUCCAUUUGACAAGCCAAGUCAACCAGGCGAGAUCGACACAGUGAACGUGACAAAGAGCGCCAUCGCCAUACGCUGGCAAGCUCCAGAGUGCGAUGGUGGAAAGCCAGUCCUGGGCUACUGGGUGGAGUACAGGAAGUCCAUUGAGAGCACCUGGAAGAAGUCCAACAAACAGAGACUGAAGGAGAAGGAGUUCACCAUGCCUGGCCUGGCAGAGGCCACCGAGUACGAGUUCAGAGUGUUUGCUGAGAACGAGACUGGAAUGAGUCGACCUCGUAGGACCGCCACAUGCAUCAGGACCAAACUGAGUGUUGAAACUGAACCAGGCCUGAGAAAGGAAAUGGAUGAAGUAACUGUCAAGCUUGGCCAGCCUGCUGUCAUGAAGUGCCAGAUUAUUGGUAGACCCAUCCCUGACAUCAAGUGGUAUCACACCGGCAAGGAGAUUGUUGAGUCUCGCAAGUACGAAAUGAGCUCUGACGGCCGCAACCACUCUCUGUCCAUCAUGACGGAUCAACAGGAGGAUGAGGGAGAGUACACCUGCAAGGGAAUUAAUGACGCCGGAGAAGCAGAGACCACAGGCGUUCUCGUGUUGGAGGCCCCUGCGUCCUUCAAUCCAGACUACCCACUGAAGGAAACCUACUACGCCGGCCUGGGAUCCACUCUGCGCAUCCAUGCUGUCUACAUUGGCCGUCCUGAGCCAAAGAUCAUGUGGCUGCAUGGGGCAAAGACCCUUGAAAACACAGACGAUCUCAGCAUUGAGACCACAGAGCACUACACACACCUGGUGAUAAAGAACGUGCAGCGCAGACUCCACGGAGGCAAAUACAGAAUCAGACUGCACAACCACUUCGGCAGGUCUGAAGCUGCAUUCAACGUUGAGAUUUAUGACAAACCUGAUCUGCCUCAGGGUCCAAUUGUGCUGGAAGCCCUCCUGAAAAACUCUGUCAUCAUCAGCUGGAAGGCUCCCAAAGAUGACGGAGGCUGCAUGAUCACCAACUACAUUGUGGAGAAGCGUGAGGACAAGGAGGGCACUGAGUGGGAACUGGUGUCUUCAUCCAUCAAUGGCAUAUCUUGCCGUGUGCCCAACCUCAUUGACGGUGCCGGAUACUUCUUCCGUGUGUAUGCCCAGAAUCGCUAUGGCAACAGCGAACCACUGGAGCUCACUUCCCCUAUCCUUAUCAAGAGCCAACUGGAGAAACCAUCACCUCCUCUGUCGCCAGUUGUUUCUGGAAUCACCAAGGACUCCUGCGUGGUUUCCUGGAAGCCUCCACUCAGUGACGGUGGCUCCAAGAUCAAGUGCUAUUGCCUUGAGAAAAAGCAAAAGAAGGACAAGAAAGAAUGGGGUGAAUGGACUCCGGUGACCAAGGACGAAAUCAAACAGACGGUGUUCUCCGUCAAGCGUCUGACCGAGGGUGUUGAGUGUAUCUUCCGUGUGAAGUGCGAGAACCUCGGGGGACAGAGCGACUAUAGCGAAGAGACGGCUCCCAUCGUUCCAGCCACAGCCGUCGAUAUCCGUGCUCCUGCCUUCAAGGAAGAACUGAGGAACAUGAGCGUCAAAUACAAGAGCAAUGCUACCAUGGUCUGCAAGAUCACAGGGCAGCCCAAGCCUGUGAUUAAAUGGUUCAGACGAGGAAAGGAGGUCCACUCUGAUGGAAAGAAGAUCAAGAUACAGGAAUUCAAGGGGGGUUACCACCAGCUGGUCAUCACCGAGGCUGAUGAGGAAGACUCCACUGUGUACCAGAUCAGGGCCACCAACCAGGGAGGCUCCAUCUGUGCGACCAUCUCUCUGGACGUUGAAAUCCCUGCCAAGAUCAACCUGCCAAAGAACCUGAAGGACAAGGAAGCCAUCCCUGCCCUGCGUGGAGAAGUAGUCAAUAUCAAGAUUCCUUUCACCGGCAAACCAGAUCCUGUCAUCACAUGGCAGAAGGGACAAGAUCUUAUCGACAGCAAUGGCCACUACCAGGUCAUCGUCACUAGAUCGUUCACUUCUUUGGUGUUCACCAAUGGAGUGGAGAAGAAGGAUGCUGGUUUCUACAUCGUCUGUGCCAAGAACAGAUUUGGCAUUGAUCAGCAGACAGUUGAGCUGGAUGUAGCUGAUGUUCCUGAUCCUCCACGUGGUAUUAAAGCCACUGACGUCUCCCGAGACUCAGUCACACUGAACUGGGUGGCCCCAGCAAAUGAUGGAGGCAGCAGGGUCAUCAACUACAUCAUUGAGAAGUGCCCGACCACUGCUGAGAGGUGGGAGCGUGUUGUCCAGUCCCGUGACACCCACUACACUGUUACCAAUCUUUUCGGAGGAACCAGCUACCAGUUCAGAGUCAUCGCUGAGAACAAGUUUGGACAGAGUGCUCCAUCGGAGACCAGUGGACCUGUGAUGACCAAGGAGGACAAAUCAAGAGUUCUGCUCUAUGACAGGGAGGUUGACGAUACUGGACGUGUCCCCAAGGGCAAGGUUCACUCCGAAGCCAAGAAUAUGCACAACAAAUAUGCCAUUGCAGAGGAAUUGGGCAGAGGUCAGUUUGGCAUUGUCCACCGCUGUGUUAGCAUCAGCUCUGAGAAGACCUACAUGGCUAAAUAUGUCAAGGUGAGAGGCGCUGAUCAAGCAAUAAUCAAGAAGGAAAUUGCAACACUGAAUCUCGCCAAACAUACCAACUUCCUGCUCCUGCAUGAGUCUUUCGACAGCCCAGAGGAGUUGGUGAUGAUCUAUGACUUUAUCUCUGGCUCUGAUAUCUUUGAGCGCCUCAGCACAGCCGAGUUUGAGCUCAAUGAGUAUGAGAUUGUCAACUACAUCAGGCAGAUCUGCUCGGCUCUUGAGUUCCUGCAUGAAGAGAGCUACGGACACUUUGAUAUCAGACCUGAGAACAUUGUGUACACAACUAGAACCAGCUCUAAUGUGAAGAUUAUUGAGUUGGGCCAGGCUAGACACCUGACUCCUGGAGACCAAAUUAAGGUCCAGUACACCACUGCCGAGUAUGCUGCGCCUGAGAUCCACCAGUCUGAUAUGGUUAGCAGUGUCACAGACAUGUGGUCAGUUGGUGUCCUUGCCUAUGUCCUUCUCAGUGGAUUAAAUCCAUUCACCGCUGAAACCAACCAACAGAUGAUUGACAACAUCUCCAGUGCAGCCUACAGCUACGACGAUGAGUCCUUCAAGCAGGUCAGUGUUGAGGCGUUGGACUUCACAGACCGCCUGAUGACAAAGGAACGUAAGCAUCGUAUGACUGCAGCUGAGGCUCUGGCGCAUCCUUGGCUGACCAAGCCUGCAGAGGAGAUCAGCACCAGAGCGAUCCAAACCAGCAGGCAUAAGAGAUACUACCAGGCAAUGGUAAAGAAAGAGUGGAAGACUGUUGUCUCCGCAGCUCGUGUGGCCAGCGGUGGCUCCAUCAGAUCCCAGCGUGGCGUCUUUGUCGCCAAGGUGAAGAUUGCUCCGUUUGAACACGGUCCUGUUGGAGGCCAGAUUGGCCACCACGUGGUGAACGAGGGAGACAACGUGAAGUUCACCUGCAACAUUGAGAACUAUGACAGCACAACUGAGGUGACAUGGUACUGUGGUGUCAGGCAACUUGAAGCUGGUGACAAAUAUGAAAUUGAGUACGAAGAUGGCCUGGCUGUGAUCACCAUCAAUAAGGUCACUAGAGCAGAUGACGGCACGUACAGAUGCAAGGUUGUGAACGAGUAUGGUGAGGACAGCGCCUACGCAGAGCUGUUUAUCAACGGUGUUAGAUCUUACCGCGACUUCUUCACCACUCGUGUGGUCAAGAAAACAAAGCGCAGAGUCGACACUGCCAGAAUGCUUCAGAAGCCACCAGAGUUCACCCUUCCUCUGACAAACCGUACAGCCUACAUUGGCGAGGAUGUGCGCUUUGGCGUAACCAUCACUGUUCACCCGGAGCCUCGUGUCGUUUGGCACAAAUCAGGACAGAAGCUCAUCCCUGGAUUUGACGACAAGAAAUACACCUUCAUCAGCGACAAGGGCCUGUACCAGCUGAUUAUACACAAACUCGACGACGAGGAUGAUGCAGAGUACAGCGUUGUGGCCCGUAACAGGUACGGGGAUGACAGCUGCAAGGCUCGUCUUACUGUUGUUCCUCGACCUAAACCAGCAGACCUCACCCUGAGGCCCAUGUUCAAACGCCUGCUUGCAAAUGUCGAGUGCAGAGAGGGCCAGAACGUGCGCUUUGAGAUCAGAGUAUCCGGACAUCCAACACUGAAGUGGGAGAAGGAUGCCCAGCCUUUAGCCUUUGGACCAUCUAUUGAGGUCGUCCACGAGGGUCUGGAUUACUACAUCCUCCAUGUGAGAGACACUCUGCCUGAGGACUCAGGUAUAUACAGAGUUACUGCUACCAACUCUGCUGGAUCUGCCAGUUGCCAGGCCAUGCUCAAAGUAGAACGUUCCACUCAUGUAAAGAAGGAAUAUGAACCGAGCGAAAAGGAGAAGAAAGAGAUAGCUGGAAAGGAGGAAAUGGACAAGAAGGUGAGGCUGUCUCAAAUUCUGGCCGACACUGUGUUUACACCUCUACCACCCUUAGCAGUACAAGCUGUCAGGGAGGCAGCCACCAUGUUCAAACCUGCUGUGACGACUAAGAAGGGUGAGAAGACCGAAGCUGAGAUUCAGAAAGAAAAAGAGGAGAGGAAGAAGCGUGCGGAUGAGAAGAGGCUGCGUAUGCCCUACGACGUCCCCGCUCCUCGUGUCGUUAACCCAGCUGCUCUUGAGGAGGAUGCGGAAAUUAAACACUUCCAGCCACUCUCCGACAUGAAAUGGUACAAAGUCCUGCGGGAUCAGUAUGAGUUCCCUGAGCCUAUGGAUAAAAUCAAGCAGAAGAGGAUGAAACGUAUUCGCCUCUCCAGAUGGGAGCAGUUCUACGAGGUGCCAGUCAGGAUCAAGGACCAGUACAAGCCUAAGUGGCGACUCCCAACCGUGACUCAGGACGACUUGGAGACUGUGAGGCCUGCAAGGCACCGCACACCUUCCCCUGAGAUGGAGGCUUACCACAGGAUCAGGAGGAGGUCCUUGGGUGAUCUGUCGGACGAGGAGCUACUGCUGCCUGUGAAUGAGUACCUGUCUAUGAAGAGAACAGAAGAGGAAAGGCUUCGUCUGGAGGAAGAGCUGGAGCUUGGUUACUCUGCUUCUCCACCAAGCCUCAGCCCAGUUCGCUUCGAACUGUCUACCCUGCGUCCCUCAUCUCCCAAAAGAGUCUACAGUGACGACGAAGAGGGAGAAGAAAUCCGCAGAUAUGACUCCUACCGAAUUCCAUCUAAAUACGAGGCUGGCCCGAGUUUCGUUGACCUCCGUCAGCGUCACGACAAAGCCACAUACAAAGCCCCGAGACAGAAGCAGAGGGUUUAUGAAGAGAAAGAAGAUCACGAGCUGCUGCGCCCACACACAACUGUUCAGAGAAUGUCUACUUACAAGAGUCAACUCAAGCGCAUGGAGUUUGAGGAAAAGACUCGAGUCUCCAAAAAGGAAACAACUGUCUCUGUUGCGACAGUUUCUGAGAGCGUUGAAUCUGAGCACCUGACUGCUUUCUCCUCAGAAUAUAUUCCUAAACCGAUCAAGAAGCUCCCAACGUCUGAACCUUUGAGGAGAUCUACCCCAGAAAGAGCUGCCAAGACUGAAGUGACCUUUCCUAAAGUUGACUUUGCCUCCAGGUAUGAGGAGAGAAAGCAAGCUCUGAGAUCAGAGAGAAGAUCAAUGGAGAGGAAGAUCGAGGUGGUGACACAGGCUCCCUUCAGCCUUGACCACGCCCCACGUAUUACCAUCAGGAUGCGAUCUCACCGCGUACCGUAUGGCUGCAGCACAAAGUUCACCAUGAAUGUCCAGGCCAAACCCGAGCCUGAGGUCAAAUGGUUCCACAAUGGAAAAGAGAUUUCUCAGACAAGCAAAUACUACAUGACCAACAUCAGUGGGGUUCUUACUCUCAAGAUCACCAACUGUGUGACGGAAGAUUCUGGCACUUACCGCGUGGUCUGCAAGAAUGCCAAAGGAGAGACUUCUGACUAUGCCACAUUGGAUGUAGCAGGAGAAGAAUUUGCUGCCUACUCCUCACUCCGCAAAGAUGAGGAGCCUCCAUCCUCUCACCUGCCAGAAAUGACAAAAACAGAGGUGUAUCACGUCUCCUCCUCUAGAACAACAGUAAAGGAAAGUGUGACUGAAAUUGUGAAAGAGACCACCAUUGUUUCUGAGAGGAAAAAGGAGAAGGAAAGUGUUCCUGCCAAGAUCCUGACCAAACCAAUGUCCCUGACUGUAGAGGAGGGAGACAACGCCAGGUUUGAGUGUGAUGUGGAUGGCGAACCAUCGCCUUCUGUGACCUGGCUGCGCGAAGGACAAGCUAUUGGUUCCUCUGCCCGUCACCACAUCGUCUCUACUCAGUACAACUCCUCCUUCGAGAUCUCUGCUGUUGAGAUGUCGGAUGGAGGCAGCUACUCUCUGAGGGUGGAAAAUGCCGGAGGCAAACAAGAAGCCCACUUCACUCUGACAAUCCGCAAGUCUGAGUCCAAGGAGAAAGUGGUCACCAGAAUCACCUCCCCAGAGGCCAAGUCCCCUGAGCCAAUCAAAUCUCCUCAGAGAAUCAAGUCCCCUGAGCCAAUCAAAUCUCCUCAGAGAAUCAAGUCCCCUGAGCCAAUCAAAUCUCCUCAGAGAGUCAAGUCCCCUGAGCCUAUCAAGUCACCUCAGGGAGUCAAGUCCCCUGAGCCAAUCAAAUCUCCUCAGAGAGUCAUGUCCCCUGAGCCAAUCAAGUCACCUAAGGGAAUCAAGUCCCCUGAGCCAAUCAAGUCACCUCAGAGAGUAAAGUCUCCUGUCUCGCCAAAAUCCCCAACACCAAAGUCCCCUACUCCCAAAUCCCCAACUCCAUCAGCGAAAGAAUUAUAGAAAGUAGAGUCGACAACCUGCACAGUCACUGUACAAGGCUCCAAAACCAAAGCUGAACUGAACUGACUCUGAGGGCCAACAUCUCUGAGGCUUCUUGAUGAAGGAGGGCGACGGCACAGCGUACACCCUCCGACUGUCCACCGACUCUGCAACUGUCAACGUUCACAUUUGCUCCAUGUAAAAAAAAAAAAAAGCUAAUUUAUAUCCCCGUUUCCCUCUUCCAGAAACUUUUAUUUAGUGAAUUAGCAACGAUAAUCUUACGUGAUAAAGAUCUGGAUUUCUGUUCUUGUAAAUAUGAACUAUUUUUGUACCAAACUUGACAUUAAUUUAUGCCAAACUAGACUAAAGUCUAAAGUUGUUAUAAAAUGUGCCAUAUUGGACAAUUAUGACCAGACCCAAACGGAAUCUGUGGAUUUUUUUUUUUUUUUACAGUUUCCAGCAGUGAUCCAGAAUGAAAAUCUGAGGAAUUUAGCGGACUGUUUUUCUGCUUGAAGUGAAGAUGUGUUACCAUUCUGAGUUUUAUUUUAAAUUUUGUUUAAAUUUGUCUAAAAUCUGCACAAAAUUCUGCAUCCACAGAUUCCGUGUGGCCCUGAUUAUGACUUAGGAUUUUUGAACCACUUUUCUGUGACAUGUACAUAAUGUAUAUAGCCGAAUUUAACGGUUAUGGGAAAUGUAUGCAUUGUUAUUUAUGACACGAAUAUUACCUGAAACAAAAUAACAAUUAUUUUAACAGGAGAAAGUUUCACCAGGAACGAAUACCCUGUCGAACCGAGAAACUAAACUCUGUGCCUCAACGAAAAGUUGAAGUCUUAAGAUUGCCUCAGCAGGUAGAGAGGCUCCCUGUUGACGUUACGAAACAGAAAGACAAAUUAUUGUUUUGGACACGCAUCUGCGUGCGAUAUUACAGUUUCCUAUGAGUUGUACCGUGAGCGUAAGACCCUGAGUGCUGUUUGCAUAACCCUCAUGUAAGCAGCAUGAACCGGCCUUGUGCUCAGACCGACUGCGUCGUACCACCACGAUUUAAAGACCAGCGCAGAGUGCUAGCGGCCUGCACUCUCAGCGUUUAGAUCAUUUUAUUUUAAAAAAGAGCGCUGUUUCUGCACAGGAUGGCCGCGCCGGCUUUCUAAAAACGUAACAUCUCCUGGCAAUGAAUAAAGAGGAAGCCGCCGUCGUCUCUCCUGUGCAGGCGCAGCGCCGUCUCUCGGAGGAUAGCUAGCUAACGUGUUUGUGUGUUGGAGUGUUUGUAGCUUUUAGUGAUUUCACCUUGUCGUUAUCAGGGUCUUCUUCAUUCUCCACAGAGACUCCAUCUCCUGUGAGAGAGGAAAGAACAUUCAUGUUUUACCCUGCACUUUGAUUUAAUUGAUCUGUUGAUGUAGAACGAUAUUUCAUCCUCCUUGAGUUUUAUGCAUUUCUGAUUUAAUAAAGCAUGAUUUCAGCACGA